CGACGUUCCGGUUCUCGGGGCGUCACCCCAAAUCCUGCUCCAGGCAGGGCUUUCUUUAAUCGAAAGUAAACUGGCACCCCCAAGCGCUCAGGAAAAAAACAAACCCUUGUCAAAAGCCCUACUUUAAGUAUUUUUAUUUAUUUACUUGAUGCUCUCUCUCUCACCCACCCAGCCAUGGUUUUUGUAGCGGAGCGAGGGGGAAUUUCAGGGCAGUCCUGUCAAAUGAAUCAGCUUAUUUCGAGAGGGAAGUCAACUAACUGCAGAGGGAGAGACUUGGCAUGUCAACACUGCCACUUUUAUAAUGAAAAAUCACACACACACACACACACAAUUUUUUUAAAAUGGCGAAGCCAAAUCCUGAGGAAGAUUUUGGGACUAUGAAAACUUCCCGUCAAAUUGAUUGCGAAGCAAAGUUGCAGUGGGAGGAGGAGGAGGAGGAGGAGGAGGGAGAACAUGACUUUUGGAGCCACCAUAAAAUUAUCUGUACAGUUUUGGCCAAAAAAUUAUUUUAUAGCCUUAAAAAGGCCGUGGCGGGGGGCCAUUGUCAUGGCUUGUAAAUGAGUUGUUGAGAUGAUACAAAUGGAUAAUUGGCGCACACAUAUGAAAACUUUUUUUAAAAAUGCUUACUGGAUUUCCUCCAGAAAGGGUAGAUCCCGAUUGAAUUGGGGCAGGGGGGAGACUAGCAUUUUGAUGGCAGUAAUGUUAUGUAGGAGGGACGCGGGUGGUGCUGUGGGUUAAACCACAGAGCCAGGACUUGCUGAUCAGAAGGUCGGCGGUUUGAAUCCCCACGAUGGGGUGAGCUCCCGUUGCUCGGUCCCUGCUCCUACAAACCUAGCAGUUCGAAAGCACAUCAAAGUGCAAGUAGAUAAAUAGGUACCGCUCCGGCGGGAAGGUAAACGGCGUUUCCGUGCGCUGCUCUGGUCCGCCAGAAGCGGCUUAGUCAUGCUGGCCACAUGACCCGGAAGCUGUACGCCGUCUCCCUCGGCCAAUAAAGCGAGAUGAGCGCCGCAACCCCAGAGUCGGUCACGACUGGACCUAAUGGUCAGGGAUCCCUUUACCUUUAAUGUUAUGUAGAUGCUGCAAAAUAAUAAUUGCAUGCUGAUUCUACAUUAAGCAUACAUCUGGAAUAAGUGUACAUCUGGAAGCGCCUUUUGUCUCAAUGGCACCUUGAGGUAUACACCUACAGUGGUACCUUGAGAUGUGAAUGGGAUCUGUUCCGGAGUCCCGUUCGCAUCCCAAAAAGAACGUAAGACGCAACAGCUCGUCUGUGUGUGCGCGUGUUGCGUUUCGCCACUUCCGCGCAUGCGCGUGACAUCAUUUUGACCGUCUGCGCAUGCGCAAGCGGCGAAACCCGGAAGUAACGCGCUCUGUUAUUUCCGAGUUGCUGCGGAGCACAACCUGAAAGCACUCAACCUGAAGCGUAUUUAUCCCGAGGUAUGACUGUAAAUGCAUCAUAUGAAUGCCCUGGAUAAACUGUUUUCAACCACAUGUAUAUCUGAGAGGUACAUAAUUCAGUUUGCCGUGCCUCCUUGGUGGAGUCUGACAGCUGUAUACACAUGCAUUUUUCUGCCCUGGCAGUGUACACACUGGGAAGUAUACACUGGCUAAUUAUCUGUUCCCAUUUCAGGGACCAAUAUAGCCAUAUAUGAUAGUAAGAUCAUGCAACAGCUUCUGCAACUCAACUCAUAUAGGAAUAUUUUUUUCUAUGUACAGUAUGGGAAGGGUGAGGUGUGGCUCAGUACAUUUUUCUGCCUGAUUUGGAGCAGCUGACUGCUCCCUAGCUCCCCCUAUGGCACAUAAUACUCAAGGCCUGCAAGGUAUUUUGACGCCUGAGGCAGAAAAUCUCACUUAACUGUACUUUUUUGGGGUGCCCGCCAAAAACGUUAUUGUUUCGACCCAGAUGCUUAGGAAGUUGAGGUAAUUUUAAUCUGUUUUAGUAUUUUAACUUUUGUAUGUUUUAAAGUAUAGUAUUUUUUUCUUUUUUCUUUAAUCUUUUUAUAAACCACUUUGAGGUGGUUUUGUUUUGUUUUGUGUUUGUUUUUUGCAAACAAGCAGUGUAUAAAUUUUAUGAAAACAAACAAACAAAUUCUUCCUAGGAUUAAAGGAUAGCAAUAGUACAUUAAAUAAUCUGCUUUCACGGCGCCCAAAAUCUGCUGCCUUUCUUUGAAGAUGACAAUCAGCCUCUCUUAACUUGGCACAGCCUUAAAUCAUGAUAAAAACUGUGUUUUCUGAACCCUUAGUGAUGCGUUGCAUCGAGAAAACACUUGUUCCAGCUGGGUUUUGAAUGUUUCUGUAUAUAAAAGUUAUAGAUAGAACUUAAAUCUUCCUGGAAUCCUUGUUCUCUAAUUGUAACUGUGUACUUGACUCUAAUGUGUCCAAACACAGUGGUGCCCCGCAAGACGAACGCCUCGCAAGACGAAAAACCCGCUAGACGAAAGGGUUUUCCGUUUUGGAGGCGCUUCGCAAAACGAAUUUCCCUAUGGGCUUGCUUCGCAAGACGAAAGCCCAUAGGAAAUCUCCGGUCCGCGAAGCCUGGGCGCGCUGAUCUCAGCGCGCGCAGGCUCCGGCAUGCCGGCAGCUCUCCGCGAGCAGCGGCAGCGCUGCCGCUGCUCGCGGAGAGGUCCGCGAGCCUGGGCGCGCUGAUCUCAGCGCGCGCAGGCCUCGGCAUGCCGGCAACUCUCCGCGAGCAGCGGCAGCGCUGCCGCUGCUCGCGGAGAGGUCCGCGAAGCCUGGGCGCGCUGAUCUCAGCGCGCGCAGGCUCCGGCAUGCCGGCAACUCUCCGCGAGCAGCGGCAGCGCUGCCGCUGCUCGCGGAGAGGUCCCGCGAAGCCUGGGCGCGCUGAUCUCAGCGCGCGCAGGCUUCGGCAUGCCGGCAACUCUCCGCGAGCAGCGGCAGCGCUGCCGCUGCUCGCGGAGAGGUCCGCGAAGCCUGGGCGCGCUGAUCUCAGCGCGCGCAGGCUCGGCAUGCCGGCAACUCUCCGCGAGCAGCGGCAGCGCUGCCGCUGCUCGCGGAGAGGUCCGCGAAGCCUGGGCGCGCUGAUCUCAGCGCGCGCAGGCUCGGCAUGCCGGCAACUCUCCGCAAGCAGCGGCAGUGCUGCCGCUGCUUGCGGAGAGGUCCGCGAAGCCUUGGCUGGACAGCUUUUGAAGGCAGGUGGGGGGACAAGACUUUCGCCCCCGCCAACCUUCAGAAGAGGUCCAGGACCUCUUCUGAAGGCUGGCGGGGGGCAAAGUCUUUGUCCCCCUGCCUGCCUUCCCAGGGGCUUUAAAUUGCCCCGGACAGCGGAGAAGUCCUCCGCUGUCCCGGGGCAAUUUUAAAUGCCGCCCGCCAGCAUUUUAAGAUCGCCCCGGACAGCGGAGAAGCCCUCCGCUGUCCCGGGUUUUAAAAUGCUGGGGGUGGGAAGAAAAGCCCUUGUCCCCCCAGCCUUCAGAAGAGGUCGGGGACAGACUGUCCCCGGACCUGGUCUGAAGUCGGUUUCCCUAGGAACGCAUUAAUUGAUUUUCAAUGCAUUCCUAUGGGAAACCGUGCAUCGCAAGACGAAAAACUCGCAAGAAGAAAAAACUUGCGGAACGAAUUAAUUUCGUCUUGCGAGGCACCACUGCAUUUAAACUGCAGUCAACAGAGCACUUAUGUGGUGACACCACCUCCUUCGUUGCUUAUCUGAACUUUCCCAUGCAAAUGAACGCUCACUUAAGAGGAAAAUGGUAACUUGUCAAGACACUAGACUUGACUUAGUUAGAUUUGCAAAUAAUACAUUUGAAGCAUCAAGGAGUGGCUCAAUCUUGUUUGACAUGAGUAUAAAUCACACAGUAUCCUAAUUUGGUAACUGGAAUUAUCAACAGAUUGUUCCUAAAUAAUUUGAGAAGCGUUCCCUAGUUUUACGAUCAUAUGAUUUCUGAUCAUACAGUAGUAUUAAUAUAUCCUGAGGGAAGCUGGCUAGAGAGUCUCCACCCAUUGUUAUAGUAUUGCUAAUACAAGCUCUUACAAUCAAAUUUAAAUAAUGUUAUUACCAUAAAUAUAUAUUGCAUAUCUAUAUAAGCAAAAGAAAAAAAAGUCUUUCGAAAUGUUACCUAAUAGUACAGUGGUACCUCAGGUUAUAGACACUUCAGGUUACAGACGCUUCAGGUUACAGACUCCGCUAACCCAGAAAUAGUACCUCGGGUUAAGAACUUUGCUUCAGGAUGAGAACAGAAAUUGUGCUCCGGCGGCAGCGGGAGGCCCCGUUAGCUACAGUGGUGCUUCAGGUUAAGAUCAGUUUCAGGUUAAGAACGGAUCUCCAGAACGAAUUAAGUUCUUAACCCGAGGUACCACUGUAUAUUAAUUUGAUUUAGACAGAGUCUAUCUCUGUUAUGCUUAACCAAGGGAGAGAGGAUAACAAAAGAUUCACUUAUGGCCUAGCCAUUAAUGCUGAUGAUGUAAAGUGCUAACAGCAGCACAGUUAUCUUGGCCAAAGUUUGAAUUGAGAAACAUUAAAGAUUUGCAGUGUACAAAGGAUAUUCCUAUCUAUUUUCGGAAUUGGGUAAAUGUGUUAACUUUGUAGCAGUGCAAUCCUUUGCUAUGCUGCUUUAGAUUGCAACCCCUGGGCAUAAGCCCAUAUUGAAAAUAGGGGGGUUUACAAACAAAUUAAUUUGCCAUUAAUAUGGGAUUGUGUUCCAUGACUACAACUACAAUUCAAUGGGACUUACUUCAGAGUAGACACAGUUAAGAUUUCAUAGUACAUUUAGGAAGCUAUACUUUUUAAUUUCACUAAAUGAAAUCUAGGGAGCAAAAUGCACUAUUAAAUAACUUAAACUGUAACUUUUCAAUUCAACAUUUUCAUUUGAUUUGAUCAGAUGGCUUGCCAUAUUUGAUAGAAAAUUAUAUAUAUUUGGGUUUUUCUAAUACAGUCUUUACAAUUAUAGACACGUGGUUGACAAAGUUCAGCUGUAGUCUAACAAGCUAUGUAGAAAUACUGGAAUAUCCUUUCUUCAAGGCUGAAGGUGAAAUGUUGCUUUUACCAAAGCAAAAAAACGGGGGGGGGGGAGGGGGGAAGCAAAAGAAAAGUAGGUGAUAGUUCUACCCAGUUGUUGAUUUACAGUAAAUUGUAUACCCUUGAAUGUUCAUUUCUUCUGCAGCACUCAACUAUUUUAUUCUUUUUUCCUUCAUUUGGUAAGCCAGUUAUCCAAAAGAUGAAGAUAAGCUGGUCAGCGUAUGACACAUUUGAGGCGAAUUUCAAACCACUUGUGGUGGUUGAGCUUGCAAAAGACACCAAAGAUGAAACGAAAGAAUGGCUGACACAAAAGAUAAUAGAAAAGAAGAAAAAUGGAGGUUGGUACUCUUUACUUUUACGGAAAUCUCUGUUUCUUGAAGUAUGAAAAUACAAUUAUACAAAUACAUUUUAAAUGAGCAAAAAUAGAUAAUGUAUUAUAUAUAGUUUAUUUAAAUAUUUCUUAAUAAAAAAGAAUCUUAUUCUGAGAUUUUAUUUAUAUAGAUGAAAGUUGCAUGGUUGAAUAUUAUCUUGAUACUUCAUAUUCAACUGAUUGACAAAUAAACACUCCUUUUUCGCUGAAAUUGUGUGGUGAACAUUUUCUUUAAGUCUCCUUUAAUAUGUGUGAGCCUAAUUAGCAAGGCUGCCACCCAUAUUUACAUGAAAUCAUCUGUUUCUAAAGGUUGUUUUCAUGUAAGCAUUCAUUUACAAAGCUACAAGUCUUAUGUGCUAAGUCAACUCCAGAUGCUCUUAGAUGAAAUGUCUAGGUCCAUUUCAGUUGGGUUUUUGAUUUUACAACCGAGACUGCCAAAAUAAAGAUACUGUUCAUUCUCUUCAGCUGCUUUUUAUCUCAUUGACUGUAGCAUCCUUCUGGAUAGGCUGCCUGAGUUGGAUUUUGGAAGUACGUUAGGAUGGCCAAUUUGGAUGCUGUUGAGGGUUUUAUUCGCCAGUGCUAUUUGUCAUCUACAUGAAAGCACUGGGCAAGGACACCUAAAUAUUUCAACUAAGAUGUUGCCAAUCUGCAGUUGACACUCCGCUCUGUCUCUCCUUUUUAUCAAAUGCAGGAGAGGUUUUGUUGUUGUUUAGUCGUUUAGUCGUGUCUGACUCUUCGUGACCCCAUGGACCAGAGCACGCCAGGCACUUCUGUCUUCCACUGCCUCCCGCAGUUUGGUCAAACUCAAGCUGGUAGCUUCGAGAACACUAUCCAACCAUCUCGUCCUCUGUCGUCCCCUUCUCCUUGUGCCCUCCAUCUUUCCCAACAUCAGGGUCUUUUCCAGGGAGUCUUCUCUUCUCAUGAGGUGGCCAAAGUAUUGGAGCCUCAGCUUCACGAUCUGUCCUUCCAGUGAGCACUCAGGGCUGAUUUCCUUAAAAAUGGAUAGGUUUGUUCUUCUUUCAGUCCAUGGGACUCUCAAGAGUCUCCUCCCAAGAGUAGUGCUUGGCCGUGCUAAUAUAUUGGAUGAGGGCCAGUAAACCCUGCAGCUCAAGAGGGUCUAUUUAUUGAGAAUUCAUCACGAUUUGCUUGUACAAAAGUUAUGCAGGGGUUAGAUUGUAUGCAGUCUUUAUUGAGCAUUCAUCUGCUGUUUUUCAGUGGAUUUGUUGCGCAUGGGAAACACAGCACUUUAAAUCCGCUUUAAAUUCUGGUCUUCCUCCUGAAAAAUAGUGACAGCCUGGAGGUUUUGAUUUGAUUUAAGAUUUGUAUUUUUCUUUCCCAACAACAAACGUUGAGCUGAAAGCAACUCACAAAAGCAUUAAAACAACAACAAAUGCUGCAACUAUCGUACCAAACACAGCAUAUAAAUAAAGCAAACAAGAGCAACUGUUUCAGCAAAACAAUUAAUACAAUUCAGUGGAGUCCUAGUAACUCAUAAUAUUGCCAGCAUACUUCCUAAUCACAUGGAACCUAAAUCCAGAACAGCAAGAAAUGGAUUAGCUGUUCCGUGUUGCUGCCCUUAGAUUAGAAAAGAUAGAGGUAUUUUUAAUGGAUGACUCAUUCAGCUGCUUGAGUGGUCAACCUGUUCUGGAGGGGAUUGGAUUAUGGAUCAUUUCCCAAUACUCUUUUACCCUUUUACAAGUCCACCACAUAUGAAAGAAUGUUCCCUCCACCUCUUUGCACUUAAGUGGCUUUUCUUAAAACACACACAACCCGUAAGCAGCAUUGAGAUUCUUAUAUGCAAGGUGUGUACUUGUUCCUUAGUUGUUGCUCACAAGCGGAGGCUUGUGCUCCACUUGCCUUUUAAAUCUAUCAAACUCUGGCCACAAUCCAGCCAAACUUAAGUAUUUUCAAAUCUUAAUGAUUUGAUGGUUGGAUAUUUAAGUAUGUCCUUACUACUGAAUGUUCUGUUUUAUUAUCUUGAUAACCCAAACUUUUUCUAUAGAUAAGGAAUCAUUUUUAUAUAACCCUUUAGAUGCUGUUCCUCUUAAACUCGGCCUGAGCAAUGCAUGAAUCCAAUUCAUUAGGUAUUUAAAAUAUCUUAUAUUAAAAUUACAUUCCAUUUAAUUUCUUGCCUUAUUUCGAAGGAGCCCAGCUUUUGGUGAAACCCUUGAUGGCAGAUGGGAAGAAAAUAGAAGGGAACCAGAAUAUUUAUCUUGUUGGAGCAUCUCACUUGAGGCUGCUUCUGGGAGCUGAAACGGUGGGGUUGGUGAAAGAAUGUAACGAUAACACAAUGAGAGCCUUUACAUAUACCGCUAGAAAAACCUUCAAAGAUUUUGCAGGUAAAUCAAACUGUUUUUAGAAUUGUUUCCAACAUAAUUGCAUGUUUUUGCUUUUUAGGGCAUAAAAACCAUUUAAACUGAACUUUGAACUUUUACCUCUCAGUCAUGAAAAUAUAUGCAUUUCUGAGUUUUGAAAUGUGAUCAUGCUUUUCUACAUUAUGUGGAAAUUGGUUAGCUUAAUUUUCAUGUCAUUACUAUAAAACCUGUUGAAUUUUAAAUUUUGACAACUUUUAAAAAAAGUAGAUCCCAGUGUUUUUUUAAUAAAUGGAUCUGAACAAUUAGCUAUCCAUUGUAGGACGCUAUAAUACAAACUUACUUGAGAGUAAGUUUUAUUGAAUUCAGUGAAGUUUUCUUCUGAUUUGACAUUUAUAGGAUUGCAUUUUAAUGUCUUGGUUAGUUAUUUCCUUAAGAGACCUCUUGCUUUGAUGACAUACUGUGCCUCCCAGGUAACUGCUUCCUUUAGGAAUUUUGCAAGAUAAGAGAACACAUGUUCAACCAUAUGAACUCUUUUCUGAUUUAGAGGACAAUCAUGAUUUCCUUACAAUGGCAGAGUGUCAGUACAUCAUCAAACAUGAACUUGAAAACCUGAGAGCCAAAGAUGAAAAAAUGAUCCCGGGUUAUCCUCAGGCAAAGCUUUAUCCGGGAAAGUCAAUUAGUGAGUAACUUUGUAUUGAAGUUGUUAAUUGCAUAAGCUCUGAUAUUGGGGGGAAAUGUAUGUGAAACCAUAAUUUUCGCUAGCUUCGGGAGAAAACUUAGAUAUUGCAAGUUGGCAUGUGCAGUUUGCCACAGCUUCUGCUUACAUUAAUUUUAUAUAACUAAUUCCUAUUAUUCCUUGAUGGAACAACCUAAAAGAAGUCUAGACGUGCCUAGCAGCUUAACUUCCUUAACAUAUUUUGAUUGGUCCUUCUGCAGCAGGUAGGUUUUAGGUUUGAUUUAUUCUGCACUUAGGAGCUGCUUGCUCCCAUUACUCUAUAUGUAUAUAGGCAAAAAACCUAUUUCAUAAUAUUUGGCACUGGCAAAAGUACAGACAUGUAGGAACAUUAUCUCUAGAUCAAAGUCCAUUAUCUAUGUAAUGUUUCUAGAGCUUAGAUCUGUGAAUAUGAUCUGACAGAAAUUUAGAAUUGAGCUCAUGGAUCUAUCUUGGAAAAAGUAAGUCUGAUGCAACACUCUUGUGUAUAUGUUCUUGCUUAGGAAUGUUGAUGAUUAAGUGGUAAAUAAAUUCCCUAAAUUAUUAAACAAAAAGUGAUUAAUGAAUGCCACAUUUUUAUUUGUCUAGCAAAAUGUAUACACCGAGUACUAGGGCAAAAGACCUCUAAGCGAUGUGCAAUAAAAUAGUCAUUUAAAAUACUAAUAAAAACAAACAUUAAAAACAAGUUACAUAAAAAUAGAACAAAUAACUAUAAAACACUUAUACUUAAGUGGUUUUAAUAUCAAAUUACAUGCCUGCGUAGGCUUUCUGGAACAAAAAAAAUUGUAAGUGUUGCCAAAAACUCUAUACAGUCAUACCUUGGAUCCUGAACGCCUUGCAAGUCGAACAUUUGACUCCCAAAUGCCGCAAACCUGGAACUGAGUGUUCUGGUUUGCGAACAUUCUUUGGAACCCAAACGUCCAACGUGGCUUCUGCGGCUUCUGAUUGGCUGCAGGUGCUUCCUUCAGCCAAUGGGAAGCCACGCCUUGGUUUCUGAACAUUUUGGAAGCUGAACAGACUUCCGGAACGGAUUCCGUUUGACUUCCAAGGUACCACUGUAUUGUAUAAUCUAUGUAAUUGUUGUUGUUUUGUUGUUAUUUUAGUUAUACCCUGCCCAUCUGGCUCUGUGUGGGAAUAUGGUACCAGGACUAAAAACUAUAAUAAAAAAUAUAGAUUGAAAAUGUUAUUCAGAGAAUCAUUUAGUGUGGUCUGGAUAAGAUAAGGCAGAUGAAGCAUAUUUACUGUGCUACAUGAACCAUUCCAGAAUUAAGACACUGUCCCUUAUUUCUUUAUUUCUUUCAGUGCGAAGGCUAAUAUCCAAUGGUAUUCUACUUCAGAUUUUUCCACUUCAUGACCCAGAAGAACUAAAGAAACUUGGACAUACCUGGUACAAAAAACUGAAAAUUAGCUACCAGCCUUUAGGUAAGAUAGCCUUACAAUUUUGGCUUCUUCUGGUAUGAACUGUGCGAUUUUAUUGGGGCCUCAUUACUUAUAAGGCUAUGUACACCAACCUUUGAUGUGAGAUACAGAUUCAAGACCACAGCAUACCAAAACUGAGUAAGCAACAAACAAAUUGAGAAAGUUCACCAGCAAGUAGUCUGCGAAAGUACAGAAAAGUAAGUUAGGUCACGUGCUGAAGGGGACCAGGAAGCAAAACAAAGGACACUAGCCAAUCUGUCCUGGAGGAAAAUUCCCUCUGUUUAGAGAGAAACAGACCACCAGCCCAGGUUUAGACAUCAUGACAAACUUGCCUCCCAGCAGCACCGCAGGAGCUCACCAAGUGAAACGGCACAGUGCUUAUUUCGUAUUAAGCCAGAGUUUAUUUUUAACCAUGGUUUAAAACACCAGGGCUUUGUCAUAGUGUACUGGAUUCUUACUCUGUUCCAAAGGCUUUUGUGUCUGGACUUCCUAAAGUUGCUACCCUUGGAGCGCAAAGAAAGCUCAGUAGUGCAGACUUUCACAUUGUUCCACAAGUAACUGGUGCGCUUAAAAUCAGGCAACAGUUAGAAGGAUCCAGUGGUACUGGCAAAAGCCAGAACUGCUUCUAUAUUAAGCUGACUGGGGGAAACCAUUGUUUCAUGAGAAUUUCUCAGCUGCAGACACAUGCCAAAAUGGCAACAGAAGGAAACAUAAGGUGAUGAGUUAAUAUGCCAUAUUUUUGAAGGAUGGCUCGGUAUUAUUUUCCCAACAGCCAGCUCUCACACAAUACAAUCUUAUGCAUGAUUACGUGGAAUUAAGUUAUUCCAUGUUCAGUGGAGUUUACUCCCAGUUAAGUGGGAAAAUAAGUGCAACCUAACUCAACUUAUUAUGGUUGACAAGGAGUGUCACAAACUACACUGUACAUUCAGCACUUAACCUUCUUAAAGCUGGAACAGCUCUCCCCAAACUAACAGACAUUAAUACUUUUCCUAUCCUUAUUCUAUGCAAGAGCAAAUUUCACAAGAAAAAGUCAAAAUAAAAUAGAGGUUCAUAUACAAAGCACUAAGAUACCAGUACAUGCUUAAGACUAGAGACAUUAAUACUAAUGGAGUGCUUUAAAUUAGCAAUCCCAUUUGACCCAUUUCAAACUUACAAGUAUUAAAAAUGUGGUAUCACUAUUGGGUUUAAGCCCUUUGUGGAGUGACCGUGUUCAACUGCUUUUGAAGCUAUACAUUUAAUUGGCAGAAAAUUGUUCUUCUGAUGCCACUGGAAGUUCAAGAGUAGACAAUCACACACACUAAAUAAAACUCACAGAAAAGGAGUGAUGCAGCCACCUAAAGGAGGCGUUUUUCAAGGUGGUAGCUCAUGUUCUGCUGCAAAUUUUGAUGUUUCUUCAGUAGCUACCAUAAUUUAUAAACAUAAGUAUUUCAGUACCUUUAUACACAUGGAAGAGGUAAAAGGACCAGGAACUUGUCUAUUUAGUGUCACUGAAUCUAAAACAGCAAACUAGUGAUAUUGCCUCAGAUUUUACCCGUAUUUUAUAUAAGUCACUUCAAACUUGCUCUCUUCACUUCAGCUAUUCAUGUUAGAUUUUGCUCUCUGCGUUACCCCAAUCCACCUACACUUGCUUUUAGUCAAACUGUCACUCUGAAACAAUAUGAUCAAAUGACUCUAGCAAAGAAAAUGUUGAUAAUUGCACUUCGUAACCCACACCUUUCACCGCAGGAAAACAUCCAUUAGGAAACUAAACAACUAAUUCCCUUCUCCCCACUGCAACCUUUAAAGAGCACCCAUCCCCAUGUAAAAAACCAAAAAACAAACCACCAACCAUUUCCCUCUGAUCUGUAUGGUUAUUACUCUGCUCUGUCAUGGGAUUUAGUUUUUCUUUUCCUGAGCUUGAGCUAAUAUAAAUGGGCAUUUCACAUUGACAGACUAACAAUGGAAUCCCAACCAAGUCUAGUCAAAAGUACAUCUUACUGAAUUCAACAGGGCUUAUGCCAAGGAAAGUGGAGUUAGAAUUGUAGUUCAUGUGAUUUAUGUGUGCUUUUUAAAAUUACUGAGCAAUGGGAGACUGCCUGAAAUUGUCUGCACCUGGGAGCAGUUGCAUACAACUAGAUAAAUGUGCAGUUACUUGCCACAUGGAUCAAGUGUGGAAAUACAUCCUUUUAGCAGUUGGAAAUGGUCUGGAGAAAACUGCCUAGUAGUGCCUGAUUCAUGUAGUGAGCCAGAUGAUUUUGGAAAGUGGUCAUAAUUUACACUUAUCACUGCGCUUGCAAAGCAACAGCUUAAACUCCGGUAUUGCUCUAUUUUUGAGGAAAAUGAGGUACAAAUGAUUAAGUACUCCAUACACCACAUAAGGCACUUGAUGCUUCAGAAUGUAAUACAGUGGUACCUUGGUUCCUGAAUGGCUUGACUCCCGAACAAAUUGGUUCCUGAAUGCCGCAAACCUGGAAGUAAGUGUUCCGGUUUGCGAACGUUUUUCGGAAGCUGAAUGUCUGACGUGGCUUCCACAGCUACCGCUUGAGUGCAGGAAGCUCCUGCAGCCAGUUGGAAGCCGCGCCUUGGUUUUGGAACGGUUUCAGGAGUCGAAUGGACUCCUGGAAUGGAUUAAGUUCUAGAACCAAGGUACCACUGUAACACUUUUUAUUUUUAAAAAUGCCCAACAGCUAAUGUAAGCCUGCCAAAUUUUGUGUGUAUGAUACUUACGUUUACUCUCUUUGUUUUCCCCCAGAUGAAAUUCGCUGCUAUUUUGGCGAAACCAUUGCUUUCUAUUUUGCCUUUUUGGAGUAUAUCACAUUUGCUUUGGUUCCAAUGGCUAUCAUUGGGAUUCCUUACUAUAUCUUUGAUUGGGAAGAUUACGACAAGUAUGUGCUGUUUGCAGGAUUCAACCUGGUUUGGUCUGCUAUUCUCCUUGAACUCUGGAAGCGGUGUUGUGCUCUAAUGGCCUACAGGUGGGGGACACUUGUGAUGAAGCGACAGUUUGAGGAGCCCAGGCCAGGGUUUCAUGGAGUUUUAGGCAUUAAUCCCGUGACUGGGAGAGAGGAGCCGGUAUACUCUAGCUUCAAAAGACAGUUACGAAUUUAUUUGGUCUCCUUACCAUUUGUGUGCCUUUGCCUCUACUUCUCACUUUAUGUCAUGAUGGUUUACUUUGAAUUGGAAUACCAGGCACAUUUAUAUCAUGAAGAGAACCAAUCGGAAUUAAGCAGCUUAAUAUUAUAUGUGCCCAGCAUAAUUUAUGCUGUUGUGAUUGAAGUUCUGAACCGCAUCUAUAGAUACGCUGCAGAGUUCUUAACCUCAUGGGGUAAGAUUUCUCUCUUAUUCUCUUAUGUUGAAUCAUGUUCUAAGAUAUUGUCGAUUCAAUGAUCAUGUAAUAGUUUGGCUGUUAUGAAAGAACCUCUUUAUUAUGUGAGCUAUAAUACCUACCACUGUGAAGGAAGCUUAUUGCAAAAAGGUUGCGCUAGAAACAAUUUAGAGAAAUUUGUUUGUGCCAGAUAAGAUGCCUAUAGAUGUGUGAUGUAGAUAACAUUUUUGUUCAGUCGUGUUGACCCCUCAAGAAUCCCCUCCACUCCACUCCCACUCCCACUUUUAGAAACAUAAAACCAAUACAGAUUCUUAAAUAAUCUGUGGGCCACAUUUUAAACAAUUAACAGUGAAAUCAUAUAUAUGUCUACUUAAAAGUAGGCUCUGUUUAGUUCAGUGACACUUAUUCCCACCACCAUGCUAAUACAAGUGUGUGUAUAAAUUAGUGGAGACUGAAGGGUUUUUUUUUCCCAGUUGGGGUUAGUGGCCUGAACAUAGAAAACAAAAACUCGGCCUUUUCUCUCAUUUUGGGGUGGAAUGAAGCCAGAGCUAUGUGAUCUGAGGGCUCCAUACACUCCUCUCCUAAAAUACAUUUUAUAAGGACAAACUGGCAGCUGUUGUAUAUUUGUAGGAAGAAAAUGUUUGAAUUGUGCUUAACACAGGAGAGCGCCCUGAUUGAAUGCUUGCAAAAGUGCAAGGAAGAUGCUGUUUGUUCAAGUCUCAUGGGCUGCAGUCUGACAAUAGGGGUUUCCAUGACUGCAAAACAGGUAGAUCUGAUCUGAUCGCUAGACCAUGACCAGGAGCAAUCCAGCAUCACCUGAGCUCUGCGAGUACAGCUAUCUCCCGAUUGAAGGGCCGGGAAACCUAAAUGCUUGUUUCCAAAGCUAUUGUACUACCAAUCUUACUGUACGCUUGUGAAACAUGGACCAGUUAGAAAUGCCAUCUCCAACACCUCGAAAGAUUCCAUCAAUUGUGUCUCUGAAAAAUGUUACCUAUCACUUGGGAAGACCGGUGAACUAAUGCCAGUGUACUGGAAGAAGCAAAGAUCACCAGUGCCGAAGCAAUGAUUCUUCAACAUCAACUUCGCUGGAUUGGUCAUGUUGUGUGGAUGCCGGAUUAUCGUCUUCCAAAGAAACUACAGUAGAACCUCUGCUUACGACCGCCUCUACUUGGGCCUGAUCCAAGUCGCGACCACGGAAAACCCAGAAGUAAAUACCGGGUUUGCUGCAAUUCGCGCACACGCAGAAGUGGCUUCUGCUGUUUGCACAUGCGCAGAAGUGGCUGCCACCGUCUGCACAUGCACACAGUGGCGCUUCUACCAUGACCCGUUUCUCCUAAAGGAUGGGCCGCCGGAAUGGAUUAUGGUGCUAAGUAGAGGUUCCACUGUAAUCUAUUUCGAACUUAAAAAUGGAAAUUGUAAUGCUGGUGGUCAACAAAAGAGGUUUAAAGACUCUCUCAAGGCAAAUCUAAAAAAAAUGUACUAUAAACACCGACAACUGGGAAACACUGGCCUGUGAGCACUCCAACUGGAAAACAGUCUUUACACUGUUUCCAAUCAAAACCGGAGAGGUUAGUUUUCUUUUCCUGGGCGCCUGAUUAUCUGGACAGGCGCCUGUCAGUCACCAUGUUUCCCUAGGCAAGGGAUGUGUUAAAACCCUCCGCCAGCAACACUUACCAGCUGCAGGUCACCCCGGCGACAUGUCUUGCCUGUGUGCAGCUCCCGGUCUUGAAACUCUAAAGGUUCAAAAGUAAAAUAAUGACCCGGAGACAAGUUUGCUCGUUCUUGUUUUCUGAGCAGAUGUUUUGUAGAGCCAGAGUGCGCCUCCACAUCGAGAGGUGAAAUGGAAAACCGCUGUCAAUCGAGGCAAAAAAAACCUCCCCCAAAGCAAACCCAGAAAGUGUUGAGCCAGUAGAAAUGCUGAAAUGAACUCCGCCAAUAUCCAUUUCGGGGAACCACAGAGGAAGAGGGAGAAGCCCUGUCAGCAGUGCUGGGAAGAGGGGAGAGACUCCCAGAAUCCUCUGCAACCAGGCCUGAUCCUGCAAAGCUGUCCUUCGCCAUCCCUACCUGGGCUUCCCUCCUCUUCUGUCUGCCACUUACCUCCUUGAAGUCUCCUGAGUCCCACGAUGUGUUGCUCUAGUAAGUUCAGCGGGCUGUCCAAGCCAGGGUCUCUCUGGGGGGGCAAGGGGUUUCUUCCCAUUUGUGGUCCUCCUGCACACAGCUUCAGAGUCGCCGAUAUCCAUUUUGGGGAACCGCAUAAGCAGAGGAAGAAGACCUGUCAGCAGCACUGGGAAGAGGGGAGAGACUCUCUGCAAGGCUCUCUGGCACUGCAAGGCUCUCUUUGGCCACUCUGUCUGCUACGUAACACACCUGUGAGGUUUCCAGAGUCCCCCAAGGAGUCAUUCUCAUAACCUUCAUUGUCUAUGCUCAGGGAACUGUCCGAACUGGCAUCCAUUUCGGGGAACAGCGGAGGAAGAGGGAGAAGCCUUGUCAGCAGCACUGAGAAGAGGGGACAGAAUGUGUGGCAGCUGCUACACUCGGAAGCUACUAUCUGAGGUUAACAAGAGGGAAGGUGUCAGCGUGAGGAAGAGACAGGCGUGGAUCAGAGAGGCAAUUUGUGCAAAUUGCCUCUCCUUUCCAGGAAACUAAAACUUGGGACACAGACUUGUAUCGGACACCAGAGUAGACCCAUUGAAAUGAAUGAGCACGUAGAACUGUGACCCAUGACUCUGAAUGGGUCUACCCUGAGUGGUAUCUAAUGGGAACCACGGCACAUUUCCAGAAAGAGGGAUUUGAACGGGGGGAGAAAGAGAAUGAUUAUUUUUUAUUAAUUCAUCUGCUAUAAACAGCUUCUCAGCUUUUUCUAACCAGUAACACAAACAUUAAAAUACACAAUAAAACAUUAAAAUACAAGGCACCCAUAACUGAAACAGCACAAUAAAACAAGGACUCAAAGCCCCAUUAACAAUUGGCAGUUACCAAGAGAGAUCAGUUCCCUCACCAGUUUCCCCGCCAUUGAUCUCCUGAAUUUGCUGGUGCGCAAUCUGCUUUUCUUGCUUUCUCAAGCAAGGAGGAUUUUUUAAAUUGUAGCCUUUUGGGGGGAGGGUCACUUUCUACUGAUUCUGCCCAAGCCACUGACAAACUGCUGAUCCACAGCUCCUCAACUGCAGCAAACGUGGGUUGGGGUUCUGAAGCGACAUCACAAAUGGGUUCCAGAUGUGGGAAUGCUGUGGAUUGUAGGAGAGGAUAUAUUGAUUAAAUAUUAUCCUUCCUAACUCACGCUAGUGAGCCAUAUAGUAGAACUCAUUUCCCUUUACACAACAGGAAGCUAUUUGCAAAUUUGUUUGAAUCUCUUUAGUUAAGCAAUCUAAUCUGUCUGAUCCUGGUAAAUCCCCUUUUGUUCCCUUCUAAAAAGAAUAAAGACAAAGGAUUCUCCCUUCUAAAUAAUGAAUAGUUUACUUACAUUCAGUUCACAGUAUGAUCCCUGAAGGCAGGCUUUGGCUUGUAGUUAUAGAUACAUAUAGUAGAAAGGUGUGGAUUCAUCCCAGCAGUGCAGUUCAAGAGAAGCAAGUGGCUCCGAGAGGAGAAAGAUGGCAAGAGAGUCCAAAAGAGAGAGAUGGCUGUGUGACUGGACCUUUUGUUAGGGCUGCCAGGGUCAUGCCGACCUACCUGGUCACAUGCAGGUGGAGGAUGCUCCAGACAGGUGUAACUGCUUGGCAGGGGGUUGGACUCGAUGGCCCUUGUGGUCUCUUCCAACUCUAUGAUUCUAUUCUAUUCUAUGAUUCUAAGUUCAACUGGCUGGAUCAACAUCCCCCUCUCUUUUGUCCACUCUAGGGAAUGUUGUAUUUGACUGCUACAAGGAUUACAUCCCACAUAUUUUACCCUGUGCACUUACAGUUAUAGACACAUUGAUUUUUAUCUUUCAAUAAAGAAUAUAGAAUGAUAAUGAUGAUGAAAAUGAUGAAAAUGAUGAUGGUGAUAAUAAUAAUAAUAAUAAUUGUGCUUAACAUAAAUUGCAUCUAUUCUGCUUUGCGUUUAUGUAUGUUUCGUUAACUGGGACUUUUUUGGUUCAAUUUCAGAAAACCAUAGAUUGGAGUCUUCAUACCAGAAUCACUUAGUUCUGAAAGUCCUGGUGGUAUGUAGAGUCAGAAAUACUUUCUUCUUAUUUGGGAAUAGCUCUUGUCAGGAUCCAUUGAAAUGAGGAGUUUGAUCUUUGGCUCCAAACCAGUAUUUUUUUUAGCAAUGUUUCAAGCAAAACACACUUUCAUGUAUGCACGAAUAAACAUAAACUCUUACUAUUUCAGUGGCGUUUACAUGGAUUUAACGAAGGAAAAUAAUGUAUCCUGUAAAGAAAGAAUCAAAGUUCAUUUGCAAAAAUGGUGGAGUUCUUGAAGGAUUGUUCUGAUCAGGGGUGUGAGCUAACAAAGCAUUAUUUCGUGGAUAUUGCAUAACAGCCUUGACUGUUGGUGGAAAUCCCUGUGGUCUAGUUUAGGAUAGUCGUGUGCUCAUUCUGCACAAGCUUCAUCGAAAUGAAUGGAGAUUGGGGAAAUUGAAGACUGUGUUUCUAAACACACACACUGCUUUUUCAUACAUACACCCCUAGUCCACACGAAUGCACCCCAUACUCAUGUACAACCCCCCCAUCCUCUACACACAAAUUCCACUUAUGCAUCCACAUACGUACACCUCCAUUCACAUCCCACACAAACAUGCCUACGUCCAUAGACACAGAACCAGCUGCUAAGGACUGCGAAUGGAGGAAAAGAAAGAGCCCUUUCUUUGCUUCCAUGCUGCAUGGUGAGACAGGGAAGACCGUUUCUCUCCAGGUAGCGUUGAGAGGCAGCUAGCUCCUUCUUUCCUCUUGCUCCAGAGCAGUGCGGAGUGGGGAAGACCAUAGGGACUGAAGUUUAAACUCCUUCCCUACUGCAGUUGAUUGGAGAUUACACUCAGCGGUGGGAAAGGGAACAUGUAACCCAGGGCAAAUUGCAAGGACCAGAUUCAGAGGCUUGGCACACCAGAGGUCCCCUGGGUGUUAAGACGGGUAUGUGGUAGAUUAAAUCUAUGGUAUCCUAAGAUCUGUGGAUUUUUGCUGUGUAUGUGCUCAGUAGAUCUGUGUUUUAAAAAACCAAAAUCAGACAUAUUCAAUAUGAAUGCUAAAAAACUGAGAAGGAAAACUGAUUAGCCAGAUGUGUUCUUUUAGUGCAUAAUCUGGAGUAUAGCUGUUUGACUAAAUUACCCAAGAUUAAUUGGCAAAUAAGGUCUCUUGACCAGAUCAAUCCCAUUUUCUCCUUGGGAAGUUUAUUUUCUAAAAUAAAGAUUGUAGAGGAAUCACCACAGGAUGGCAGAUGGGGGGGAGGGAAGAGGCCUUCCUGAGAUUGUUAUGUCACAUGGUCCUUAGUUUUCCCAUCUUAAACUGAUGAUGGAAUUGAAUAUAUAUUUAUUUUUUUCUUUUGCAGUUCAACUUUUUAAAUUGCUUUGCAUCGUUAUUCUACAUUGCUUUUGUCAUGUUUGAUAUGAAACUUUUGAGACAGGUGAGUGAUCUUACAUUGUUUCAGUUAUCUGAUUAUCUUAACAUCUCCAAUAUUUUUUAUUAAUUUACAUUAGACUGAUUCAGAUAAUAAUUUCAAGCUUGGAAAUAUCUUCCAGAAUCUCUGCAGCUGAUCUGCUGUGAUAGGUAGUCCUUAAGACUGAACUUAAGGCUACUGUGCUAUAAUGUGAAAUAAUUGCUUCAUGUUUAAUAUGGCUCUGUGCUUCUUUGCUUUACAUGCUGUACAUUGUAGUGACUUUUCUACUCUUUUCUACUCUGUCCUUUCUUUAGUAAACAGCUGACCAUGAAAUUGUUAACAUAGUAAGGCUAGUGGGAAUGAAAACUGCUACCAAAAUGAGCUGCUUCAGUGAUUGCUGCCACCCUUAUUUUUUCAGAUUCAGCCUAAAAAUUCGCUUUGCUUCAGUUCUGUGUAGUGUGGAAUUCUUAGAUCUGUAGUGCUUGUUACAUAGGACAUGCUCAUUAGUUAAUUGAAUGCAGAUAGAAUACCCUUUUUAAGGACUGCUACAGUCUCGUUUCAUGUUUGCUUUGCUUAAUUUUCUUAAAGAGCUUGGCAACUUUGCUGAUAACUUCCCAAGUCCUUAAUCAAUGUGUAGAAGCUGUGCUGCCUUAUUGGCUCCAAAAGAGGCGGACCAAGAGUGUGAAGAAAAAGGUGAAAGCUUUGGAUAUAGAUACUGACCUGACUUUGCUUGAGCAAGUUAAUCUGGAAAAAGGGAUGGAUACUUAUCCGGUAAGUUAACUGUAUCCUCUUCCGUGGUUCAUUGCAUCUGAAAAGUGGGAGCUUAAAAAAAACAACACAAAACAAAUUUGACAAUUGCAAAUAUUUGAAACCUUAAUGGAAUUUACAGUGGAAAUAAAUGGCCCCCCGAAUAGUUAGAAAAUAAACAUUGUUGUGCUAGUUCAAGCCAGUGGUCUAAAAUCAUGCUUUAUGUUGAGGUCACCCCCCCCCAAUCUUUCCCCAGCAGGUAAAUCCUAGUGCAUGUGACAUAGUGGUAUCAUCAGGAGUUUAAGGUCCAGGGCCCCACUCAGCAGAAGGGCUGGCUUACCAUAUCUAUCGAUCGAUCUAUCUAUCUAUCUACGGUCAAACAUUGGUUCCCAAACGCAUCCGUUAUCGCACGUCUCGGCUCCUGAAAGCCGAAAACCCGGAAGUAACUGCUCUGGUUUUUGAACGAUUUUCAGAAACUGAACGGCUUCCGGGGAGUUUUUUUCUUCUUUUUUCUCCAUUGAUUUUGCCGAUCUCCCUUUGAUCCUUGGUUGUCAAACGUUUUGGAAGUCAAACGGUUUUCCAGAAUGGAUUACGUUCGUCAACUGAUGUUUGGCUGUAUCUGUCUUCUGAUAAAACGCAUACCACACCUUACUUCAUUUUGAAGUAAGUGAAGCAAUCCACAUCAUAUUCCAAAAAAGGGAGCUCCCGGUAAGACCAUUCUAAGCUCAUCCCAUUCACCCGGACCACCUGCUGCACUAGCUUUAAGAGUUUUUUAUUUAGGUUUUCGUAUAAUAAGAAUUGUCAAGAGGUUGGGGGGUCUUGUACUCGGCCCUGUUCAUCAACAUUGGUUCUGCCUGGAGCUCAGACUUCCAGCUAAAGAGGCGAGCUCAUGAGGAAGCAGUUUCUCUUUCUGCUGGCUGCUAACACUCUCUUCAAUUGCACCUGGGUGCUGGCUUGUCUGUACCAGGGCUUCAAGGCCAGCGACGAUGACUUCAUUUAAUUGGGAAGAAUUUUGCAGUUGUGGAGUCACACAUACACCUUAGACUCUCAGCUCUGGAAAGUUUUGGCCUAGACAUCUUCUGAUUGGCUGGUUAUUAAGUAUUACCCAUAGGCCGCGUGUGAUGCCUCACCUUUUCCCUUUGCUUCCCUGACUGUCACCUGUGUUAUAGGGCCAUGGAGUCAUUGUUAAUGUAUCAGGCUAGAUUAGCUUAGCCUUUUUGCCUGUUCUGUGAUUUCCCAGAUAGUCCUAUAUUCCCAAUAGCAUUUUCCUUUCUUAUUUUUCCUACACGAUAAGCUGACUUCAUUAUAUGCUGCUAUUUUAAUUGUGAUUAGAAAACAUCUACAUCUUCAUUCUAAGCCAUUGUCUGGACUCUUUUAGUCACAUCUGUGACUGUAUUUGGCUUCUUUUGCAUGAAGCCCCGAAAGCAGAGAGUGGUACUUCAGCUCUUGGUUCUUGGGAUCUUAGGGAUGUCUGGAAUCUCCUGACUCAGACUGGGUGGACAAACAGCCUUGUUCUACCUAAAAGCAGUUUGUUUACUCCCUGUGUGUUGGCUGCAUUUGAAACACCAGUAAACAUUUACAUGGGCUUUGGGGUAGAUUUCCUGACAAUAAUUAGUAAGGUUUUAUUUGGUAAAUUUAGAGUUGGGGCAAAAGCACAUACCAAGCACAGUUCUUUAAGUGAGGAUGUAAUUAUUAAAACAUCACCUUCAUUCUAACUGGUGAUUUAUGUUGGGCAUGGAGCAGCACUGUACACCAUCUCUCAUGUUCUACACAAGAUGAAUUAAUUGAUCUUCAAAUGAAUAGAAAUGAAAACAGGUAGUUGGUAUGUAUACUCUGCUCACGUCAAUCUUACACUCCCUGCUUUUUAUUUUACACCCACGCUCUCCACUUUAAUAUUUCUAAUUGGAAAAAUACGUAGGUCUGCCAGGAUCUGUAAAGCUGCUUCUAAUCUUGUAUUUAUGGUUAAAUUGUUCUCUUUUCUUGCAGGGUACUUUUGAUGAUUAUUUGGAGUUGUUCUUGCAGUUUGGCUAUGUGAGCCUUUUUUCAUGCGUCUACCCUUUGGCAGCUGUUUUUGCAGUGCUCAACAACAUCACAGAAAUGUAUUCUGAUGCCUUAAAAAUGUGCAGGAUCUUUAAACGCCCAUUUUCAGAGCCUGCUGCAAAUAUUGGUGUAUGGCAGGUAAUCCAUUCAGAUGCAUAAUGUUUGAAUAACUUCGUCAUUUCUUUAUUUGUUUCUCUAUUUGCCAUUGGAAUACAUGAGAAGUUAGUCAUUUCCCCUGUCUUUUAAGGGUAUAAAAGUGGGAUAUACCAUAUUUUUACAUCUAUAAGAUGCCCCCAUGUAUGAUGCCCCCUAUUUUGGGGGACUCAGAUUUAAGAAAAUGGGGGGAAAUGGCCCAGAGUAUAAGACGCCCCCUAAUUUUUGACAUUAUUUUUAAGGGGAAAAAACCUAGUCUUAUAUUUGAAAAAAUACAGUAAGUCUAUAAAGUAUGCCAUGAGUUUAUAGUAAACUGAGAAUUCAGUUAAAAAGCAAGCAUAGGUACAAAAUGACAGAGACAAGAAAUAGACAUGUUGUGUGGGGAUUUAGCUGUCAGUGUAGUAUUUAGCUACAGUGUCUUAAGACUGUGCUAUAGUUCUUAAAAGAAGUAUCUUUUCCCUUGCAGAUAAGGCAGAUUUACAUGUUUCUUUUAUAGGCUACAGGGCAUUCAAUUUAGUGUAGAGGUGGGGAACCUGCGAUCCUCCAAACGUGGUUGGACCACAACUCAUAGAAUCAUAGAAUGUGAUUUUAAGCCAUCUUUAGGCUGUUUGGGCCAGAAUAUUAGUGGCAGAUUUCAUGCAGAUACCUGCCCCAAACUUUUGGUUAUUGGCACUUUUGAAUGUAACAAAAAGGAAUGUCAGGGCUAUUCAGGAGCCUGAGAAAGGAGAACAUAUUUUUGUUAAAGGAAUUCUGGUUCUUUUUCUUUUUGUUUCAGUUGGCUUUUCAAACAAUGACUGUCAUAUCAGUGGUUACCAAUUGUGUCCUUAUUGGCAUGUCACCUCAAGUAAAUGGACUUUUCCCAGAAUCAAAAAUCGAGCUUAUCCUAAUUGUAGUGUUGGCAGAGGUAAGUUGACAAUUUAAUUAUUUGCUUAUGGUCUGUAAGCAGUGCUGUUUUUUUUUCUAGAAAAAGAGGUGCAGGAACUCCCACUUCUUUUUUGAUGAGCAACCCUAAGGUGGCGGAAUUCAGUUCCUUGUCCAUAAGAGUUUGUAAGCUGUGCAUUUCCUUGACUGCUGCAUUCACCAUCUUACUAGCUAAAGAAUCUUACAUAUCAGUUCUUUUCAAGCUUUCUUAUCUGUUAGGGAACCUUUUAUACAUGGAUAGGUCUAUUAUGAGAUCCCAGCAAGUUGCAGAGGGGGCACACACAUAGGAGCUAGCUGUAUGCUACUGGGGCAGAUCCAUGCAUUGGAAAGCGGUUUUUGCAAAACAGUUGUCUUGACCAAUUGUUGUGGCCAGACGUAUUCUAGCUUUGGAGUCCAGCUGAAAGCAAAGUAGUUCUUGGGAUGGGAAGCAGCAGGUGGGAUGAAAAGAACUUGCAUCCUGCUUCAAGUUGCCCAGCUCUCCUGCCACUUUGUGGUAUUUUGAGAUAACCUACCUGCAGAAAAGGGACUUGGGUGGCGCUGUGGGUUAAACCACAGAGCCUAGGGCUUGCCGAUCAGAAGGUCGGCUCUCGUUGCUCAGUCCCUGCUCCUGUCAACCUAGCAGUUCGAAAGCACAUCAAAGUGCAAGUAGAUAAAUAGGUACCGCUCUGGUGGGAAGGUAAACAGUGUUUCUGUGCACUGCUCUGGUUCGCCAGAAGUGGCUUAGUCCUGUUGGCCACAUGACCCGGAAGCUGUACACCGGCUCCCUUGGCCAAUAAAGUGAGAUGAGCGCAGCAACCCCAGAGUCGGCCACGACUGGACCUAAUGGUCAGGGGUCCCUUUACCUUUUACCUGCAGAAAUGCCAUCAUACGUGAUCAGAUUUUCACAGCUUAAUGUGAGGUGUGGACAAGGCCUGUGAGAUGAGAUGAUUCUCAAGACUUCCUUCCAAAAUACAGUGGUACCUCGGGUUACAUAUGCUUCAGGUUACAUACGCUUCAGGUUACAGACUCCGCUAACCCAGAAAUAGUACCUCAGGUUAAGAACUUGCUUCAGGAUGAGAACAGAAAUCGUGAUCCGGCGGUGUGGCGGCAGCGGGAGGCCCCAUUAGCUAAAGUGGUGCUUCAGGUUAAGAACCGUUUCAGGUUAAGAACGGACCUCCGGAACGAAUUAAGUACUUAACCCGAGGUACUAUUGUACUUUCCUGUCAAUUAUUCUGCGCUGUUUUCAAUCAUUUCUUAAUCAAUGUUCAUUAUUAAAUUCUGUAAAAUCAUAUUUUAAAUAAUAAAUUGCUUUUGCUUUGAAAUUAUUUUGCUUUGGAGGCAAAAUAAACAUUUUGGCAUCACACUGUCGCAAGAGAGACUUAUGGAAACAGUAAUUUAAGAAAAAUUAAAAGGGGAAUUUGUGGGGUGCGUGGAGGUAUGAAAAAGCUUUGGCAUCAUAGUGAGGAAAGGAGAAGCAGUUACAGACACACACAUAUCUUUUGAGGGUCACCAAUAAACUUUUCAUCAAGUCAUCACAGCAGGAGAGGGGGCCCAUGGGAGUAGUCAAUUAUUGUAAAGAAAGGCUAUUUUAAAAUAAUAUCUUUUAAAGCCAAGUUUUGAGGGGGGCCACAAAAACCCUUGAUGUAUCAGAUACAAUCCAUAGGCUGGAUUUGUUAUGAGUAUCUUAGAAAAUUUGCAGCAAUAGUUACCAGCAGCUUGAAGGCAACAAAUUAGCUGCCUGAGAUAUCUACAACCCUCUUAUCUCUGGAGUAGAGGAUUUCUGGGUUUCCCAUAGCAUUUUUGGCUACACCAAAAUGCAGACAUCUGGUAAGCCUCUGACUGACUUGCUUCAUUCUCUUAAAGAAGUUUGAAAACCCAGAAUCAUUUGAGAACUAAUGAGUAAAGCUGCUCAUUGGCUAUUUUAUUCAGAUACUUAUAUUUGUUUUCAGAACCAAAUAAGUAAAACGCAUCUCUGCUUGCAUGCUAAGCUCACAGAUGGUAAAGUGCAGCUUAUGAAAAUCAAGCAGUGACUUGGUUCAGUGGUACAUACAUGUGAAAAAGAAUUAUCAGGCAUAAUUAAUUCAAAAUGCUUCAGGAGGUUAAUCAAAGUCCAUGGUGGUUUACAUUAACACAUAUUUUCUACUAAGGAGUUUAUUUAAAGCUCUAAUAGCUCAUUUUCACACAACAUGAAACACAAAAUCUCUCUGUAUGUUUGCCUCCAUGCUGGACAAGAAUUAGAAAUUUUAAAUUCUUUCGGUCUAUAAAACCCCCAUCUUUGGCUAUGAUAAUUUCUUUACAGUCCAACUGAAAGCUUUCUAAAUAGCACCUGAACACUAUAAAUAGUCCUUGCCACUGUUCACAUACAAAACGGUUUGGUAAUAUGCUGUCGGCUUGCAUGCUCCCUCCUUCUCUGCUCAUUCUUUCCGAAUUCCUGAUUAGGGGGAAAUCACAGCUUUUUUCUGGUUUGGGUAUAGCUUCAAAUUAUGAUUAACUGUAUACCUGGACAUCAGGAAGGGAAACGGAACAAUGAAGGUGAGCAUGGAGUGCAUGAGUCCACAGAUUACUCAUGUCUUGCCAAACCAGUAGUUUGGCAUUAUAUGAUAACCAGCUCACUCUUUUCCAUCUGAAUUUUCAAUGAAGAUUAUUACACUGGAGCAACAGAAAAGGUAUUGGUUCAUAAGUCAGCAAAUCUGAAAUAAGAUUUAUGUUUAGAUUUGAAACAACUAAGACAAAUUACCUGGGGUUUGAUUGGAAAGUGAAGUUCUGCAAAUUGAUAUACGCUGAAGGGAAAACAGAUGGAGUUUAGUUGUAAGCAUGUUGUGGCUGGUUGGUUUGGGUUUCUUUCUCUCUGAACUUAGUAUCAUUGGAAAUGAUGAAAAUUAGUUAACAGCGCACACACCCCAUUUAUCUUUGGAUCUUACAGACUAUAACAAGAAGAUUUUGCAGUACUCUACUAUUUUUUCCCCCCAGUGGGACAUGGGUGGCACUGCGGUCUAAACCACAGAGCCUAGGGCUUGCUGAUCAGAAGGUUGGCGGUUCGAAACCUAGUAUUCAAUGAUAAAAUCUUCAAAAGAUAAAGUAUGCUUCGUAUUCAUUCAGCGUUUUGUACACUGCCAUCUUGUGGUGAAUUAAUACAAUUAAUGGAAAGUAUUUGCCUUUGUAGUAUUAUCUCUUUAAAAAUAAUGCAUUAAAGCAGCAUUUCCCAACCUUUUUCCAACCGUGGCCCGCUUCCGACCUCGUUUCCUUCCUGUGUUCCCCCCCCACCCGUGGGCAUAGCCAGGGGCGGGCAGCUGCCCCACCAAAUAAGUAAAAAUAAACAAAAAAUACAAAUCUGAGGUUCUGCCCCCCUAACAAAAGCCGCCCCCAACAAAAAUCCUGGCUAUGCCUAUGUCCCCUCCCAUGCCAUCCUACCUGUAGAAAAGGUAGCUAUUUAAAUGCUUUGUUUGUAAACCGAACAUGCUUUUUUAAUAUUUUUUAUAAUUUAUACACAAUACAAUUGCAUAAAAUGAUAGGAACAUAAUGAAGUUGAAGCAGAAAAAGAUAGCAACAUAGAAUCACAGAGCUGGAAGGAACCCCAAGGGUCAUAUUCUAGUGCAGCCCCCUGCAACUUAGAAAACUCAGCUAAAGCUUCCAUUACAAAUGGCCAUCCAACCUCUUCUUAGAAACCUCCAAGGAAGGAGAGCCCAGAACGUCCCAAGGAAGAUCCAUCUUCCAUGUAUUAUAAAAAGUAAACAACACUUAUUUGACCCCAGUUAUUUGACACAGAGGGGGAAACCUACAGAUACAGUCCAAAAGGCGCACACGGAGUUCUAUAUAUAUGGGAGAAUUUUAAAUAGCAAGUGGUCCUCACUGACCUAGUGCAAAAAGAUCUUGUCAUCCAGAGGAGCCCUGGCUGCCUAGUGUUUUACUAUAGUCCCACCCACCUUUACCUGGGAGUAAGGCCCACUGAACUCAGUGUGGCUUUCUUCUGAGUAGACAGUUAUUUACUAGAUGCAAGUCAGCAGCACCAGACGACUCCACUCGGCUGGGCGCUGGGGUGGAUUUCACCCCACGCCUUGCAGAGCCAGGGCAUCGUGCUUACCUGACCUUGGGGUUCUAGAUCACAGGCUCUACUGGUCAAAACGGAAGCCUUGGUGAUCAUUCUUUCCCAACAGAAGCAAACCAGGACUGCUCCCAAGAAAAUGCACGUAGCAAAAAGGAGCGCUAGUCCCUGGUGAACCGCUCCCUUACCUGCUUGUGAUUGGCAAAGCAGAUAGCUAGCCAAUCAGGAUUUUUAAAAAAGUUUUUCCCCUUCACUUCUUACUUCCCUCUGUGGCCCUCACAGCCUCAUGCUGUGGCCCCCCAUUUACUCCAUUUUCACCUGGGGGCCCCAUGGAAUAUCCUGGGGUCCCCAGGGGGCCAUAUCAGUAGUUGACCUCCUUUGUAAUGUUUUAUUUUGAAAUCUUUAAGAUAAUAUUUUAGUUUUCUGUUAUGUUGCUUUGACUGUAUACUUUAUAUUUGACUUUCUUCACAUUGUUUUGUUUAUGUUUUAUUGAUUUAAUAUGCUGUAAACCGCUUUGAGGUUUUUCUUAAAAAUAUAAAGCGGUAUAGAAAUUUAAAAAAUAAAAUAAAUAAAAAUAAAUAUGGCCCCUGAUUGUGAAACACUGCAUGAAGACUUCUACUUGACCUGCCAUUUUCCCAUGGGAAAACCCAAUCUUUUGUCCCUGACUCAGAGCAAAUUUCAAUGUGAUUUCUGUGGGCUGACCUUUUCUCCCAAUUCAGCGCUGAAGAGCAGAUUUUCCUGGGGAAAGUGGUGGGGCAAAUGGAAAACGGCUCAGAUCCAUGCCCAGAAAGCACAUGACAGGCGGAAGUGUUGAUGAGCCCUUGCUCACCUUUCCUUUAAACAGUCAUUACCUUUGACCCUCAGGGAUUGGGCAUAGGCCCAUGACACAAAUUUGAAUAAAACUGGCAUAGGAUAAAUUGUAUGGAUACAGUGGUGCCUCGCAAGACGAAAUUAAUCCGUUCCGCGAGUCUCUUCGUCUUGCGGUUUUUUCGUCUUGUGAAGCACGGCUAUUAGCGGCUUAGCGGCUAUUAGCAGCUUAGCGGCUAUUAACGGCUUGGCGGCUUAGCGGCUUUAAGAAAAAGGAAACAAACUCGCAAGAACUCGCAAGACGUUUCGUCUUGCGAAGCAAGCCCAUAGGGAAAUUCGUCUUGCGGAACAACUCAAAAAACGCAAAACCCUUUCGUCUCGCGAGUUUUUCGUCUCGCGAGGCAUUCGUCUUGCAGGGCACCACUGUAGAUAUGCCUGGGCAAAUUAAGAUGGUGAGUGGCUGGGUUAUUACCCUGUUCCUGUAAGCAAAGUAAAGCAAAAACUUUGGUUUUGUGUUUUUUUAAGGGAGAAGGAAAGGGGCAGGAGAUCUGGGGCCUGUCACAAAGUAUCUGGGAAUUAGCUUUCCAGAGCCAUUCCCAAUAACUAGGUUUUCUUAGUUGCCCCAAUACUAUCAGUGGAAUGUUUAAUUGAAAUUUUAAGGCCUGACCUACUAAUCUUGUUUAGAUUUCAUUGACUUAAUUGGCUUUGUCUCUGGUGUAAGUGCCUUGACAAUUUCAAUGUAUACAGUUAUUGCCUGGUUAGUUGAAUAUAAACAUUUCAUUUGUCACAAUCCAGGAGGAAGGCCAAUUACUGCACUAUUGAAACAGUUCGUUCCUCUCGGCUAAGGCUCAAUCCACAUUAUCUGCCAUGUAUUAAUAGGCAACCACAGGAGAAGGGAGUGCAGGCUGUGCUUGCAUUGACAGCAGGUGGUGGUUCGGUAUAGGAGGAAACAGGAGAAGGGGCAUUGAAAUGGGGAAAUUAUAUGGUACUCCAUAUCAUUUGUUGCGCUUCAGUGCAGACCACAACAGUGCAAUUGCGGUUGGCAAGGAAGAAGUGGACCCAGAUUUGGGGUUUAGAAUUUGGAUACACUUUAUUCGUGAUUUACAAUUAAGAAAUGAAUGGCUGGCGUGGGACUUUUUCUCCCCCACCUCCAACUUUACCUGAAGAAAUGGCCUGGUUAUCUACACCCCAUAUCUGCUCUGGGUCCAAGACUUUGGAUCAGCCCUAACCUGGGACCAACUGGAUCUGGGCCCCAAAUUGAUUGGGGGGGCUGCCCUAUUGUUUGUUUAGGGUUUUAUACGCUAAUCAAGUGUAUGGUCGUAGAGUGUGGGGGUGAGGGAAGAAGGAGAAACUGCGUCUUCUUCACCGCCACCCCAAAUGUGGGCUUAAUCAAGAGUUUUGAAACCCUUAUUGAAUUUACGGUUGGGAGGGGGUGGGGAAAAUAGAUGUAUCCUCCCUGCCUCCCGUUGUGCUGCAGAGACCAGGAAUAAACUUUCUGCUCACUAGCUAGUGAGCGGACAAUGCAGUCCUGCUCAUCUCGGCUUUGUCUUAUGUGUUCUCCUGCUGGGAACAUGCAUAAUAAUAAUAAUAAUAAUAAUAAGCAUAAUUUAUAUAUACCCAGCCCAUCUGGCUGGGUUUCCCCAGCCACUCUGGGCGGCUUCCAACAAAACGCUAAAAUACAAUAGUCUAUUAAACAUUAAAAGCUGCCCUAAGCAGGGCUGCCUUCAGAUGUCUGCUAAAAGUUUGGUAGUUAUUUUUCUCUUUGGCAUCUGGUGGGAGGGCGUUCCACAGGGCGGGUGCCACUACCGAGAAGGCCCUCUGCCUGGUUCCCUGUAACUUGGCUUCUCGCAGCGUGGGAACCGCCAGAAGGCCCUCGACAAGCAGUCAAAGAGCAAUGUGGGGCUGUUUGAAAGCUGCCUUACAAACAACCCCAUACUGCUUUUUGAUGUAGAUGCCUGCCUUUACACACACCCACACCCACAUACACCCCUGCCCAGCCCUGGCUUAAAAAAACCAUUUCAUUCAUUUUUAGCUUUAACAGUUAACGUCACAAAUAAAUCAUAAUCAUAUACACAUAGGAUUCUCUGAAUCCGUGGACUUCCCUUCACCCCUCCGUGGUUUCCAUACUUAUUCUUUUCCAACUGCGUCAUAUAAUGUUCUUCAUAUUUUCUUAACACUCAGUUCUCACCAUAGUUCUCGUUACUUUGCAAGUGUUUUUUUGAAAUCCUGCCAAUGUUUAGUUUACGGUGUUUUGGUUUGUGCUUGACCCAAAUCCAGUGUACAGCCCAACUUGGGUGCUAUUCUCAAGCUUGAAGAUUUUGACUGCAGCGAAACCCUUUUUCUAGACAUAUGGUUAGGCUAAGAGCAGGUCCCUUUUCUAGCAUGUGCCCAGAUCCGCUGGACAUUCCCAUUCUACAUUCCACAGCUGCUAAUUAGAGGCAGCUCCCUAGCUAUGGGGAAGCCCCUGUUUUUUUGCUAAGAGUGUUAAGAAAGCCCCCCCCCCCAAAAAAAAAUAUAUUGACAACUGCACGAAUUAUGAUAGCUAGGAAGCGGAAGGGGCAAGCAGAAUAUAAAAUGGAAAAAUGAUAUAAAGUGGUAUGGGAUAUGGCUAUUAAUGAUAAAUUAACAUGUGCCAUUAAGGUAAGACGGGGAAUAUGCAGGAGAAAUGAUUUUGAGGAGCUAUGGAGGGUGUUUGUAGAAUUUGUACUGUUAAAACGGAAAGGGGUCAAGCCAUCGCAAGAGGUGUUAAAAUUUUGGGAGGUUGGAUAGUUAUUAUGGAAUGGUCUUGGUGGUGGGGUGCACAUAUUUAUUCUUAUUUAUUUAUGAUUAUUACUUUGUCAAAAUAAAAUAAAAAUAACAAAAAAGAGUGCUAGGAAAGGUGCAUUUUCAACUUAGUCCUCUCCUGACUCGCCUCCCAAGUUGUGAUGGUUGUUCAGUGCAAAGACCAUUGAGAAUACUAUCCUAACUUACAGAGGACUUAAAGAAGGUGAAAAAUGUGCCUUUCUGCAGCCAGACAUGAGAAAAUUCCUUUCUGGCCCCCAAAUGGAGCAAGCAGCUGCAGCCUGGAGUAAACCUGUUAAGCAAGGGGGCGGGCAUUGACCGCCAGCGUCCCAAAGAGACUGGGCAACAUGAGAUGGGCUCAUUUGUUUUUCGCUGUCUCUGGUUCAGAGCUGCAAUAAUGCAGGAGAUAAUUCUGGAACUCGGGGGAAUUCCAUAAUGGCCUUGGGAAACACGAUCACAGCUGUGUGUUCUUGGUAUUUGCUAACGAUUGCACAAAUCUAGUUGUGUGUCAGACCCCUGUGACCUGCUUUGACCCUGUACUUGGAAUAUAUCCUACUGUACCGAAUGUUGCCCUGGUGAACAUGAUGCCCAAAGUGUUGGGACAUGACCUAGUUAGUGUUGCCAUUAAGGAAGGGAGAGAAAUGUGAUUCAGUUCCCAUUUUAAUGUAAAACUACCCGGUUCACGUUACCUUAAACAAUAUAUGCACCGCAACACAGCUAUCCUUUAAAAUGCACACCGUUAGGAAAUGCACUUUUUUAUUUCAUAAAACACUUCCUCAACCAAAUGAUGUGUAUCAAAAAUUCAUAUAUUAGGGGAAAGUGUGUUUAAAAAUGCAUAUAUUAAUGAAUAUAACAUUAAGAUAUGCCUUUUAUUAGGGGGAAUUGCUUGUGAAAAGGUUUAUUAGGAGAAAUAUGCAUGAAAUGUUAAUGAACCUUAAAGAGGACUUUUUUAAAAACAACAACAACACCCAAGCUAUGUGGAAAUUGAGGAACUGAGCUUAAGAUUUGAAAAAUGAGAAAUGGAAUGAAACCAAGAUGGACGAAUUUGGCCAUUCCUGGUUGACAUGGGACUGUUAUUUACCCCUUUUCUCGUAAUUUCAUUUCUCCCUACUUGAGCUAAAGUGAUAGCAUAUGCCAUGCUAUAGGCCAGGCCUCUCCAGAACUGAGCAUGCUAAAGAGGUAAUUGAGUCCAAGCAAAGACCAGUAGCGCUUGGAAGUAUGCUAAUGAAAUAUGCUGCAAAACUUUAAUUUCAGUGUAAUUAGGGACUGUGACAUCAACAUGAUUUAUAUAGGGAUUCUCUUUAAAUCCUGUUGUUUUGGGACAAUUUAAACGUCUGCUAAUUUUGCAAAGCAACUUCUGAAAUACAAAAGAAUUGUUUUUUUAAAAUUAUAUUUUGUUAAAUAGGGUUCUGGAAUAAAUACACACACACACAAAAUUAAUUUCUGGAAUUAAUUUUGCAAAAUGCAUGAAAUGGAAUUUUUGAAUAUAUAGGCUUAUGGGCUGUCACAAUACAUUAUGAAGUGACUGUCAAAAUAAAUUAUUUACUUAUUUUCCCCUCCCCCCAACUGAUUAGAAAAUGUCAAUCCAAAGCGUUACUUCUCUGACUGGAGGAAAUUAGUCGGGUGGUAAUUCUCAGAGGUAUUUUUGGUGCUGUGGAAGGGACACAGCAUGCAGCUGCUUUCUCUUUUUUAUACAGUUAGGUCUUCAAAAGAAGUCACAGGAGACUUCUAAUGUGUGCAUAUAAUAAGCUGAAUCUGUAUAGUGGAUAAUACAAAGAAGGCACAGCAUGCAGCUGCUGAAAAUGCGUACCCUAUAAUACGCUUGAUCAAGGUUAACACUAGUCAAAGGAACUGUCAUAAGAUAAAAGUAAGCUAUUAGGAGGUGUGUGAUAAAUGAAAGCUAAAAUAAAUAUUUUGUUUGCUCUUGUUAUUACAGAGAUAGCUUUACAUGCAUCUUUUUAAAGCCCUCUAAACUCUGCCAUCUUGAAAUCACUUGCUACCUCUUCCAGCCAAUAACAUCACUAAUUGACAAUGUUGUCAGGAUUUCAGAUUAAAGAAUAUGGUCAUUUUGUGUACAAAAGUUAGCACAGAAUCUGAAAAAGAAUUUAGAAAAGCAACUUUGCAGACUUCCACACACUUACUUGGGAUCAAUGGGACUUUGCAAGGUCAAUGUGCAGAAGACUGCAGACUAGAUCUUCAAAUUCCUUGGGAUGUAUCUGAAGCGGUGUUGUCAUGCAAUGGUCGCAUCUCACCUGUGUCAUAAAUAAAUAGAUGCUGUCAUUACAUAUUCUAAGACGUUGGAAACAGUUAUAUCGCUAAAUUCAGCAUCAGUGAAGCCUUUGUGUGAAUAAUGUGUUCACUUCUGUUUGCCAUGCUUCAAGAAUGAGAGAGUGAAACUGGAAUCAAAUGAGAUCUACAAAAAUAUGCUUAGUAAAGUGAAGAAUACAAUUUAGGAUGAACGUCAGAAUAGAUAGGUUUAAUUGGAAAAUAAAAGGCUAAAUUGGGAUUUGGUAAUAUAUAAAAUACUGCCUCAGUUCGGAUGGGGCUCGGGAUGUUUUUUUCCCUUGUCUGCUAUGACAAGAUAAGAAAUAACUGGCUCAGUUGGUAACCAAAAUGAUUUGUCCUGGAUGUUAGGAAGGGCUUCCUGUAAAAAUGUGGCAAAUACUUACACUUCUGCCCAGCCUGCUUUAGCUGGUCCCAGAGUCAAUGAAUCAGACCCCAUAACUGAUGUGCAUAUUAAUUAUUUCCCUCAAGCCAAUGUAGUCCAAUUAAACCUAUUUCAUUGGAAAUACAAGUUAUCUCUUUGGGGUGUCCUCUUCAUCCUAACAAGUGAUGGAGACCAUAUGGGCAUUCCAAGCUCUUGGUCCCCUAUUCCUAAUAUGACUGUUCUCCUGCCAUAAAAUCACAAAACUUUAAGCUUGUCUUUGAAGACAUCAAUUACAAGCAAUAAGCCACACUUGCAGCAAAGUCAUCAGCCACACGAUUAGUAAGUUGCAAACUGGUCCCAACUAACCAGACAACCUUGUUUUCCCAGAGAUACAAGACCACACCGGAAUUUCCAAUUGACAAUUUUUAGUUUGGUCAGAUGUGCCCCAGGCAUGCUUCUGUGUCCAAGAAACUUAAUAUGUGUUAUUUUGUAGCUGAGAUUUCUUGGAUUUAUUUCAUAUGUUCAGAUAUUUUGAGGAAUGUACUAUCCUGCUCUAAUUUAGAAUGGUUUUCUUUUCCCUCUGAUAAUGGUGAUAGUUAGCAGUUAAACUUAGAAAAUGUCUUCGUUAGCAAUUAAGCUUGGCAACGUCUCAUAAAUCUAUAUUCUUCAAAGGAAAAUUUAGUGUAGUUCAGUUGGUAGCGGGGUGCCAACUUGAAUAAAAUAUUUGGGGGGCCCAGGCAAGCCCCGCCCUGCCCAAUCACAAGAAACGGCAUGCACACACAAUUUGAACGGCAAUGCCCAUCUUUUUUGGUGGGGGCAGCCCUUUCAAAUAUUUUGUUGGGAGGGCUGAAGGGACCUCGGCCCACAGGAGUUGGCUCCUAUGCUUGGUAGAACAUGAGAUACUUAAUCUCAAGGUCGUGGGUUUGAGCCCCAUGUUGGGCAAAACAUCCCUGCUUUGCAAGGGUUGGAAUAGAUGAGCCUUGUGGUCCCUUCCAACUCUUAUAGAAUUCUAGGAUACUAUAAAUAUUCCUUCAUUGUAGCACCAAGUCAGUCUCCUCUUUUGAGAGCCUCAUGUCUUUGCUUGCCUGCUCGACGACCUAGGUCAUUAUGAAUCGGAAAGGUAUCUCAACUCUGCAUCAGUGUGCUUUAGAUCCGUAAUGCUAGCUUGUAUUUUACCAAGUUUUAAUGCUGUUGACUAACAUCUGUUAUUUUCUUUUCUGGAACGUUUCACUAAGCUUUAUUGAUUAAAUGAAAUGUGUUUAACUGAACCUAUAUGUCUAAGAGCCAUCCCUGAAUCCAUGAUUUUCUGUGUUCUGAAAUGAAAGUGGGGCUACCCUCCGCUUGCUGUUGCUUCUGUUGCAGGGGGGACUAGGGGGUAGUUUAAAUACUUUUGAUGGGGUUACACUUCCUCUGAAGGACUGGGUUCAUAGCCUGGGGGAGUACUCCUGGAUCCUUUGCUGUCACUUGAGGCUCAGGUGGCCUCGAUGGCACAGAGUGCAUCCCUAUCUAGACAAGGAUAGCCUAAUUUCUGUUGUUUGUGCCCUGGUAAUGUCGAGGGUGGUGCUGUGGGGUAAAUCACAGAGCCUAGGACUUCCCUAUCAGAAGGUCAGCGGUUCGAAUCCCCGCGACUUGGUGAGCUUCCGUUGCUCAGUCCCUGCUCCUGCCAACUUAGCAGUUUGAAAGCACAUCAAAAUGCAAGUAGAUAAAUAGGUACCGCUCUGGCGGGAAGGUAAACAGCAUUUCUGUGCGCUGCUCUGGUUCGCCAGAAGUGGCAUAGUCAUGCUGGCCACAUGACCCGGAAACUGUACACUGGCUCCCUUAGCCAGUAAAGCGAGAUGAGCGCCGCAACCCCAGAGUCGGCCACGACUGGACCUAAUGGUCAGGGGUCCCUUUACCCUUUAAUGUCGAGGUUAGAUUAUAGCGGCAUGUCAUAUGUGGUGCUGCCUCUGAAGAUGGUUUGGAAACUUCCUCUGGUGCAGAGUUCAGCAGCUAUAUUGCUCUCCAGAGGCAAGACGGUUUGAGCACAUAACAAUGAUCCUGACCUGACUGCCACUUUCUGGGCCCAAUUCAAAGUUCUGGUCUAUGAAGCCUUAACUGCUCAGGAUUGCAAUGCCUCCCUAUAUGAACCAACCCAAACCCUGCAAUAACCAUCUGAGGCCCUUCCUCAUGUGCCCCCUCCAUGAGAGGUCCGGAGGGUGGCAACACAAGAAUGGACCUUUUGAUCCAGUGGUUCCCCAUUUGUGCAAUGCUUUCUUCAGGGAGGCCUUUGGCAGAUUGAACAAUCUCUGGCCUUUUAAAAUGUGUUGGUAGGAGGCGGGGGCUAUUGGUUUGGUUUGGGUUUUUUUGUUACGCAUUUUGUGUUCUCGUUUUGUGUUUUUAGGUUGUGAACUGUGAUAUUUAGAUGAAGAGCGGUAUACAAUUUUAAUUAAUCAAUAAUAGUAAAAAAAAAACCUGUCAGAUUGUGUAGAGUAGGAGUCAACAAACUUUCUCAGCAGGGGGCUGGUCCACUGUCCCUCAGACCUUGUGGGGGGCCGUACUAUAUUUUGGGGAAAAAAGAAAAAUAGAACGAAUUCCUAUGCCCCACAAAUAACCCAGAGAUGCAUUUUUAAUAAAAGGACACAUUCUACUCAUGUAAAAACACCAGGCAGGCCCCACAAAUAACCCAGAGAUGCAUUUUAAAUAAAAGGACACAUUCUACUCAUGUAAAAACACACUGAUUCCUGGACCAUCCCCGGGCCGGAUUUAGAAGGCGAUUGGGCCGGAUCCGGCCCUCGGGCCUUAGUUUGCCUACCCAUGGGGAGGAUUGACCAGAACAUCUGUUGAGGUCUUUUCUGUAUUUUCAAGUGUGCUCCCUCAGUAGUAAUGAGGUAGUAAAUGCAGUUGCCUACCUUGUGUAUCCACCACAAAUACACAGACAUAGGCCUAUGCUGUAUAGCUGUGUACCAUUUGGGGUCUCAGAGUUCAGUUGAUCCCAUUAAUAUAACUUGGGUUGUGUUUUUGGCACAGAUUUUGGCUAUCAUCACAUUAGAUAGACAACCCUGAAAAUAUCGCCGAAAGAGGGAAUUUAGGAUGUAUUUCUUUCUGGGACAGUGUCCUUUACUAGUAGGAUGUUUAGCGAGGCUGCAUAUAGGUUCCUGCUUGAGGGGAGUUAGAAUGAAUAAUAAUAAUAAUAAUAAUAAUAAUAAUAAUAAUAAUAAUAAUUUUAUUAUUAUUAUUAUUUAUACCCCACCCCUGUGGCUGGGUCUCCCCAACCACUCUGGGUGGCUCCCAACAGAAUAUUAUUAAUAAAGCGCUAAAACAAACAUUAAAAACUUCCCUAAACAAUAGAAUAACAAGUAUCUUUAGCUGGAGAGGUUUGCAUACUAUAAACACUUCAUAAUUUGCCAUUCCUCUUCAAGACUCUGUUCAAAAUCAAUAGUAAAAUACUGUUCAGGCAUUUUGGUGAAAGCCUAAUUAACUGCCUUAAAAAAAUAAAAAUCAUCUUCUGGAACUGUUGUUGAAAGGCUGAUCUGUUUUAUCAUUUUAAAGUAGUCUAUUUGUCAUCAUAAAUAGUUUUUUAAAGAAAAUGUCAGCUAAAUUAAGUGACUAAUCCCCACGUCUUGAUUGCCAUUAAGAAAUACUUUUAUGGAGUAGGUGUUUAAUGAAUGUCUCGUUUAUUAAAUAAGGGAACUCGCCCACUAGAGGGCACAUGAGUACACAGGCUGUUAGUUAAUUUAAUUGAACUCUGUCUUCUCAUGGGUCUAGUGAAAUUUCAUUUUGACAUUCCAAAUAUCAACAGGAAUAAUAAAGAAGAAAUGCCUCGGGUGAAAAUAAAUGAAAAACUUCUCGCAAGCUUUACCAGUGCAAUUCUGUGCAUGCAAGUAGCUCCCGCUGUUUUUAAAUGGAGCUUACUCCCUAAUAAGUAGGAUUGCAGCUUUAGCAUCUAAUCAUUAGAUGUAAAUUAAUAAUUUUAGUUUAGAUUUAUUAGAAAGUUAUAAUCCCAAUCCUGGAACAAAUGUCUGUAAGUAUAUUAAGAAGUUUCAGGAGUAUAUUUUAAAAAUUAUAUUCUUCUUAUGUCUUUGCGUCUGCUGGACCAUGUUUUGUAGGGUCGAAGGGAGAAAUCUAGAAAACAAAAGAAGGAACCUACCUGUUACAGAGCCAUCCAAACCCCCUUUGCUCUGGGUUGUGGGGAUGUUGGAUAGGCAGAUGUGUCUAUACAUCUAACAGCACUGGCUUCUGCCUUUGGAGUGAUGCCAGAGUCAUUCUGGGGCUGCAGAGCCCACGUUCUACCAGCUGAGAGAGUGGGCGGGCGAAAUUGCCACUGGCAGUAUCAUUCUGGGGGCAGAGAGGAGCUGAGCUGACCCCACUGCCAUCAUGUGACAACACUGGACCAAUCUGGACACUGUUGUUGCACUAGGUUGUCACGGAGAUCUUCCUGUCCCUCACUUGCAGCUGGCAUGCUUUGUUAUGUCACAACAGGCAGCAGCUGAGGUUAGGAGCUACUCUUAAUCAUGCUAUAGGUGAUAGCUGGCAUUAAUCCUACUCUUGAGUAUACCGACUGAAAUCAGUGAACAUAAGUUUGUUAACUCCAGUACUGGAUAUAGUAGCAAUGAAGCAUGUUCUUCAAGGAAAAUGUGGAUCAGGGAUCUGUAGAAAGAUGGAUCCCUUGGAAUGGUAUUAGACCUCAGGUUUUUCAGCCAAUUCAUAAAGUACUGCCAUUUUCAGAUGGAGACACAGUAUUUUCUAUUUGGGAAUCUCUCCAAAAGGGAGUUGCCUUGUCCUCUUCAUCUGCUUUCAUCCUCCCUUGAUGGGAAAGAGAAUCUGAUGGCUGAGAGGAUGCAUCUCCUUGGCUUAUGUCUCUCUCAACCUUCCUCCACCUACCAGAAUCACGGCUCACUCAACUAGGGCAGCCCCCGCAUCCUUCUCCCUAAAUGCCCCUCUGCAAUAGAUUUUCAGAGCACCCACAUGGUCGACACCUUCCAUGUUCCUUAAGCAUUACAAAAUUGACACUUUUGCCUCAGCUGCAGCACGUCCUUCCAGCCACUUAAACAGCAGCUUCCUAUUUGAAUUCUUUAUUUUUUACAAAGCUUGCAGUGUUGCCUUUUGACUGCCAGGUGGUGCUAAGCCUAAAUCCCAAUCUGGCAGCAGCUUUUGUGGGGUCUCCAGAAAUACAUCUCGUGGUAAGUAUAAUGGGGCUGUUCACAGCUGCUCAAUCCCUUUAGUAUCAGUGCUUAUUCCUGUUUUCCAACUUACACAAAGUUGUUCUUCUGAGCUGCUGCCCCCCCUCCCCCCAGUUACAUGUAAUUCAUUUUUCAUCUAAGCCUUUGUUCUGCAUCUGUAUUAGGGCUGGGUAAUAGAUUGAUAUUGAUGAUGAUGAUAAUGUGAAAAAACAUCAGACAUUUAAAACCUCCCUAAACAGGGCUGCCUUCAGAUGUCUUCUAAAAGUCAGAUAAUUGUUUAUUUCCUUGACAUCUGAUGGGAGGGUGUUCCACAGGGUGGGCGCUACUACCGAGAAGGCCCUCUGCCUUGUUCCCUGGAACUGCCAGAAGACCAUUGGAGCUGGAUCUCAAUGUCCGGGCUGAAUGAUGGAGGUGGAGAUGCUCCUUCAGGUAUUCUGGGCUGAGGCCGUUUAGGGCUUUAAAGGUCAGCACUGAAACUUUGAAUUGUGCUCAGAAAUGUACUGGGAGCCAAUGUAGGUUUAUCAGGACCGAUGUUACAUGGCCUCGGAGGCCACUCCCAGUGAUAUAUUGAUAAAUCGUUCGAUACCAGUUUGAAGUCCGUAUUGUGAUAUUGGUUUCAUAAUUUUUGACCUGGCAAUGUAUUGCAAAUUGUGUGUGUGUGGUAUUCAAAAAUCACAAUGUUUGAAAAACCAUGCAGCCAGCCAGUGCUUUUCUCGAUUCCGGCAGCACCUGUUAACUCUGCCAGCUCAACAUUCCCCUACCUCCUGCAGGGGACAACGAAUCACCUGAGCAGGUGCCGGCAAAAAUCCCAAUGCAGGGAAAACCCUGACGCCAGCCAGUGCCUCUACACAGCUCCAUCCUUAAUUCAGACAUCACAAUACAGUAGACCCUUGGGCUAUGUUACUCUAGAGUAACGUAAACUUCAGGUUGCGAAAGCAGCAAACCCAGAAGUGGUAUUUUUCCGGAUUUCGCUGCUUGCACAUGCGCAGAAGUGUUCUGUGUGCUGCAUGCAUGCGCAGAAGCAGCGCUUCUGGAUGCGGAUUUUUCAGGGUGUGCACGGACCCCUGGAACGAUUUAAAUUUGUAUCCAGAAAGUCCACUGUACAUACAUCACAGUGUUGAAAAGCCCAGCCCUAAUCUGUACACCUUUGGUAUCUUUUUCCGCCUUCUGGUGGCUCCCUCGCUGCGAGAAGCCAAGUUACAGGGAACUAGGCAGAGGGCCUUCUUGGUAGUAGCACCCACCCUGUAGAACACCCUCCCUCCAGAUGUCAAAGAGAAAAACAACUACCAGACUUUUAGAAGACAUCUGAAGGCAGCCCUGUUUAGGGAAGCUUUUAAUAUUUAAUAGAUGAUUGUAUUUUAAUAUUUUGUUGGAAGCUGCCCAGAGUGGCUGGGGAAACCCAGUCAGAUGGGCAGGGUAAUAAUAAUAAUAAUAAUAAUAAUAAUAAUAAUAAUAAUAAUAACAACAACAACAACAACAACAACAACAACAACAACAAACAACAACAAUACAUAGAAAAAUAGUAAUACAUAUAACAAUAUAAAAAUAAUACAUAUUAUUAUUAUUAUUAUUAUUUUAUUUUAUUUCCUGUUCCUCACUGGCUUCAGCCUGCACCAGGCCUGACUUGGAUAUACUGUACCUCUGCAUAGGCAAUUGUCACGCUGUGUUCAAAAUCAGGUUUAGAAGAAGUCUUUUAAAAAAUAAAGGCAGGAUCUUCUGAGUAUAUAAUGUUUCAACAUAGUGACUUAUUUCUUGUCCCAAUGAUCUUGCAUUAAGCAUCUUAUUGAUGGAUCUCGCUUUUGCAACAAUGAAUUAUCAGAUUGCAAAUGAAAAUUUCUGGGUAGGGAGGAUAAUACUUAGAAUGUAGCAGUCCUGUAAUAGUGUUAUAUUUGCCCUUGUUGUGCCAGUUUAUUCUGCUACAGUUUGUUUUUCCUUCCAUUUGUCCUCUUUUUAAGUAUCUUGCAAGUUCUGCAGACAAGAAACCUUUUAUGAAAUGUGUUUGACAGCUGCAGGAUUCGAAUGCCAAGAUCUGGUCCCCAUACAUCGUAUCCUCCCUUUGACUUCUUGUCUAGUAUUUUGGCUGAGUUUUGCAGCCUGCUGCAGCCUAUGCUUCUGGGUACAAUACAAAAUCGGUUUGUUCAAGUUCGUCACUCUUGCUGACAUUUAUUUGGCAAUUGUCAGCGUAAGAAUUAGUCUCCUCCUGAGUAUUUUAGCACAGACAAAAUUGAUGCAUUUACGUUGUUUGAUGGGCUGCAAUAACUGUCCUUAUUAUGCAACCGCCUUCCCCGAUUCCUUGUGUUCAGAUUCGUUGCAUUUGACUUGAUCUUCUACACGCUAGAACUACAAACUCUACCAUUAACAACAUUAUGAAAAGCUGACUGUUAAGAUUGGUGCAAACAGUCCAUAUUUAGAUAUUUGAAUUGUCAUGUCCUGGGCUCUAUUUGGGUUAAUAAUUGUAUGUGUUUAUAGUAUAUACUUCAUGGGCACGGCACACAUUUUAAAAAUACUGCAUGCCCUUUCUUGACCUCGUACAAAUCAAAUUUUCAUAUUCAGAAGAAUUUUCUUGCAAACAAAGGUUUCUCAUUUUAAUAUGAUUGCUGCUUACAUGAGAGAACAUGUUGCACUCACUUCACAUUGGACAUUUUUGACUGUGUGCUUUUUGUAAUAGACCCUUUGUGCCACUGCCUUUUCAUCUGUGCUCAUUCAGGCCAAAGUCGGCUUGAAGCUUCUUGGUUCAGUGUAGCAUCUAUUUUUAUCUAAUGAUUGGUUUUCUCGCUUCGGGGAUUCACACAUUGUAAACUAAGACACUGAUUGCCUUGUCCUUGCCUGAUGUGUUGCUUGUCUGGUGGAUUACCACUUGGAAAAGUAAUAGCAUCUUCCUCUGGAAUACAAGCAACAAAUGCCUCAGAUGAGAGCCUGCUGUUUGAUAUGUGUUACUUAACACAGCUUCCCUCAGACAGUUCUUGGUAUAUUUUAUGCUUAUACUUUGCCAAAACAGUACAGUGUUUGCGUGCAUUCGUGCAAUAUGUAUUCAUAAUGACAAUCCACAGAACUAUCACAAACCAAUGGCUUUUGUGUGCAUGUGGGUUGAAUAUAUGUGUGCAUGCAGACUCUGCAUAUGCAGGAGAUGCCCUGUUUUCUUCUUGGAGAUUGGUUCAUACUUGAGCAAAACCUCAAGUGCAUAUUUGUAGGGCUCUGGAUCACGUGCUGCGUGUUGGUAUGUGUAGUGCAGAUUUUAGAAGCAUAUCAUUUGUGAGCAUGCAAUUUUACUUGUAUCAGUAACCAGUUUUUACCUAUGAAUUUAGGAAUAAUUAAUCAAAGAUGAAACUGCAGAGGAACAAUAGCUAGCUAUCUGGUUAACAUCAGUAAUAUUGCCCAAGCUGAAUGGAAUCUUCAGUGGGGCAUUCCCUUCCUCCUCUCACCUUGACUCUAGAGCCUAUUCUGUUCUGAGAACUUAGCAACACAGUUCCUUUCCCCAUCUUAUUCUACUAACUAUAUUUCUCUCCUCAAAUCCAUAAAUAACAGACACUUUUUUGACCAAUUUUUUUUUGUGUUUACUGCCAUUUUCUUCCAAAUUUACUUCUGUCUUAAUGCACAUAUUUGACCCAGUAUUUCCAACAAACAUGUUACCCACAUGAAAGUUUCUAAGAGUGUUUCAGUAAAAAAAUUUGUUCUAGACAGUGUAAAUCUUCAUCAUGGGAUAACCAAGUCCUCAGCCAACUUAACUGUGCUGUCUCAUAGUAUAUACUUAGAAUAGAGGUUGCCAAACUUCCCUUCUGUUCUGGGGCUUGCAUGGUAUUGACAUCAAUUUUGGGCUGUUUAUAUGGGAUAUCAUGCCACAUAAAGCUGUUCAGCAUUUUCUGUUAACUUCUUAGUUCUUUUGAAUCUACUGACAGAGGUAGUGCAAUAAACAGAAGCAGGAAUCUUGGCAGAAUAACAAUCCUAAUUGAGUUUACCCGGGCUAUACAGGAUAAAUUCAAUUCCUCCCCCCAAUCUUUUAAAGUCAGACUUUAUGUGCUGAAUCAGUUUCUUAAACUUCACAUCUUCUAUUAAUCUCACUCUUAAAUAUUUUACUUUAUUAUAUUCAACCUAUGUGGUUGCAUUAUAUAAAUUUUGUCUUGCACAUCUAAAUUAAUUAUUAAAACCUCUAUUUUCUGUUUGUUAACCUUAUAUGCCAAUAUCUUGCCAGAUGCAUCUAUAAUCCAAAAGAUAUGUCAAAGCGAUGCUCUUGAGUUUUAUGAAUUUUAUGCCCAGUUGAUCCUGUCCUGGAGCCUUAUUCACCCCCCUUCAGCUCCUUUCUCCUCCUUUCUUCAGCUCCUUUCCCCUUUCUUCAUCAACUAUAAUUUCCUCCCUCACUUCCUUGUAUGGUCAAGCCAUAGUUUGCUGUUGCAUCCAAACCAGAAAACUAUGGUUUCACCUUGCCCUCCAAACCAGGAAUGAAAGUCAUUGUUGAAGUGGGUUUCAAAUUCUAGUUUAAAUGACAAAACAUGCCAAUUCAGAUUUACUUGCAAACCAUAGUUGGUCCAAAUAGGGAGUAGAUUGGAGCAUAUGAGUGAAAUGGGGAGGAAGCAAAAUCUGAGCCCAAGCACUAAACCAAGGGUUGGCUAUUACACCAGAACAGCCCUUAUUCUUGGUGUAGAUUGCAGUAAUCGCCUAAGGAUUUGUAUCCUAGCUAUGAUUUGCAAAGCAGAGUCAUAUGGAGCAUGUAUAUGAUUACAAAAUAGGAAGGAAUGCAGACCUAAGAUUAUACUUCCUAAAAGUAAUCUCUUGUUGUCAGUUCAUUAUCUAAGGGUUUUCACCGGCGGGGCGGUUGGGGUUGCGAUUAACAUUGCAGCAUAAUUUGAAUUAGCUUUCAGAAUGACAUGCAGCCUAACACAAUUGCUUUAUGACUAGUCCAUAGAAAUAACUUUAUAUUAGAUAGUUGCAUUACUGUUCUGGAGUAUCAGAAAUGAAUAUACUAUAUUCUUACAGUCCUUCUACCUGCGUAAUGUAGAAUUUAUUUCUAAAAACGUGUAUAAAGUUUUCUCUAAGUUAAUACAGUCUAAGCAUUUAAAAAAAUAAAUCCAUCCAUGGAACGUAAAAUUGUGUAUCAGCAAAGCAAACAUUUAAAAGCCUACAAUGCGUGAUUGUAGCUACAGUUUUUAAUUGCAUAGUGUUGAUACUGGAGCUGGCAUGGUGGUAUUACUGAACAUAUUUGUAAAGUGGAUGUGGACAUGAUUGAAUUAUAUUAACUUUGUUUAUCCGUCUGAAGCCAGGGCUGUUACAAAUGAAAAUCUGCUGCCACGUUAUGGGAUGGAAGAUAAUUAUGAAAAUGGAGUCUAUAUAGGAGAGAUAAAUUUUACAGUCCAUAUGCUAAUUGCACUCUUGAUUGAGAGAAGCUGGCAGCAGUUAUAAAAAUGCACCGAUUCUAUGUAGGAAGCAUUCUGUAACCCCUGAUGAUAUAUAUUUAAACUACGGGGAGGCAAUUGAUGUCUCAACAAUACAGACAUAACCUUGGAGGGUCCCUGGCUCCAGCUUUCUGUGCAAAGCCCUUCCACUGAUACCGUGGGUCACACCGGGUCAGAUCCUUUGGUUGCUUUUUGGCAGCUAAGAAAGGCCUACUUGUUACCCCCUGUGUCUCACUCAGUUUAUAGCCCCAUGCAGUGAUUUAAGCUGGCGCACGAUCCCUUGGCAUUGCUGGUUUAUGUCCCUUAGGGCACCUCCACCUGGGUAUUGUAGUUGAGAGGGCACACAGUGCAUGUGUCUCCAAAAGUAGACCCCAAUCGUUCAGCCUGGACACUGAGAUCCAGCGCUGAGGGCCUUCUGGCGGUUCCCUCAUUGCGAGAAGUGAGGUUACAGGGAAUCAGACGGAGAGGGCCUUCUCUCUCUCUUUUUAAGAUGAUCUUUAUUGGUUUUUUAUAAUUACAUACUAUAUAUACACAUAUUAUAUUACAUUUUAAAUUUAUUCUUGCUCUCAAGAGCUGACUUCCCUCCUUCCUUCUUCCGGCUUUUUUGUGUCGUCUUUAACUUUUCCCAUUGUCUUUAUCCAUUUUGCAUAUAGUUGUUCUUCAAUUUUUGUCCAUGAAAUGUCCGUAAACAAAUACAUCUUUCUAUAUAUACAAUUCUUGUUGUCUGUCUAUAUUCAUUUACAAAUACUGUUCAACCUUGGUCAUAAUAUACAUUUUUAAUUCAUUUUGAUACUAUUGUCCAAUAAAUUUAUUUGUAUUUUCCCAUUAUGAGGUUUAUUUCAGUUCUACUGGUUUCCCUAUUUCACAUCAUCAUCUCUAUAUAUAACAUAAAUUUUCCCCAUUCUUUUUGAUAUGUUUCAUCACCCUGAUGUCGAAUUUUUGCUGUUAGUUUGGCUAUUUCUGCAUACUCCAUAACCUUAUACUGCUACUCUUUUAUUAUUGGCAUUUGUUGCUGUUUCCACACCUGGGCCAGCAAUAGCUUCGCUGCAGUUGUUGCAUAUAAAAACAGUUUCUGAUCAUUCUUAUCAAUAUCCUUUCCCACCAUUCCCAACAGGAAUGACUCUGGUUUUUUAAAAAAUGUAUACCUAAAGAUCUUCUUUAGUUCGUUAUAUAUGUUUUGCCAAUAAGUUUUCACUCUGUCACAUGUCUACCACAUGUGAAAGAAACAGAGGGCCUUCUCGGUAGUGGCGCCUGCCCAUCAGAUGUCAAGGAAAUAAGCAGCUAUCCUAUUUUUAAAAGACAUCUGAAGGCAGCCCUAUUUAGGGAAGUUUUUAAUAUUUAAUGCUGUAUUGUUUUUAAUACUCAAUUGGGAGCCACCCAGAGUGGCUGGGGAAACUCAGCCAGAUGGGCGGGGUAUAAAUAAUAAAUUAUUAUAAAUAUGUUAGGAAAAAAUUGAGAAUGCUAUAAACUAGAUCAGGUUGCACUUUUGCUUCACAGCAGAUGCAUUGUUUCUUGAAGAAGAAGAAAACAUGACAGGUAUUUUAUAUUGAGAUGGGAACACAACAUAACCCUAUAAGCAAGAGCCCUUUCUUCCCACAAAUAUUUGGAAACAUUAUAAAGAGGAAACUUGCUCACAUUUAGGAAAUGUGAAUCUCUGAAUAUGUAUUUCCACAGUUGUGUGUAUAUACACGCUUGAUCAUGUGUGGUUUUUCUCGAUACUAUAAGAUGCUGAGCACCACAGCUUCUUUUGAUUCUGAGAAUUUUAAGUGUCUGUUCCCUCCUUAAAAUAAGAUUGAUAUAAUGAAGACGAGUCCCUUGUGCAAUCAGAGACAGUACAUAGGGCAGUUUGGUGUUGUGAAAGGAGUGCCAUUGUAAAGCAUGAAUUUGUCUUCGUGGUAAAAUUUGACUUGUCUAGCAUCUGUUUUCAAAAACAUUCAAGUUUUUUUAAUUACUUGUAAAAAGCUUUGUUCAGGGCAUGAUAAAAAAAGUUUUUUAAAGGGAUCAGAGUAGGAAGGGGACAUCUUACAGCCUUUAGCACAAAAAGUGAAAGUUUUUAUCAGGCCACAGUGCAUAUAAAUCUUUAGUAUAACAGCUGUCUUUCAGUAUUCUGUAUUUUGUUCCUGCAUGCACUUUCAUUUUGUACUAUGAUGUUCCCUUUUUGAAAUAUCUACAUCUUACGUAGCCCGCUUCUGCUGAAUACCAAAUGCACUUUGACAUUUAGAUGCAGUCUUUUAGUUCUGCCCUUUUCUUCCAUAGCUGACAAGAUGUGAUGACAGAUUGUUUUUAAAUGGUUUGGAGAAGUUAACCCUUCCUCUCUUUUUCUUUCUUUCUACGCUAUCAAUUUGCUAGUGGGAUCCAAUUAGGGAUGUGUGAAUAUGUCAAUCUCUCUUUCUCUUAGUUUCUCAUUUUCCUCAUCUUAAGUUCAUCUUGCAACAUUUUUUGCAUCAGUUUGCAUUGAAAACAAGCAAAUUCCUUGCAAAAAAUUUUAUCAGCUAUUGCUUAAGAGGGUAAAGUUGCUAAGGGAAUACACCUUUGCCCUGCUCUUAGAUUUGGCUCUCCAGUUAAUAUAGUGUUCUAAUCUAAUUUUUUUUUAAUGUGAACUUUUCCAUACAAGUGUCACAUCCACACAGUACAUUUAAAGCAUUCUUACCACUUUCAAAGUCGGGGAGAACUGUAGGAAUUAUUAAGGGUGCUUGGAUUUGUUACGUCUGCAAGGUCAGAUUGUAAGUCAAUCAGUCAGUUUUUCUGUUCCAUUUCAGCAGAAAACAGCAAGUUUUCCCAGGGAAAGUGGUGGGACAAGCUAAAAAACCUCUCGAACCCUUGCUCAGAAACCAUGAGACAAGCAGAAAUCCUCUUCGACCUGUUCUUUCUAGACACAGAACAAGCAGAAGUGUGGAUGAGCCCAAAGUUUUUUUGGGUUUUUUUUUUAAGGCUGAAAUGGGAGAAGAUGCUGUAAAACAUCGCAGCCCUGCCAUUUUAAUUUGUUGUUCCCUCUUCUGUAACAUACUGAAUCUAAUGGAGUAAUCUCGGAAGUCCACCACAGUGUGCUUUGUUUCCGCAUACCUGAAACACACUCCCUUUGGAAAGAAACACAUUUCCUCUAUCCAUUUCCAAUAAUUUACAUCAUCUGUGGUUUUCUGGAAUGUCCCGUCUCUCUGUGUAUUGUGACACAUAAAAUUGCCUACCUUACGAAUGUAUGUGCCUGGCAGCGAGCAUACAGUGUAAAAUAAUUCCUGCUAAACGUUAUAUGUAGAAUAAUGUGUGUCAGCAUCAGUGGCUUCUCACAUAUUGUUUAUUCCUCCACAAGCAGCACCAUUCUCGGUCAGCUGUCAUUUUGUGACAACAAAACAGCAGCAGUACCAUUACUCCAGAUUUGACAUUUAUAUCUCCUGGAGCAACAAAACACAAAGUCUUUCUGGACAUUUUAGAAUUUUUUUUGUCUUAAAGGAAAAACAUAAGCUUGCAUUUGCUUAAAUAAUUUGUAGGAUUAGAUAUAGGGAUUAUUCCAAUCACUUUUUCCUUGUCCUCCUUUUAUGGUGACUCAAACAAAGCUCACUUUAGUUAUCCACACUACACAGUAUACCAUCUUGCUUCAAUUAAAUGUAUGCCUGAUUAGACUUCAUUGUGGUGAGCUUUUCUUCACAUUUUGUAUAGAGAAUGCGGGCCCAAAAGCAAAGCACUUUAUUUUAACAAGCAAAUUAUUUUCGUAGUCCUGUGUCACAAGUAUUAUUAGCAUUUACGUCGUUCCGUGUAAAGAAACAACUAAAAAUGUGUAAAAAAGAAAGAAAGAGAGGAAGUAAAUAUAGAUUCAGAUGUUUGAAACUAAGAAAUCAUUGCGGGUCCAGGAGGUCAGGAAUCUGGAAUAAAGACAGGACAAUAGUUUGGGAUUGAAAUGGCCACAACUUUAUUGAUUAGAAAUGUCAGUAGGUUUUAGCAUGGGCAUUGAAUAUGUAUCUGGAAUCAACAAGCCCAAUUACUGGCUGAUUAUUCUAUCUUGACUAAGAAAUCAUUAUUUGAACCGUGAAUUAUAUGCAUUUACAUAAACUUCAUAACACAGUGGGACUUACUUUUGAGUAAGCACACAUAGUAUUGCAUAGUUAGUAACUAAAUAACAACAACCUAUGAAUAAACAAUAUGUAUAAUAUGAUACUAAGGCUUUACACUAUCAGGCUUUCAGGGUUUUAAAAAGGAGUGUAUUGGCAGCUCGUGUGUAUUUGGUCCCACUUAGAUCCGUUAAAUGUAUGUCUAGCUCUACUGGGUUCAGUAGGAUUGCAUUGCUUUGUACAAUAUGCUAAGUAUAGGAUUUGCAGCAUUAGCCUAUUUUUGAGCAAUUAUACUUGUGUCAGAAACCAAAUAGUUGAUUUAUGUGAACACAAUAGUAUUACAAACUAUUGCAAUGAGUGAAUAAACCACCCUUCCAUCUUUAAGUGUAACCUGUUGCAAUUGAGUCUAGAUGUUGUGGUAGAGAAUGUUCUCCAUUGCACCCGAGGAGGUGUUUUUCUAGGAAGCAAAAGAAAUAAUGCAUUUUUCCAGGAAUUUAUGAAUCACAUAUAAGUGAUUGGGGAAGGAAAAUUCUUCAGCUGGAUGGAGAACUAUUCUUUUGUCAAAAAGCUGGCUGAGUGAUUUGAGAUUAACUUUAGCAAUUGCCAGAAUUAUUCAUCAUAGAGUAGUAUUAUGCGUAUUGGAAUAAUUUAUGAGGUGCCUGCUUUCAUUCAAGUGAGGAAAAUAAAAUAUUUACAGUGUUUGAAAGACUCACUAUACAAUAGUGUGGGCAAGGUUAAAGCAGUUUUCAGUAACACAGUAAUUGUUAUAAUUUCUAACACAUUUCUCUUGUAGCUAUUAACUGUUGCCUCAAGAUGCAAACAGGACUUUUAAAUAGAAAACAAAGACCCACUUUAUGCCCUGUUUUCUAUAUUGAGGUAUGGGCAGAAUGUUGCAGCCUAAAGAUAUUUGGAAUAUUCCAGGACCUAGGCAGUCCUCAGCCAGUGAUGUCCCAACUGUGCCUUCUGCUCUGACCUGCUAAUUUCUUCCUUGCUCAUCAUCACAUGCUCCCUGUGCAGUGGUACUUUUGGUUGUCCCCUCCCUACUUCCCACUCAUACCCUUUCCCUUUUUUACCCACCCCACUCCCUGUAACAAAUCCACUUUUCUGUGCUCUUAGCUAUAUUCUUAUAUCCUUUUGAUACUGCCUCUAAAGUUUAAAGCAGGGGUCAUCAGAGCCACUAGACCUCCCCAUUUGGGUGGCCGCCAGAUGAUUUUGCCCAUGGCAUGCCCACCUGCCUUAUGCCUGGUGCCAUGUUGUGUCUGGGCCAAAAGGGAUGUUGCAAGCUCUGCCAAUCAGCUGAUCAGUGCCUGCAAAGCCCUGUGUAAGGUGCUUUGAAGCCCCAACUGUCGGCCGAUUGGCUGGGUUUCAAAGCACAGUGCAGGGUUCUCUGCAAGCACUGACGGUCAGCUAGGAUCAUUUUUUAAAUAGGUCUUCUUUCCCAUUUUUGCAGAAAGCUAGAGGCAGCACUUUGAACACAAACCACUUACCCUUCAUGGGGAAGAUGUGGUGCUUUUAGGAGCAUUUGCCCCUCUGCAGAGAUGUCAAGGGGGUUCUCUGGUGAGCUCCCAUUGCUCUGUCCCAUCUUCUGCCAUCCUAGCAGUUUGAAAGCACACUAGUGCAAGUAGAUAAAUAGGUACCACGGCGACAGGAAGGUAAGCGGUGUUUCUGUGCACUCUGGCUUCUGUCACAGUGUUGCGUUGCACCAGAAGCAGCUUAGUCAUGCUGGCCACGUGACCAGGUUGUCUGGGGAAAAACGCUGGCUCCGUCAGCCUGAAAGUGAGAUGAGUGCUGCAACCCCAUAGUUGCCUUUGACUGGACUUAACUGUGCAGGGGUUCUUUACUUUUUACCUUUACCUUUCAGGAAGCCUCUUGGAAGGUGCAUUCCUAGUGUUAAUCUGCUGAUUAGUGCUGGAAGUGCUGUAACCAGCAGCCUCCUUUGAACUUUUGCAGGCGGGUGGUCCUGUGCACCUGUCAAAGUUGGCCUGUGAGGGCUGGUGGAGAUAAGGAUCUGGCCUGCUGACUGGAUCCAAUUUCCUAUGCCUGGUUUAAAGCAUUUUCACAUCCCUAAAAGUCUUACUUUCACAAUUUCUGACGCAGUAGCCUGUUCUAGGGCAGCCAAUUAUGCACCGCUACACAGAAGAGCACACAGAAUUGCUUAAAAUUUACAUAUGCUAGGUUAUGUGGCAAUGAUAUAGGAAUUAGAUGGAAAUUAGAAAAUAUCUGAGCUGAUGAAGUCCACAUCCAAGAUUUUAAGGAACUGCCAUCCCUACUUCAAAAUUGGCGAUUGUUUUUAGAAACAAAGAAUGCUUAUUUUCCUAGUAAUUGGGCCAUGGGAAGUGUUGUUUUCUUCUUAAUCCCAGCAGGCCGUCUAUGAAAAUGACUUUGGAGGUCUUGAGCAAAGAACAUGAAUGGAAUUAUUUAACAUUUCUGAUACUAGAAAAAUCUCUAGAGGGUCCAGCAGUCAUUUACAUUAACUUGUCACACCUUAUGAGAAGACUUGCCUAUUUGCAAGUUGUAGAAACAGUAGGCAGCCCCUCUCCCUUCCCCAAAUAGAAUAAUUUGCUCUCUGUGAUCAGUAGGUAUGUUAUACUGGUAAUUUAAGACAUGUUCUUUUUAGCGGAAUAACUAACAUGGUAGUCAGGUUAACAUUCCUAGUACUAAAAUGCAGCCUUGUGUGUUAAGGGCACAUAUUUAAUAGCUGCAACAGUGUGAAGGAAGGAGUGUUUAACAUUUCCUCACUGGCAGUCCCCCCCCAUCAAAAUUGCUCUCAUCCAAGCUGUUUUCCUCACCUCUGAAGGGAGAAAAUGUAACACAUGUGAGAGUAAAGUCUUUUUGGCACACACAGUUCAGCUGUUCCAUUUGAACAUCCAUCUUUAACAACCCCAAACUAAAUCAGACAUUGGAGAUCUGUGAGUGGCCCUCUGGUUUCUUCAUUCUUUCUUAAAAGAAUGAAAAUAAAAGAUACAGGGGUGAAGGGUGAUACCAUUCAAGACCAUAGCACAGGAGGAGAGGGUAUUUCAAGCCAUUUUCUUAAUGUAAAUCCUCACCCCUCUUCCCAUUACUGUUUGAAAACAUUUAUAGAUACUAAGCCAACUCCUUAAUUAUGUGAGAACUGGAAGUAGUCUACUCAGACUCCCUCCUAAAACCCACCAAUGAAGGAGACAGGAGAGCCAGAAUGAGGCGCUGUGACUUGCGCCCCAAAACUCCCAUGCAUUCCUUGUCUUUCUGCAAACUUCAGUGGUUAGUGUUACGGCCAGCCAAUAUGUGUUCCCAAACAUCAGCUGUUAGGAGGAAACACCUUUGCCUGUGUUUGCUACAAGGGUCUUCUCCCUUUCAAUACAACUGCACUGCUCCAGCAUCUUUUGUGUGCUCACCAUUUGUGAAUUAAAUGGAAGAAAAAUGUUUUAUGGAGGGAGGAAGUCAGAGCAGUAAUUUAUACUGACCAUUUAAAGUUAAGACUUCUAGCAUGAUGGUGAGGAGAGGAGAAAUAUCCCUGUCUUCCAAAGACCUUUCUCUCCCUACUUGAGUGGAGAGGGGUCUGCUGAUCUCCUAGUGCUGGCUCUGGUUAAGACUGGGAUGCAGUCCCUGAGUGCAUGCCCUCCAUUGUAGAUGGGCCUUGAGGGCAAAAGGUUGCCCACUCCUGAUUCAAACCAAGAAGAGAUUUUUUUUAAAGGGCUUGUGCACAAAAAAAUUAGUCUCCAUGUGUACAAUUUUGGAAUUCCAGAUAUUUCAUAUGCUGAACAGAAAUGUCACUUUUUAAAGAUUCCAGACAUCUUUCCAUUAAGGUACAUCAGUUAGAUAUAACAUCAGUGUAUGAUACUGGCAAUCAGUUAAGAGGUACUUCAUAAAGCAUGGCAUUUAUCACAGUGUCACAAGUUGAAUUGCUUGUUCAUUUUUCUCUAUCCGCUUUUCAUGUAGAAUUUAUUUCAGAGCAUGAUCAAAGCUUUACUCUUCAUUAGAUACUGCAUUAGCUAAUUUGACUUUUGGCAACCCACAUCCUUGUUCCUAUUAAACACCAGCCAUAAAUUGAGAUAAAUUCUGCCAAAACGUUUAAGGAUUGCAUGAUGGAAAUAUACUAUUGGGUGCAUUAUGCAACUGCAUUCUAGACUGCUGGGUUGGUAAAUUUGAAGUUAAGAAAUGCUAUCUUAUAUACUUGAAAAUAAAAGACGGCAUUUUAAAGCAUCUGAAUAUUGACAGAAAUACGAGAAAAGACAGCCUUAAGGUCCAUUGAUCAAGGAUCAAUGAAUGAGCUGUCGUGUAAUUUAUUAUGGCUGAUUAGGGGUUUGUUUGUUCGCUGUAUGUACAUUUCUAAUACUUGCUGGAUACCAAUUCAUGUAGCUGCUUAUUGAGAGUUCGCCAGGUAUUUUCACAGUUGUAAGGGAUGCGGGGGGCGCUGUGGUCUAAACCACAGAGCCUAGGGCUUGCCGAUCAGAAGGUCGGCGGUUCGAAUCCCCACAACGGGGUGAACUCUUGUUGCUCGGUUCCUGCUCCUGCCAACCUAGCAGUUCGAAAGCAUGUCAAAGUGUAAGUAGUUAAAUAGAUACCGCUCCAGCAGGAAGGUAAACGGUGUUUCCGUGCGCUGCUCUGGUUCACCAGAAGCAGCUUAGUCAUGCUGGCCACAUGACCCGGAAGCUGUAUGCGGACAAACGCUGGCUCCCUCGGCCAAUAAAGUGAGAUGAGCACCGCAACCCCAGAGUCGUCUGCAACUGGACUUAAUAGAUUUUCAGGAUACUGCAUUGUUUCCAAAAUAGUACCAUGCUUUUGCUGCAGUUGUGCGCAAACACAGGACGUUCAAAGCAUUGAAUAUGUUUGCACAUCAGCAUACUGGAUUAGUUUCUAUGUCAGCAGGAACUUUGAAUCCAAAGGACCAUGUUUAAAGUUCUGUUUGAGCUCAGAGGCUUUUCCCUGGCUGUCUCUCAUGCCCCCCUGAAGGCUGGGUAUACUCUGGAAUAGUUUUGGGGCUCCAACCAAUGGUGAAAAUAAUGAAAACCGAUCUCCCCCACAUAGAGUGCCAAAAGGGCAUGUUGGAUCCAUAACAGAUACCGGGUGAACUAUUUUGUUCUUCACACUUGAAGAGAUAAAAUAACAUGUCAAAAUUGUUUCAGUAAAUAUGGUAAUCAUCCAUGAUAAAGUUAUGAAAGUUUUAAGCAACACCCACUCCUCUUAUCAGUCUGGUAUCCUGGGCAUGACUGAUAAUUAGAAUUAACAUAGAAAUCGGUCCAGAUGCCAAGAUGUGUUGAAAUUAAGUAAGACUGUAGUCAGUAGUCUGCUGUGAAUUACAAGAACAUUUUCUGUGGUUUGCUUGGUCUCUUAGUUGGCGACACGAAAGUGAUCUUGAGCUUUAAUAGCGUAUAUCCAUGUUGUUUCUCAUUCUAAGCCCUUGCAGAGCAGCACUAUUCUAAAUUGCGAGACUUGAAGUCAUUCUGCUUUUCAAACACAUGUUCUACAUGAUGAUUACAGGGUGUAUGUCUUGGUAUGAGGAAAACAGGAUAGAAUUAACAUGGCUCCCUGGUGUCAACACUAAAAUAUCCUCCUAUUUUGCCAUCUGCCAAAUGGGUAAGAAGCAAAAUGUCAGUGUCUCUUUCACCCUUGAUAAUUGCAGCACUAUCAAACUCUUCGUGGACCUCUGCCAAGUGCUCAGAGAGCCAGUGGAGCUGGCCAGUUCUGCAAAAAAUUACCGCCAUGAACAACAGGAGCAGCUGUGUUUCCACAUCAGUGUGUCCCUCAACUUUGUCUCUGCUAAAAAAUUAGAUAUGAAUUCUUGGAAUUUUGAGCAGCUAAUUUGAUUUCUACAGUGACAGCCAGCCACUAUAGCAUAGAUAAAAUAAGAUCAAUCCAAUUAUCAAGAGAGGUUAGGAAGGAGUGUGUUCAGGAAGGAAAUCUGAUUGAAACUCUGUUAUAAACCGUUGGUGGUUGCUGAAUUAGUAACAAUCUUAACUUAUUUAUGAUGUUAUUUUGAAAACUUGUACCAAAACAUCAAAACAACAAUGAACUAUAACACACCCCAUUAACAUUGCUAGUAUUAACAUCGAAGUCAAGCCUCCAUAACAGAAUCCUAAGCAGCCAUCCAAACUAUUUUUUUUUUUUAAAUCAUAUUUAUUAAAGUUUCCAAAAAAAAAUAAAAAUACAAAGAAAAAAGACAAAAGAAAGAAGAUAUUUAAAAACCUUACUUUCAUUCCCGACUUUCUGGGACUCCCCUCCCCCAAUUGUAUUCCCCUUUCCUUAAUUUGGUUCUACAAGCUCUCACUCCCAAUUUAAAGCUUAAUUUGUUUAACCCACUAUCCAUAUUGAAUUGUACAAAUCUUACCACCGUCCCACAUCAUUAACAAAAAUAGAAAAAAGAUUUUCCCCAAGAUCCACCCCAUUUCCUUCCACAAAUUCACUUUUUUUAAACACGUCCGAUCAAAGUAAAAUAACAUGCGUAAGUUAUGUAAAGAAAUAGAAAAUAAGAGAUAUAGAUAAAUUCAAAAAAUGGUUACACAGCCUUUGGAUUUCAAAUCUCCCCCCCCCCGUCCCCGGUUUGAAUUCCCCAUGUCCAUCAGUCUAUACAUUAUCAGCUUGGAAGUCUCAUUUCAUGACCAGAUUUCUCCCCAAUUCCAUCUUGCCGGUUUUCUUUUAGUUUAUUAAUUUAAAUAAUAUUUGACUUCAAAUGUCCAAUCUAACAAAGGCCUUUAAUUUCCUUGAUCUUUACCACUCCUCCCGUUGUUCUUUCCGUGUCGUAAUCAGUCCUUUAUUCUUCUUAUUCCUCACUUUCUCAGGUUUCUUGUCCUGUUCAGCUGCUAAAACUUUCUAAUUCAGAAAUCUAGUGUCUCUGCAGAGGUUUGUUAUUCAGGAACAAAAACUUACGUCCAGUCCCUUUCUUUCUUCAAUAAAAAUUCCAUUGUCUUCCUCUGUAGACAAAAUACUCUUUCAGUUUUGCAGCUUUCCCAGAAGAUAACAAAUCCUGUGCGAAUCCCAGGGUAUUUUUCCACUUACGACCGUUCUUGUAGUAUCCCGAAACCCCUCUAGGGGAGUGUAAUAACUUUGUAUCCUCUAAUCCAAAAGUCAAAUUGUUGCUUAUUUUCCAACAGUUUAUAUCCAUAUUAUAACAAAUUGUAACAAAAUUAACCAGCAAGGUCCUCAUAAAAUCCUCUUUAUAUUCUCCAGCUUUGACAGCCACUUUGACAGCUGUCAAAGUCUCCGUCUCUCUUCACCAGGCUCCACGAAUCGCCCCGGUUCCCAGGGGGUUGCAUUUUCUUCUCACCCUCCACUCUUCUCCUCCAGCACAUUUCUUAUAAUUUCCCAUCAUGAAAUUAAUGAUUUUUAUCAGAGACAUACUUCCCUUUGGACCUUGGUUACCCAGUCCUUGUUUUGGAAUGCUUACAAUAGGGGGAUUGACUUCCUUUUAAAUCGCCCCGCUCGUGCCAAAUCCAAAAUUUUGAACCCGGUUUCCUAAUUACUCACGGGUUGUUGUUAAUAGUCCAAAUUUUCAAUAGAAGAAGUCAGCGCUCUCCGUCGAAUGGCAUGCGGCUGCGCUCGGCAGGAAAGCAGUGGACUCAAGCACCACGCCACUCCCCGGCACCCGAUCCGAAGCCUUUAAAAGGCUCCUUCACGAGUCGGGAGGGCGCUAAUGGUGCAAGCCGAGUCACCCAUGUCCACGGACUCCGUGCCCGUGGUUUUUAAGGGUCCCCGCGUCGCCGGCGCGGUAGGACCCAGCCCCUGCCGAGCAGACUCCCUCCGGAGCUCGGAGGGAGUCCGCCAUUCGGCGAUGGCGCUAACCCGGAAGUCCCUAAGCAGCCAUCCAAACUAAGGGCUCGUCCAACACUUUCGCUUGUCCCGCCGCUUUCCCCCAGGAAAACCUACUGCAUCAGAACAAACAUCAAUCAGUUUUUCAGCAGACUAAUGUUUGUUCCGAUUCAGUGGUAAACAGUGGGUUUUCCGGGGGGAAGUGGUGGGACAAACAAAGAAACAAAACCCCUCUUGGACCUGUGCCUUGAAAUCAUGGGACAAGCAGAAAACUUCUUGGACCUCUGCUUUCUAGGUAUGGGACAAGCAAAAGUGCAGAUGAGCCCUAAGAAAUGAAAGAUAAACCAGCAAAAACAAAACAAUCAGCUAAAGCAACCUUUUAUAACAGAACCAGCAAAAACAAAACAAUCAGCUAAAGCAACCUUUUAAAACAGCCACGUUUUUACCAGCCACUUAAAACAAAUAGGCAUGGGGCCUGGCAUACCUUGCUUGGCUCGACAUAAUCCCUGUUAUGAGGUCAAGAUUCCAGCUCAUAGAACCUAUAUGCAGAGUUAAUAGGGCACUCAUUUAUAUAUUGUAUAUUUACAAACAAUAAAUUAAGGAUCAAAUUAGGCAUGGCGCCACAUAGAGCACAUCGUGAUUUUCAUUUUAUUUUACUUAAUAGCAGGUGCCAGAGAGGGGAAGCUUUUUCUCAGAACUGCAGCACAAAAGGAGGAGGGAAGGUUUAACUUUUACCUUCCCAGCCAUGAUCCCGACUGAAGUGCCUCUCACACAAUGUUGUUAGCCCUAGUUUCUGCUUUUCCCUCAGCACCCGUAAAGAAACGACAAAGUCCCCAAAGCAGUGUGUGUGUGUGUGUGUGUGUGUGUGUGUGAAUUUCACUUUGUGAUUUGAAGCAGUCAGUCAAACCUUUAGCCACAGUCUUCUGGUUUCUGGUAAAAUGCAAAUAGAAAUACAGUGGAACCUUGGUUUUCGGACAUAAUCCGUUCUGGAAGUCUGUUCCGACUUCUGAAACGUUUGAAAACCAAGGCACAGCUUCCGAUUGGCGCAGGCACCCUGGAAACAAUAGCCGACAGCCGCAUCGGAUGUUCGGGUUCCAAAAAACAUUUGAAAACCGGAACACUUUCUUCCGGUUUUUGAUGUUCAGGAGCUGAAAUGUUUGAGUACCAUGGCGUUUGAGAACCAAGAUUCCACUGUACAAUUUCUAGUCUUUGUUUACAUACCGUAUUUUUCGCUCUAUAACACGCACCCGACCAUAACACGCACAUAGUUUUUAGAGGAGAACAAGAAAAAAAAUAUUCUAAACGAAACAGUGGAUGUAUGAUUUUUGUGGUUCAUGCUGUGGCCACAGACAUGUGAUCUCAUGGUGAGUUUGGGGUAGCCCAAUGCAAAAAUCCAGAAGAUCCAUGUGGAUCCAUGCUUUGUAACCACGUUUUUGCACCACUGCGGCCCCAGGCAACAGUGGGUGCGUGAUUUUUUUGGUGCAAGAUGUAGCCAUGCUAUGCUGUGUGAUCUGAUGGUGAAUUUGGGGUGACCCAGUGCAAAAAUCCUGAGGAUCCAUGUGGAUCCGUGCUUUGUAACCACGUUUUAAGUGGGGAGGGAAGGAAAAGCACUCAAGGGACAAGGAACAUGCGUGGGGUGGGUGGAGAAGGAUGCUGCUAAUAAUGCAGAAGAGGGGUAUAAGGGGAGAAGCAAGCAGGCUCUGCUUCUCUCCCUCCUCCCUGGCAAACUUUGCUGCUAUUUAGCCAGCUGAGUGGGGAGGAGAGAGGGACAGAGAGCCUGCUUGCUUUAAAGGAGCCAACCGGACAGGAGCUGCUUACACUUGUGUAAGCUGCUCCUCUCCUCUCCCGCUUUGCUCCUUUAAAGCAAGCAGGCUCUCUGUCCCUCUCUCCUCCCCACUCAGCGGCUCUUCUCCUGCUUUGCUGUUUCAAAGCGAGCCACGGAGGAGGGAAGGAAGGGGAACCAUGGAUCCUCUGCUCACGACUGCAGCAGAUCCCCCCGCCAUCCGUAGGCAUUCCCUCCAUAACAUGCACAGACAUUUCCCCUUAAUUUCUAGGAGGAAAAAAGUGAGUGUUAUGGUGCAAAAAAGAUGGUACAUCAUACUUGCCAAUCUUUUAAAAUACACUUGCAGCAUAUCUCUCUGUUCUUUGUCCGUUUGCCUAAUCUCUGGUUUUAUAAUCUACUUGAGGUACAGCACUACUUGUUACUGCAGAAUAGACUAUUUUUGGUUUGAGGCCCACAUGCUAAAAUACAGUUUCAUGGAUGGAUAGAGGGCACCUAACGGAUCAAGUGACAUUUAAGGAUUUACUUUCUCCUUGCUAAUAUCUGUGAAAGUUGACAUGGUAGAUAUAUAGUCUUAUCCUGUCAAUGUAUAUGUAGAUUUUUCUCCACUUACUAUCACUUACUCCCUAGAACAGGCACCCCCAAACUUGGCCCUCCAGCUGUUUUGGGACUACAACUCCCAUCAUCCCUAGCUAACAGGACCAGUGGUCAGAGAUGAUGGGAAUUGUAGUCCCAAAACAGCUGGGGGGCCGAGUUUGGGGAGGCCUGCCCUAGAAUAAUGCAGAAAAAUUGCUGUUCACUUGUGUUUCUGAUAAUGUUCAUGUUAUACUUAUCCCUUGUGCGUUUUUAAUCAUUGAUGAUAAUUUCUUCACACAAAUACAUGCACUCAUAACUGAAUGGUAUUCUGUUUAUCUCUUCUCUCCCCGUUCCCCCAACCAGCAUUUAGCGCUAGCUGUGAAAUUUCUUAUGGCAUACGCGAUAGCUGAUAAACCACGAGACAUCCAGAUAAAAUUGGCAAGGCUGGAAUUUGAAUCUCUGGAGGCACUCAAGCAGCAGGUAAGAACUAAGAAUACUGUAGGAAUAUUGCAGGUGAGAGAAAGAUGGAAAUUGUCACUACUAUCCUUUUUUCCUACUGAGUUUUGUUACAUACCCUUAAAACAUCCAGUCCCUUAAAAUAAUUCAUAAUGCAUUAUUGCUACCAACUUUCAGUUUUUAAUGGUGUAAAUGAUGGCUUGGCUGUAUGGAUACAUGCCAAUAUAUACAAGACCAUUUCUUCUCUUGGCGUUUAAUGUCUACUUACAAUGUCAAAAUAAAGGGGUAUUUCUAGUGCCAAUGCACAUUCAUUGAGUUCUGCAUUUGAGGCCACAUUAUUUGUCAUUAACUCUUGUCUUUUCAAACUUGCCAAGGAGGCACAUCAACUUUCUCAGCUUCUCCUGCUAAAUUGCUCUAGUUAUAGGUCCAUCUCCCCAGCCUUCCCUAGCUGUAACUGUACUGCUAAGCCAAAGCAAUUUGUUGUUAAUUUGGGUUAAAGCAGCCCAAAAUAAUUUGGAUAACUCAACAGUAACAAAAACAGUUACAUCUCAAUAAUAUUAAAAUCUCACAUAAUAGAAUACCCACACCUCUCUUAUUCUGCCAUCUCUGUACUACCACAGACCAAUGACCAGAAACCCAACUAGACAGGAAAACUUAAGCUGGCUUCCAGAAAAAAGUCAUGCUUGUGCUUUUGAGGCAGGGAGGAUACUAUAAAUGUAGAGCAAAUGCUGAGGCUGCUUCUUGCAGGCAAUUUUUCUUGUUGCUGUUGAUCUACUUAAGUUAUUCUUAAAAACAACAGCUUUGUGCUUCUCUCAUUCCUUGGGGCUUUUCUUCCCUUUCCUGGGAUUGAAGAAUUUAAUAGUCUCCGAGUUAAGAAAUAUCUACCUGAACAUUAUCUACAGGUCCAAUUAGCAUGUAUAAGACAUUAGCUAUUGUUUUCUCCAGGCUGAUGUAUUCAGCCUUUGAAGAAUUAUCCAAUUAUUGGCAGCUUCUACUGAAAAAGCCAUCCAGAUUGAUGGUAUUAUAUAUACAUGCAAAUGCUAAUAACUGACUUAUGAAAAGUGAGCAUGGAAAUUUGAGACCAUUCCACAGGGAAGCAGCCUCAUCAGUUUUCAGAUGAGAUUCAGAUACAUCCUAAUUCCAGUGGCUUGGAAAAAAGGGAGAUCCCUAGAAGGUUUUGCAUAUGCUUUAACUAGAUGUGCCUUAUAUCUGAAUGCUGUGUCAGAAGUUCCAUUUGAGACAUUUCUCUUCCAAUUCUUGGUGUGUGUUCCCAUCCAGGUCAGGGCUCUCUUCCGCAGUAACUGCAUAUCAGGCUGAAGAUUGAAUCUAAGGUGUUACUGCUCAAUUUUGCCUUCCUCAGAUGCAUUUUUUGAGAAGAAACCAUGGCUAGACAGCAGCUUUGCAUAAUAUUACAAGAGCAGGAUUGUAAACCUACUGGAGCUAUUCCUUUUCACUGCAUUAAAAGAGGGGAAAGUAGGUCACCCAUUGAAACCUUAAACACACAAGUUAUUCUAGUCACCUUUGGGUUAGAGCGUAUAAAACAUAAUGCCAACUUCAAUUUACUGAAUCUUUCAGUCCGUAACUAUUUGAUUCCAGUUAAGGAUAUUUUCCUCAAUUUUUGAAAUGUAUCCCCAUCAUAUUUGUCUAAGCCCCAAGAAUUCAGACAUGGCUUAGAAAUUAUUUGGUGAGCUGAGCCUCCUGAAUAUUAAUGAAAGCUAAGCUGGCACUCUGUUGAUUUGGUAGGCAGCCCUGUGGCAGACUUGCCUAACAUGGCACUGGUUUCAUUCCCGCUGUCUCCACCUUAGUACACCUGUGGUCAGAGAUGAAGCCCCUACUAAAAUAUUUAUAAUUAGCCAUUGCUUUUAUUUUUACUUUUUACUUUUGCAGAUGUCUCUUGAUUGUGUUCUGUACUGUGAGCUUACCCACCCUUCCUCUUGUUCCACUGCUUUCCCCACCGCGGAAACCGCUCUUUAGCGCCCAGUCGGAGUAAACAGCAACCAGAUUUUCUGAGAAUUGUCAUUUGUUCUGAUUGAGGCCUUCUCCACAUUUACCUUUUGCCCUGCUCUUUCCAGGCACAGGCCUGGACUUUAAAGCUCUGUGUCAAGAGCCUGGGGUUUUCUUGGCCCAGAACUUUUCCCGUGGAAACCAGAACUUUAGCACUCAAUCGGAGCAGAUGUCAAUAUGCUAUUGGCUCCUAUUGAGCUUUAAAGAGUGAAUUUUUCGGGGAAAGCUCCAGAGCAAAAAGAAGAGAAAAGUGUGUGUGUUUGGAGUUUUAAAGUGCAGACUGUGCCUAGAAAGAGCAGAGAAAAUGUAAGUGUGGAUAAGCCCUUAAAGCUAAAGAGCAGGUUUUCCCUGGGAAAGGAACGGGGCAAGUGGAAAACGCCCCAGUCCCAUCUCCAGUGUGGGUCAACCAGAAAACUACCUGGACCAGUUCUUUAUAAACACGGGACAAGAAGAAAUGUGGACAAGCCCAGCCUUUAAGCAUUUGAGUUUUUAGUUAAUGUAGUGAAGUAAAAUGAUUAUAUGAGCUGUCACUCAUUGCUCCAUUUCUCACGAUGUGGACAAAUUACAUUGGUGCAUGCUAAAGUAAUUGAAUGACUUGAGCACUUAGACAUUGUUUUUAAAGAACGUUCUCACAAAAUUAUAACAGAAUAAUCUCCAUCAUCUUUUACAAAGCUGUCUGCAAAAAGUAUACUGUCAUCUGUGAUGGGCUUAUAUGGAAAUUGGGAAUUUUUUUAAUUGUAUAUAUUUCUAAGUAUGCAGUGCAAAAUUGGCAGCACUAGUUCAUCCGUAAGACACUUGGAUUAAAUUUGGCAGUGCUGAUUUUAAAGGAGAUGGAGAAGAUGAUGUCAAAAUGUUUUAUCCGGGGUAGAUGGGCCUGUUGUUUACAUGCCAGUAUUUCCAGGAGAACACUGUACAUUUUGAAAUGGGUGGGUGUUUCUCAAUGCAUGAGAAUACUAUUCUCCCUUUUGAUUUUCAUGGCAUAUAUCAUAUUCAGUGCCAAUGUACAUGCGCAGACAUGUCCAGCAUCUAAUAUAUAAAAUACUUAUCAGAUCUAGGUGAGAAGAAAAAUCCUUGUUUUCUGCUUUAGCUUGUUUGUUGUCUAAAGUGGGUCUGCUUGUGUGUAACUUGCAGUAAUCCUGUCCUUGCAUCACAUAGUGUUUGGAAUGUAUGUAGUAUUGCGGAAGCAGUUAAGAGAAGAAAAAACAUAUUUCAACCCACCAUUAAGACGUAGGCUGCAGUUCAGUUGAAAGUGAGCUCAAUCCUAUUGAAAUGAGUAUUAAACACAUUUCACUCUAGUUCAUCUUGUUCCCACAGUUUUGAAGAAAUGCAAAGUACUGAUAUGGGAUAUCAGUUUCUUAUAAAUUAUUUUUCCCUGUUAUGAUUUAAAAACAAAUAGCUGGCAAGUAGUAUUGCACCAGAGGCAGAUUUUGGACAGUGCGACUGAUUCUGCCACACUGGGCGCCUGAACUCUGACAUAGUGAAUUGAGCAGAACAGAAGGUGAGAGGUGGGGGCACGAUGAAUUUUGGACAGGGUGCUGCUGAAAUUUGAAAGACCAAAGUCGGCCCCUGGUCACACCAUUUUCAUUUUUAUGAUACGGGACUCAGCACAGUUGUGAAUGAGGACUUCCUUAUCUCCACCCCGUUAAGCUGAAUGGAAGUGAAACAGAAGAUCAUGACAUUGUUGUUCCACUCUUCUAUUUAUAGGGAAUAAUUAAGACCGGGUUAGAGAGGAAGAUGGUCAAAAGGAGAGCAGAGGCAAUGUUGCAGUGAGGACAAUAGUGCUCUUGUUUCUUUCUUUGAGCUGCUGUGAGCUUGUAACACUGGUGUUGCUAUCCAUGUUUUCCUCUUUCUGUGCUGUAUUGUCACCGUAUUUAUGCUGAGUUGAACUGUACUGAACUGGUGCCAGCAUUGUUUUCAGUCACCAGUGUAAUGCACCAAGUAUUUUGUAAUCUUUCAUAUCAACUCUGUGGCCUGGGCUAUUAAUAUCCAUGUCUGACAGAUGAAUAACUGUAGCUGAGGAAUCAUAAUGCCUAGAGUUGUCCAGAGGGUUUUGAGCCCCUCUGGCUCUUCUGUUUUACUUAACUUUAAUACACAUCAGUUUCAUUUAAUGUAAGAGAAUCUUGCUGCUAAGGCUGCUGUGGUUCAGUAUUCCUUCUCGGGGAUGAACAGAGAGCCUGCUGUAUCAAGUGCCACUCUCACUGCCACUGUGUAGGUAAGGGAUAAAAAGGUAAAGGGACCCCUGACCAUUAGGUCCAGUCGUGGCCGACUCUGGGGUUGCGGUGCUCAUCUCGCUUUAUUGGCCGAGGGAGCCGUCGUACAGCUUCCGGGACAUGUGGCCAGCAUGACUAAGCCGCUUCUGGCAAACCAGAGCAGUGCACGGAAACGCCGUUUACCUUCCCGCCGGAACGGUACCUAUUUAUCUACUUGCACUUUGACGUGCUUUCAAACUGCUAGGUUGGCAGGAGCAGGGACCGAGCAACGGGAGCUGACCCCGUUGCGGGGAUUCGAACCGCCAACCUUCUGAUCGGCAAGUCCUAGGCUCUGUGGUUUAACCCACAGCGCCACCCGCGUCCCUAGGUAAGGGAUACAGCAGGGUAAUUGGCAUGGUGAUCUUGCCCAUAGCCACUGCAGGGGAGGUAAGCUUCAACCAGCACCCUGUGCUUGGAUACUUCACCUAGGUCAUGUGACACGAUCAGAUCAGUGAGAGGAUGUCUCUGCCAAAGCCUGAUCAUGUCAGGGCAGGCUAUGAUCAUCCAGAUCAUGUGAUAGAAUUAGGCCAAUAGAAGAGCACCUUUCCCUAGCCUGUUCGACAGGCUGCCCCUCGGUUGCAUUUGAAAUCUGCAUGUGUAUCAUAUGCAUACGGACCAAUAUCAUCAAGAAGUUGUUUGUAUGAGUGCAGCAGCCAUAGCUUGCCUAUCACCCCAAGUUUCACAUUACCUCAAACAACGUACUUACAGUGGAGGCAACUCAUAUAUUUAGUGGUGAGACACUGAGUGUUAUGAUGGGCAUCUUUUGAUUAGUCCUCUGAGAGGUAAGGAAUUCUGUAUCGGCUAGAUUAGUUAGCAUUUUCCCUUUGGAAAGCUGAGAGCUGGCCCCUGAAAGCAGAGGUGUCACUUAUUUGUGGAUAGCAUGUUUAGUAUUCAGAUUCAGUCCCCAGCAUCUUUUAACUAAAAAUCCCAGGUGGCGAGAAACACCAGUAAACCCCUGUUAACAGUACUGAGCUCAGCUGUUCCAUUGCUUUGGCUCAAUAUAAAACAGUGCUCCCUAAAUUAAGAUGUACACCCCAAAACCUGAAAGAUAAAAACUUUAACUUAGCGAGUCUUGAUAGCAUUUUUCUUUUGCUGAACUUUGUGUUACCUGUCAGUGAUAACAGGAUAUGUGAGAUAACACCAAGUGCAUGGGGCGUGAUGAUAAAAUUAGGUCUGUAAUGAGGGAUAAUUGAGAAUUAGCAUCAAAACUUUUAAUUAAAUAUGUGUGAAACUUAUGUAAUUAGUUAUUUCCUGUUGGUGGAAUUGUGAAAAAAACCUUUCUAGAAAGUUGAGGUUUUCUUCUCAGAUUGUUUGACCUCUUCCACGACAUUGGGUACACCCUGAUGCACUUAAAUAAUCAUUGCUAAGAUAUAUUUCUGUCAGGCUUAAUAUCUGACCUAUAUCCUAAUGAUAAUAUUUAAAAUUAAAAUUCUCUAAUUGCACUAGAGAGUGUGCAUCAUGGUUCUAUAGGAGAAUAUGAAGCAGGACAACAGAAAAAGUCUGGGUGGUUUCAGUAAACUAUUAAAGAUGCCUAGUUAUCAUGAAUAUAGUAAUGCCAAAUGGUUUCAUAUUGGACAACAGCCAUACAAGAAAUAUGUAAAAUAACUAAGCAAGUAUUAGACACCACCCCAGAAUUGGUCCUACUAAACAUCUUCCAAGACAACAAUGCCCAUUUACACCACAAAUAACUCAUAACCCAUCUACUUUCAGCAGACAGAAACACCAUAACCAGACACUGGAGAGACCUGUCAGGAGUAAGCAUGGACCAAUGGUACCAAAUAGUAUGGGAAACAGCCCUACAAGAAAAAUUAACCAAUAAACUGAAACUGACACAGGGACAAACAGAAAAAGACGCCUUCACCCCGGUAUGGCUCCCCUUUAUCACAUACACAGCCCAACAAGACAAUGACAAUAACCCACCAACAGCAUACAAAUCAAUAUGGCUAACCUGGACUUCCGGGGUGGCGCCACCGGCAAUGGCGGACUCCCUCUGAACUCGAGGGACUAGCUCCGCGGAAAACGGGUCUUCUCCGCUACGGCGAAGCGGGGACCCACUUAAAAAUCACAGGCGGAUGAAGCCUGUGACCAUGGGACUCGGCGGGCACCUUUAGCGCCCCCAGCCCGCUAAGGAACCCACUAACGGGCUCCAAAGUGAAGAGGGAAGUGGCGCGGUGCUGUGAGUCAACUGCUAUUUCCGUGGAGCGAAGCCGCAUAGCUGUUGCCGGUGGCGCUGCCUUUUUCCUGGGACAAUUUGGACUUUAAAAUAAGCACCCGUGAGUACUUAGACUUUGAACAAUUGGACAUCAAAUAAGGACUUGCGAGUAGGAAAGAAUCGGACUUUAAAAAUUUACUUGAAUUUGGUACGGAACGGGAAGGUCUAAACAGGAAGUCAUCCUUCCGUUCUUUUGUAAACAGAAUAAAGCAAAGGCAAUUUAAACUAGAGCUCAGGAAAUCGCUUUUAAAAGAUUGGAUUUCACCAUUUAAAAUUGUGGAACCCCCCUUCGACAGCAGGAGAAGGGGGGGAUCUUUUUGGACUGUUUAAAGUGACUUUAAAGUGAAGUAACUUUCCUCCAUCCUGAUCCUGGAGCGGGCUGUCAGGACUGACGCGUGAAGUUCAUUAACCAAAGACAAGUGUUUUUGACAGAUGGCUAAAAGAAGAGAAACCUAGUGAUUCCACUCUUCCCUUUCGCAUUUUAAAGGAUUAUAUAUGGACAAAGUAUCUUAAAAAGGGAAACUUUGUUGCAAGAAUAAAUAGAAGUCUUCCCCUAGGGGAGUCUGUGAAAUUGUAACUGUGAAACUGUAACUAACUCCAGGAGUCAACAGCUGUUACAGAUUACAACCGUGGGAACAAGUAUCUGACCUUGUAGGACAAUGUAUUCAGAAGCCUUGUUGUAUGCUCUCUAUAAAACAAACGAUCUACUGGAACAAUUACACGAGAAGGUGAAUUGGAUGGCGACUUCGACUAGAAAUUUUGAACAGGCAGUGGAAACCUUUGAACAGACAGUGGGAAAAUAUGUGGAGCCCACCCAGGAUUUAAAUCAGGAGUGUGUCUUGACAGAACAGGAGUUUUUGACAUUAAAUCAGGAGUGUGUUUUGACAGAACAGGCCCAACAGGAAUAAGAUUUUUUGGAUUUGACAAAUGAACUUGGAAAAAGCCAUAUCUGGAAAGGAAAAGUUUGGCUUGGUUUGGAAAUGGGGGGCUGGAUUCACCCCCCUAUCCUGGGAUGUUUGGACUUUUCAAAUACGGCAACGGGCCGUGAGAUGUUUGGGACUGUGGGGGCUCUCAAUUUUGGAGGGCCUUUGAAACAUGCUUUUAAAUACUACAUGGAAUUCAUUGUUGAACAUGGAAAAGGGGCUGAUCUGUUGAGAAGGGUUAAAAACAUUGUCAAGCUGGAGUUACCACGAGCAGGAGACAAGGGAAAAUACAGUUACAAGUAUGAAGAAGAGCCGCGGAAGGGUCAUGGAAGAGACUUGAGGGCCUCGGACAUAAGGUUGCCAGGUUAAUGGGCUAGAUUGACGGGAAUAAGGACUGACAAAACCCGGAACCAGGAGGAAGGGACGCUGGAUGAAGAUUGGAUCUGUUUAUACCUCUUUUUCUACCAUUAGAACUGUUUUAUAAAAUUGAUGAAUGAUAGAAAAAUGUUGGAAUGAAAUUACUUGGCUUUAGCAAAGAUGUUUAAAGAAUUAUGAAAGAAUAUUAUGAUUAUGAGAAGUUGGUAAGGAUAAGAUUUAAGUUUUAAGUUUUAAGGUUUAUUUUAUUAUAGAAAGAUAAGGUCAAGGAUUUGCUGGGAUAAUUAAUAACUAGGAUACAAAGAAAGGGAGGAGGAGGAGGUCUAAGAAAGAAGGUAAUGACAGUUAAGGAUUUGAAAAUAAUGAAUUUGUUUUUAAAUGUUUUUAAAGUUUUGUGAUUUUUGCAUUCUUCUUUUUUCUGUCAUUUUUUCUCAUUUGGAUUUUUUUCGUAUAUGGUGGGAAGGGGUUGGUUUUUUCUUCUUCUUUUUUCCCCUAUUAUGUUAAUUAUUUUUAUCCUUUGUACUCUCUUCUGCUUCUAUUUUAUUUUUUCUCUUUUUUGUAACAUUUUGAAAAUCUCAAUAAAUAUCUUUUAAAAAAACAACAACAAAUCAAUAUGGCUAACCUGAUCCAAAAUACCCACCCACCCCACUUACACACAAAAACAAAGAUCACCACAGCUAAUCACAAACAAACAACCACACCCUAGGCCAACCCCAACCUCUCUCACCACCAGAGACACAAGUGAACAGCAGAGAGCCUGCAUGAGCGACGCUGACACGAAACCCUACAUACAUUAAGCAAAAUAGGAACAUCUCCACCCAACCCCCGCAACUCCCCCCCAUGUCUCAACAAAUGAAACUGAUUUGUAAAAAUGUUACAUGGGAAAAAUACGAGAGACAUUACACAUACUUCUGUAAAACAAGAAAAUCUUUAAUAAUAAAAAACAAAACAAAAAACCCCAUUAGUUUUGGAAAUUGAGGAAAGUGUUUGCAAAGCAUUGAGAGUAGGAUUUCCAGAAAGGUAAGGUAUUCAUGGUGGGGAGAGGCAAUCACACAGCUCCCCUGUCCCCAGCCCAUGAAUGUGCAUCAAAUAUAAAAAUAAGCACUUUAAAGAGGUCGUGGAAACUGAUUGGAAGCUAGUGGAGAUGGCAAAGUGCUAGCUUAGUGUGUUCAUAUUGCUCCAUCCUGAUUUGCAAUCUCCCAUAUUCCAGACUAACUAAAGUUUUUGGACAGUUUUCCAAACCAUCUCCAUGUACAGCGGAUUGCUGUCAUCCAAACAAGUAGUUAACAAGGCACUGAUUGCUAAAGGAAGACUCUGUUCAGGUAGGGUUCUAUAUCAGUCACAUCAGCCUAAACCAGUGUUUCUCAAACUUGGGUCUCCAGCUGUUGUUAGACUACAACUCCCAUCAUCACUGGCCCUGCCAGCUAAGAAUGAGGGGAUUUGUAGUCCAACAACUGGAGACCUGAGUUUGAGAAACACUGAACUGAUAAAAGGUGCUUUGAUCCACCACGAUAGCAUGUGCCUCUGCUGACAGAGAGGGACCAUUGAACACACCAAUCUACAAAACACACCAAUCUACAAAAUCCAGAACAUAUUGAACACCACUAACCCAAGCAUAGGUUACCCCACCACUAACAAGUUCCUCCAUCUUGUCUGCAUUGAGCUCAAUUUUGCUUAGUAUUCUUCUGUCUUGCCUUUCUUUUCCAGUGUGGCAUAGCCUUGUUCCUAUUUGGGAGGCAACAGUUAGCUUCUGUUUUCUCUCCUGUUGUAGAUCAGCAGCUGGGGAGGAGAUGGCAAACGCCAACAACCACCAGCUCUGUCAGUUUUCAUGAGUAAUUGUUAUUUCUUAAAAGGUGCUAUACUGUACAGUAAUUCAACAAUACAGACAAAAUGACCAUUAAAAGAGAACAAAAACAAAACCACACAGUAGCAUUAAAAACCCAUAAAAAACCAGGAUAAACAAAAUGUUCGUUGCAGCUUUCUUAAAGCUAGGCAAAGGAGUCAGCUUGGUCUCACGAGGACUUAAUGUGCUGUAACUCCAUGCUACAAAACUUCCAGAUUUGAUUGUUGCAACAUGCUCUACAUGGGCCUACCAUUGGAGAUGACUUGGGAACUUCAGUUGGUCCAAAAUGCAGCAGCCAGAUUACUGGAUGGAGUUCAAUUUAGAUCUCACACAACCCCUGUUUUAAAACAGCUGUGUUUUGGGGCCCAAUUCAAGGUGCUGACUUUGGUGUUUAAAGCCUGACGUGACUUAGGCCCAAAUAAUCUGCUAUAGACUUCAAAGCCUGACUGAGGACUUGGAUGAUACCUUCCCAGAGUAGAUAAUACAUCACUUCUAAGUGCCACUGUCCACCGAAGGGCUUGUUGUUGUUGGUUAGUCAUGUCUGACUCUUCAUGACCCCAUGGACCAGAGCACGCCAGGCACCCCUGACUUCCACUGGCUCCCGCAGUUUGGUCAAACUCAUGUUGGUAGCUUCAAUAACACUGUCCAACCAUCUCGUCCUCUAUUGUUCCCUUCUCCUUGUGCCCUCAAUCUUUCCCAACAUCAGGGUCUUUUCCAGGGAGUCUUCUCUUCCUAUGAGGUGGCCAAAGUAUUGGAGCCUCAGCUUCAGGAUUUCCAAUGAGCAACCAAAGGGCUAACUGCAUGUAAACUUCCUUAUCACAGCAGUGGCCUAGAGUGCCUUCCACCAGCUUCAGCUGGUGGCCCAGCUACGCCCCUAUCUGGACAGGGAUAGCCUAACUACUGUUGUCUAAGCUCUGGUAACUUCAAGGUUAGAUUACUGCAAUGUGUUAUAGGUAGGACUGCCUCUGAAGAUGGUUCAGAAACUUCAGCUAGUGCAGAAUUCAGCGGCCAGGUUGCUCACUGGAGCAAGACGGUUUGAGCAUAUUACACCAAUUCUGGUCUGAUUGCACUGGCUACCAGUUAGUUUCCGGGCCCAAUUCAAAGUGCUGGUUUUAACCUAGAAAGGCUUAAACGGCUCAGGACUGCAAUACCUCAAGGACCGCCUCUUUCCAUAUGAACCUACCCGGACCCUGAGAUCAUCUUCUGAGGCCCUCCUUUGUGUGCCCCCUCCUCGAGAGGUGCAGAGGGUGGCAACACGAAAAUGGGCUUUAUCUGCAGUGGCUCCCCGUUUGUGGCAUGCUUUCGCCAGGGAAGUUCGCCUGGCACCUUCGAUAUACACCUUUUAGGCGCCAGGCAAAAACGUUCCUUUUAAAUCAGGCCUUUGGUUGACCUGAUGGAUAUCCUAUACGCUUUUAAAAUGUGUUUUUUUGGGAGGGGGCUAUAGGGUUAUUGCUGUUGUUUUUAUUUUAUAUAUUGUAAUCUUUUCUGUGAACUGCCCUGAGACCUCUGGGUAUAGGGCGGUAUAUAAAUAAUAAUAAUAAUAAUAAUGUUCAGUUUAGUUUUUGCUGUUAAUAAAAAGCCUCAGAAGGGAGGAAUUUGGAGCAGAGAAAUAGCAUUGCUGGUCUGUUGUGCCAGAUGUACCUUUGCUGCAGCUUUCGGGCCAAGAGCCUUCCACAAUGCAUUGAUGUGUUCAAAGCCUGAAAGCUGGUACUUUCAUAAUUAUUUCUCUUUGAUUCUGGUAGUUGCAUCUGUCAAAAAUCAACAAAUCUUGUCAUUUUAACCUGUUGGUCAUGUUAUGGAGCAUAUUACUGUAUUUAAACUUCAGUCAGAUGAUCACCUGUUUUGACUUCCUGCAUGACCCAGUAGCUCAUCAGAGCUACAACAACAGGAUAUGCUUGAGGCUUUAAUCAUGUGUCUGUUCAGUUGAUACACUUUAUGACUUCAGCCUUAUAUAAUGCAAUAAUAUAUUCACUGUUGUGGUCACACCAGUGCAUCCUACGCAGUCUGAAUAAGGGUAGCAUAGUGCUAUUCCUUUGUCUGUGCUGCAACUGUUCUUUUCUAUGCAGGCAUCUUUUAUUCACAGCAAACUCAUCUGACUAUAAACAGCCACUUCUCCCCCGGGCAGCCAAACCUAAAGUGUUUGUCUCCUUGGGUAUGCGUAAUAUUUUGAAGCAAACCCUAAAUGUAUUGGGACAGCGGUGGGGUUAAAAAGAAAUAUUUCUGAGACCUUGUUUUAAUGUUGAAGCCUUGUAGUCUGCUACUUUCAAAAUAAAGGUCAUCCCUUUCACUCAGAUUGUAUGAUUGGCUAUUAAUUAAAAGGGCCUAGUAAUGUCUAUAAUUUAGCACCCAUCCCUAAAAUAUUGUUAUCAAAGCAGUAAGGGACAUGGAUUGAGACAGAUUAUAUAUAUAUUUAGAGAUUAGAAGGUGGUAGGAUGCAACCAUAGUUGCUUAUGGUGUGUUUUCUUGGUUUAUCUCUCUUUACAAGUCUUGCAGGUUUUUAUAAUAUCCCACAAAAUCUCUGGCUGCAGAUAGGCAAUAAAUAAAUGUUGUUCACUGGCGGUAGAGAAUCUGUGACGCUCUAGGUGCUGUUAGGCUCAACUACUUAAUAACCUUCAUUAGGCCAGGGAUAAUGGGAUUUGUAGUUAAGCAUUUAGUUCGAAAGCACGUCAAAGUGCAAGUAGAUAAAUAGGUACCGCUCCGGCAGGAAGGUAAACAGCGUUUCCGUGCACUGCUCUGGUUCGCCAGAAGCGGCUUAGUCCUGCUGGCCACAUGACCCGGAAGCUGUAUGCCGGCUCCCUCGGCCAAUAAAGUGAGAUGAGCGCCGCAACCCCAGAGUCGGUCACGACUGGACCUAAUGGUCAGGGGUCCCUUUACGUUUUUAUUUGGAGGCCCACAGGCUGAAUGGCUAACAAUGUCUCUCUUCUACCUGGGCAGGAUUAAUUUAAGGAAAAAGAUAUAGAUGGUUUUGCUUUCCUUGUAAUCAAAUAAAGCUGUGAUACGCUUUAACCCUAAUGCCAAAGUCCACAAGCUCAAAAACUGUUUCUCUCUGCAAGUUCAUUAUUACUGCUGCCUUUCUGAUUCCAUGCAUCCAAGGAAGGCUGACUUCAGUUCUAAACUUGCAAGUUCUUUUUUUUUUUUUAAGACAAUGGAAUACAGUACUUGUCAAUAGUCUGCAAAUUAUUAUGAUGCUGUAUAGUGCAGAAGCCUAACUCUAGGUAGAAAGUAUUCUGAUUUGGACUAUAAUCUGCAUAUUGCAGUGCAGUUCUUAGCCUGUGGAAGUUUAAGGUGUGAGAUGUUUGCCAAAAUGGGCUCAGAGUGAAGGUGCAAGAGUCCUCCAGGAAGCCAUAUAUAGAACUUAAAUACUCCCUGGUGGGGAGUCUGAAAUGUUGAAAGAGUCUGUCAUGUUGCCCACAUGCGAUUAUCUGUGCCAUUUAUAUAUUGAAAAGGCCAAAAGUUUAGAAAAUGGUCAUGCAAUCUCUGUCUGUCUGUCUGUCUGUUUUUCUGUUUCUCUCUCUCUCCCUCCAGUUGUAGCUUGAGAGCAAGAAAGCUGCCUGACAGUCAAAAAUCCUAGAGAUCCUUUCGCUGUCACAAUAUAUGAAGGUUAUAUAACAUAUAUAAAGCAGGUUACGUAAGUGCUGCCCUGUAAUGCAGUCAAUCAGUCCUAUUUUGGAAACUGAUUAUAAUUGGAGUAUUAAAGAACAUUUCACAAAUUCAACUGAGAAAAAACACAGAAUUCCAGUGACAGCACUUAAUAUCAGCAAUUUUGAGCUAGUCAUAUUUUCCUGAAUCUAUUAAAUGCAGCAGGAUCAGCUGUAAUAUAAAAGCAACCUGAGCACUUUGUAUUCAUUUUAAUUAAGAGCAAAAGCUUGGAGCUUUAUAAAUCCUAAUCUUCUAGAGCAAACCCACACUUGUUUAUUUAUUUAUUUUUUGAUAGAAUGGUAUUGCCCAAUAGAGAUCUGUAUUGUCAUCAUAGCAAAUGCGUAUUGAUUGAAUUAUCAUAUAUGAAUAGAUUUUUCCCCCUUUAAAUUUAUGAAUAAUCCACAGGAUCAGGUCCAGAACACAUCUCCUAACGAACAGGGAGGCCCAACUUUUCAUACGAAGUGGACCGUGAGAGUACUUUGAGGCGGAAACUGCGGGUUGCAGACUGCUUUGUUUUGUGGGGAGGGGAGCAUGGACACAAUUAGAUACUGCUCCCCCCACCGCAGCCCCUGUGCUACCUUCUCAAAGCUGGCUAAGUUCCUAUGCCCUUUUAAAAUGUGUUUUUUUGGGGGGGCUAUCGGGUUGUUGUUUUUAUUCUUGUGUAUUUUGUGAUUUUAUAUAUUGAUUUUAUUCUGUGAACUGCCCUGAGACCCCUGGGUAUAGGGUGGUAUACAAAUUCAAUUAAUAAUAAUAAUAAUAAGAAGAAGAAGUGAGAUGCCAAGCUUUGGAAAGGAGGCACAAGGUUCUGGCAGGGUCCUAGAGCCCUCUCGCUUCCUUCCCAAAGCUGGGAAAGUGCUAACUAGGCUUUGGGAAGGAGUGGGGCCUUCAUGCCUCCUUCCCAACGCCUAGUGCCUCGCUUACCUGGGUUUGGGAAGGCAAUGUGAGGGCUGAGCGGGGGCAUCAAAUGUUGCUGAGGGUUGCCAAAAAGGGCUGUGAGCGCUGCAUGUGACCCUCAGGCCACUCGUUGGACCACUUUUGCUUCACACCUUGUGAGAGAAUAAUGCCCGUUCCAGGCCUUCCUGCCUCUUAAUUGAUUAUUAGGAAGUUCCAUGUGCAAAUAUCACACUCAUACCCAUUAAUGUAUGGACAAAAGAGAGGACCAAAAGAGAGCUCAAAUCUGAAUGAAAUGGGCAUGUCCUGGUUUUUGCAUAUACAGUGGUACUUUGGUUCUCGAACUUAAUCCAUUCCGGGAGUCUGUUUGACUCCCAGAACGGUUUGAAAACCAAGACGCAGCUUCCGAUUGCCUGCGGGAGCUUCCUGCAUUCAAGCAUAAGCUGCGGAAGCCACAUCAGACGUUCAGCUUCCAAAAAAUGUUCGCAAACCGGAACAAUUUGCGGCGUUCAGGAGCCAAGUUGUUCGAGAACCAAGCCAUUCGGGAACCAAGGUACCACUGUACAAUCAAAUUUAGAAAUUAUCACUAUAAUUUAAAUAGGAAUACAUGUAUUUCACUAGUGGGGGACACUAUGACCAGGUAACCUGUCUGUGCCUGCUCAGUCAGCUUUCCAGAUGCUAACUGCUGAUGGGCUGAUGGCCCCUCUCCCAACUUGCAGUUCUGUGAUUUUAACUAGGCUUGGAGUAGCCAGCCGUUCAAAUAGAGGAUUUUCCUCUGUAAAGCAGGUAGGGAUGGACAGAUGAGUCCAUUUCAAUUGUCCCAGGUUUUGAUUUUUUCUAGUCUUAAAUUUAGUUCCCCAGAUCUCUGCAACAAUUUUAAAAAAAUUAAAAAAUCUGCCGCAUUUUUGUGCAGAUUUCUCCUAAUAAACACAUAAAGGUAAAGGUAAAGGUACCCCUGCCCGUACGGGCCAGUCGUGUCCGACUCUAGGGUUGCGUGCUCAUCUCGCUCUAGAGGCCGUGAGCCGGCGCCGUCCGAAGACACUUCUGGGUCACGUGGCCAGCGUGAUGAAGCUGCAGCUGGCGAGCCAGCACCAGCGCAGCACACGGAAACGCCGUUUACCUUCCUGCUAUAAAGCAGUCCCUAUUUAUCUACUUGCACUUAGGGGUGCUUUCGAACUGCUAGGUGGGCAGGAGCUGGGACCGAACGACGGGAGCUCACCCCGCUGCGGGGAUUCGAACCGCCGACCAUACGAUCGGCAAGACCUAGGCACUGAGGUUUUACCCACAGCGCCACCCGCGUCCCAUAAUAAACACAUGUUUAUAUGUAUUUGUUCCUAAUACAAAAAAAUUGCAAAAUGAUCUUUCUUAAUCUAAUAUGUUCUUGUAUGCUAUUUUCACUAAUGCAGUAUAUGCAUUAUUCACUAGUAUAUGCAUUAUUUGUACACAUUAUUUGACUGGAGAACUACUUUGCAAAAUUUGGAGCAGUGUGAAUUUUGAAUGAUGGCUGUGUUUUGAUUUGUUGAGUGUUUCAGAAGGUACAAGUUUGGUCAGUUCAGAUUGAAAUGCAAAUUGCAUCAAAAUUGUCUCCCAACCCUAAAAUCAGGGCCGAGGACUACCUUAGCAACUGCUACAUGCUCAGAUCUGUUAAAGUGAGGAGCAGUGCCUUGAAAACCCUCGUUUAUUAUGCUACUGUAGCAUGCUACUUUAGGUAAAUACCGGAAUUAUUGAAGUAAAUCACAGAAUCUGUCUUAGAAAUACCCCUUCACACCAAGCAAUUCAUUUAAAUUGAUUGAAUUAGGUUACAGGCACAUAAAGAAUGAACUGUGUCCUGCUUUCAUCAACAAUAUUCUUUAUUUGGACACAAUCUUAGGCCCGCCAACUGCUUUAAACUGCAUUUAAUUUGCCCUCAUUAUACCCCACAUUUCAUCUACAACAUUCACAAAAGCUUGGUUCUCAAGGACUUUCUUGGACUGGGAAGAGAAUGUACCGCUUUUUGUAGGAAAGCCUUAAGGCAAACAAAAGCAAAUGGUGAAACCUUCUCUCAAUGAAAAUGGAGGGGGCUAGUCAAAGGAAAGCUGUGAAUUUAGGGCACCUUUCUAACUUGUACCUAGUAUUUGCUUUCACUGAUCUUGGGUUGAUGUCAAGUUCACACUGUACUUAGGCCUGUCAUGUUGAAGACAAUACCUGCAAUAACUAAAUUCUCUCUCAAAUUGAUAUUGGUGUUCUAAAAGGUGAAAAAUUAUAUUUAGGGAUACAUGCAUCUUUCUGCAUAUGUCAGCUAUUCAUAUAUUUGUGUGGCUAAAUUUCCCAAGCAUCUCUUUGUUUUCUGAAUAAGAGUUUAUUUCAGGGGCGUUGGAAUACUCCUAUAGUUAAGGCAAGUAGCAACAAUAAGGUCCACCCAUUAUUCAUUCCGUACCACAAUGAACUUUCCACCAGAAGGAUGAAGUUGCUUUGAAACCUGGGGUGCUUGGUAGGCCUAAAAUGGUCUGGAUGGUCUGGUGUUGUAUUUGCAAAAAAGUGAGAAGGGUUAAGUACAAUCUUCCAGCAUAGCACCACUUUGCUUAAAAAUUGCACAACGCCAAUACCACUUUGCAACAGAAAAGAUUUGGGAACUCAGUUGUCUAACUUGGUCUUCUGCGUAAAUCUCCUUGGGAGCCUAUUUUAGAGGGAAAGAGACACUAACUUAUUCACUGAACUAUAAAUAAACUAUAAACUUAAAUCAUUAAGGAAAUCAUUCCUACCUAGAAUCUGUAUGUUGCACGUUUUCUUUUUGCCUCUUUAAAAUCUUGAAAACUUGCUUUGAAUUUUUUAACUGCUGGUAUGAUUCACUGGGCAACAAUUUUUUACUUUUUGAAUGUUGUCUAGAUUUCUACAAUUGAUUUAGGGUAUUUUUGCAUUGCUGAAUCAGGAAAUGGCAUCCGUUUCUCUCCAUCAGGUCAGGUUUUUGUGCUAUGUUGAUUUGAAAAAAUCAGAUCUUGUGACAAAAUCAAUUACAUUUUUGUGGCAUUAUCAGCUGAUUUUUGUCAACACAUAUCAUCCUAAAUAUGUUUUUAAGAGAAAAAAAUGUUUUUCCAACAACAUAUAUUGAUUACCUGAUAGAAACAUCGAUUACGGUAAACUGAAUGGUGGGCGUUGAUAAAGGUAAGUACACGUAAAUUGCAUGUUGCUUCACCAUUUUUCAAACUUCAGGGCUUGAACUUCCGUUUCUCGGAACUCCUGGAAUGCUCAGCAGCAGGGAGGUCUCUCUUCAGAGUCCAACAGUAGUCAGCCAUCAUGACUGCGUCCCAGCGACCCUGAUACCUGGUCUCCAUCUCUUUCAUGUCCUGAUGGAAUCUCUCCCCCUGCUCGUCACUCAUUGAACCCAGGUUCUCAGGAAACCGGUCCAUAUGUGAAAAUAAGUAGUGCAUCUUGACGCUCAUGUUGCAGCCCAGGUUUCUGAAAGCAGUCAGCAUGUUGUUGACAAGUUCUGCGUAGUUUCUGGCCUUAUUGUUGCCAAGAAAGUUCUUCACUACCAGAACAAAUGCCUUCCACGCUUCCAGUUCCACUUCGUUCAUUGAGUUUCCGAACUCUGGAUCUCUGAUGAGCUGACGGAUCUGAGGACCGUCAAAGAUGCCAGCUUUCAACUUCUCCAUGGUCAAUCCUGGAAAAGCCUGGCACAAGUAAGUGAAGCAGUCACCAUCCUUGUCCAGAGCCUUGGUGAACUGCUUGAUUAAGCCGAGCUUGAUGUGCAGCUGUGGGAAGAGUAUUCUGUCUCUGUCCACCAGAGGGUCGUUGCUGACGUUCCUUUUUCUGCAAGGCACCAAUUCCUCCCGCACAGGCCAGUCCUUCUUCGUGUAAUGCUGAGCACGGUCCCUACUAUCCCACAUGCACAGAAAACAUGGGUACUUGGUGAAGCCAGACUGUUGUCCCAACAAAAAGUUCACCAUCUUCAGGUCAACACAAAUAAACCACUUAUGCUGAUCAUAACCAAUUUUCUCCAGCACAUACUUCACCGCUUCAUAGUUCUCCUUCAGUGUAGUUGAGUGAGCCAGGGGUAUAGAGGCAAACUGGUUGCCGUUGUGUAGCAGAACACAUUUCAGUGAUCGCUUGCUGCUGUCAAUGAACAGUCUCCAAUCUUUGGGUUCGUACUGUGGCACUCCAAGCUUGACCAGAAGCUGCGCAAUAUCUGCACAGUACACCAAGUCCUUCUCUUCCGAGAAAAAACGGAGGUACUCUUGAUGCCUGUUGCGGAAGAAGCUGAUGCAAGCACUGUCAGAAAGGAGGUUUUUUUUCCUUCAAUCUGGAUGCCAACAGUUCGGCAGAGUCCUUUGACAAGCUGAGGUCGCGAACUAGAUCAUUCAACUCCUUUUGGGAAAAUGGAUGUGGAGCAUCAUCUUCAAGAACCACUUCUUCUUCUUCAUGUCCUUCAACACUGCAGGCAUCUUCCUCACUAAUGUCAGGAAGUUCUCUGAAGAUAGGCACUGGAAUUUCAUCACAAUGAACUACAGGACGACGUGCUGAUUGAAGAUCAGGAUACUUGAGGCUGCUCUGGGUCUUUCUGUUGAUCCCAGUCACAUCAACAGCGCAGAAGUAGCAGUCAGUGACAUGGUUUGUCGGCUCCCUCCUAACCAUGGGAAUUCCAAAGUUCAGACUCCUCUUGCCAUUGGUCCACCCAUGUAGAGUCUCGGUGCAUGCCUUGCACACCAUGUGUGGCACCCAAGCUUUAUCCUGGUCACCAAAUUUAAUACCAAAAUAAGCAUGGUAAGCAACUUUAUGCUUUGCCGCACCAAUUUAUGGAAGAUUUCAAGGUUUUAUGACUUCAAACUGAUACCUUUUCGACAUAAUCACCCAGAACUAUCGGACCUGAAUACUUCUUGUCAUUAAAAUAAUCAUUUCCAAUCAAAACAAUUAUUCGACAUGGCAUUUUACCCCCACCAACUUCUUCUAAAAUGCUCCACACAAGGGUACAUGUGAACAAAAACAUAAAAAAGACAUGUGGCCAUAGCUCAAAAACUUGAACUGAUUCAGCAAAACCAAUGUGAUUUUUGGAUUCAGUGCAUCAGAUUCGUCCUAAAUCAACUGAAAAAACGCAGACAACAAAUUUGUUGUUGACCAGUGAAUUGUAAUGGUGCUAGGAGCCAGAAGACCAUACUCCCCCUUUUUAACUUCAGCCUUGCCCCUCUUACAUGAGGAGUCCCCUUUUCCCACUCUAUAUAACACUGGUCCUGAAAGACCUACAUUGGCUCCCAGUACAUUUCCAAGCACAAUUCAAAGUGUUGGUGCUGACCUUUAAAGCCCUAAAUAGCCUCGGCCCAGUAUACCUGAAGGAGCGUCUCCACUGCCAUUGUUCAGCCCGGACACUGAGGUCCAGCUCUGAGGACCUUCUGGCAGUUCCCUCCCUGUGAGAAGUGAGGUUACAGGGAACCAGGCAGAGGGCCUUUUCGGUGGUGGCACCCACCCUGUGGAAUACCCGCCUGUCAGAUGUCAAGGAAAUAAACAACUAUCUGACUUUUAGAAGACAACUAAAGGCAGCCCUGUUUAGGGAAGUUUUUAAUGUUUGAUGUUUUAUCGUGUUUUUAGUAUUCUGUUGGAAGCAGCCCAGAACGGCUGGGGAAACCCAGCCAGAUGGGCGGGGUAUAAAUAAUAAAAUUCUUAUUAUUAUUAGGCAUGGGUUAACUCCCAGGAGGAUUUCUCUAGCAGUACAGUAAUUUGUCAAUGAAUAUACAAAUAGUCAUGUUACAUCUGAGAGGGAGUGAAAGUGACCUGAGAAGAUCAAAGAUCAUGAUUCCUCUUUGUGCAAGUGUUGCAUAUAAGCAGACUACCUCCUUUAAUAGUUUGUGGAUAAUUACAAAACUGUGUAGUAUCAGGCCUAACCUAGAGACCUGGGUGGCUGUAGUACAGAAAAAGCCAAAUUGCCCAUGCCAUUUGCUCUAUUCAUCCCCCCUCCCCAAUACUUUGCUAGGUGAUGGUGAACGUGUAAUGAGAUCUUUGCAGGAGUGAUUCUUUAAAAAAUGGAGUUGACUCUAUUAUGAACGGAAAGCUUCUGUAUGAAUGCUCUCUGGGGCAGAGUAAUACAAUUAACAAUACUUACCACUGUCAAAUUCAAUACAUAUAAAAGGAUCACCACUUCCCUUCUAAUUUCUUUGACCGUGACAUCGGGAUGCCUGUCAUUGCUCAGAAUAAGAAAUUUAUACCUUUGUAUGUGGUUCUUCAAGUGGUCCAUGUUGACUCUCCAGGUUAGUGUUGAACAGGCUCUGGGUUGCCAAGGCAACAAUCUGCUGUCGUCUUGAGAUGUUGGAGGGUGCUUAAACGGUAAGAUUGCCUUCUGAGAGUGCGUUACUAUAUUUAACAUUUUAGGGCCAUUCAGAAAAUUAUCUUAACUACAAAAGGCUUUGAGCAGGCAGUGGGCUGCUGCAAUGUGAACCUUCAGUCAAAGCUGAAAUCUCUGGUGUGAAAAUAGAGUCCAGAAUUUAUUCAGAGUAAAGUGGUCAGUGCUGCUUGAUUUCUAUUGGAGUGUUGUGAUUUUUGAAUCUUUGUCACAUGGUAGUUCCUUCAACCAAUUCAAUAUUCCCUCGUGUGUUAUAAUGUGCUCACUAUGUUCCCGCUGUGUUGCAUAAUAGUUAAGCAAGGCUUCUGUGGCCUAGUUCUUCUUUUGUGUGGCUUAAGUGCAGGGCUUUUAAGCAAAACACAUGUAUUUGGGUUUUAGGCACUGUUGUUAUUCAAUCAGCACACGUUGCAUGUGUCAGGGGUUCUUAUGAGUAUAUAUAAUAUUAGGGUUUGGCCGGGCAGAAAAUUUCCCUUGAGCUUUUGGCCUGUGCUUACUCCCUAGACAGACGGAUGCUGACCAGUCACUCCCACUAAUCUUGCAAGUGCCCAACCUGUGAUUUGGAUUAGCAAGGAUCAGGAUAGGCAGUAUGUGCCAUAAAGUAGAUAUUUAAAAUGACACAUUUCAGAUUUGGCAGGGCUGCGAGGAAGAUUAUUUUCCGAUUAUAUUUAGUCUCCAUCCACAUGGUUUUGCUGUCGGUGUUGCUUUACAAUGUGACUCCUUGCUGCCUGCUGCUUACUCCAUAUAUACAGUAUAUAUAUGGUUUUUCAGAUUAAAAUUUGACAGUCACAUAUUCAACAUAUAACAUAAAAAUAAGAUUCCAAGGAAUCUCUUGGACUUCCCUCCUCUCUUUGGUGGGUCCUUUUGUUAAUCAUUUUCUCCUGCAUCUUUUGUAAUCCAAAUAUUUUACCUCUCCAUUGUAUCCAAAAUUCACCAUUAAACUACAAGUGAUAUUGCAAUCCUACUUACAAUGUUAAUUGUUUACUAUGGUCUUUAAGAUAAGUUAUAAAUUUUCCCCAUUCCUUCUUAAAAUUUUGGUUGUCAUGAUUUCUGAUUCUUCCGGUCAUUUUAGCCAUUUCGGUAUAAUUCAUCAACUUGAUGUGCCUUAUCUGUUCAUCACUUUCCAGGGUUUGUCUCAGAAGCUGCAUAGUUGCAUUUUUAUUUGCUUUCCCUAUAAACUUGUACAUGGCCAUGAAUAUUUCCGAGGUGAAGUUAAAUUUGGAUCCAAGGCUGCCAUAAAGAAUGCUGUAGCCCUGUGACAUACACUUCUGUCAUGGAUCACUUGGGCUUCCUUGACUCCUCUAGUCAGCAAGGAUGGGGACCAAGUAAGAAUGGGGACGUUGCAGACAUGCCAACUUUUACUUAGCCCACUCUUUAGUGUUACGUAUAUCUUGAUUUCUCCUGCUCUGGAGGGUAAGACUCAAACCAAUGGCUUCAAGUUACAAUGCUUGCCAAUUGGAAGGUCAGCGGUUUAAAUUCCCACGAUGGGGUGAGCUCCGGUUGCUCGGUCCCAGCUCUUGCCAACCUAGCAGUUCAGAAGCACACCAGUGCAAGUAGAUAAAUAGGUACCGCCAUGGCGGGAAAGUAAACAGCGUUUCCGUGCACUCUGGUUUCCGUCACGGUUGUCCCGUUGUGCCAGAAGCGGUUUAGUCAUACCAGCCACAUGACCCGGAAAGCUGUCUGUGGACAAAUUCUGGCUCCCUCGGCCUGAAAGUGAGAUGAGCACCGCAACCCCAUAGCUGCCAGGGGUCCUUUACCUUUUUGUCUUUUACCUUCAAAAUGAUUGUGGGCUGCUAGUAUACACUUCCGGGUUGCUACGUUCGCAACCCGAAAGUCCCGUUACCCGAAGGUAACGUAACCCAAGGGUCCACUGUAUAUUUCUUUUGUAUUUGUCAACAAGCAAAAAUCUCUGCUUAGAUGCCAGCCUGCUUGAGCACAGAUUCUUGCAUUGUAUUGUUAGAAUGAAAAAGAAAGACCAUAUUUUGUUCUCUAAGCAUACAACUGUAUAUGGCACUAGCCUUGGCUAUAUGUAGGCCAUUUAAUAUUUUUACAGUAGUUAAAUAAUGCCUCCAUUUAUAUAUUACCUGUGAUGAGUUCUCCAAAAUCUUUUAUGCACACAUAGGCCCCGAUCCAAUACUAAGUUAAGGUGCACUUAAAUCUGUUGAAAUGAAUUGAAUAACGGGCACACUGUUGGAUUGCAGAGAACAAUAAUAACGACAAAUGUUUAUGGCUUCAAAAUUUCCAGAAUGUUUAUAUUUCUACCUAUUCCCGUGUGCUGGAUGCUCAUAAGAUGCAGUCUUUCUUUAAAAAGGAAUACUGUUGUAUUCUGGGAGACAUAAUUAUUGACAAAGUGUUUUGGUCUGAUUAUGCCUUUGAAAUAUGACCACACUGCCAACCAUCAAUCACAUUAUAUCAGUGCCAUAGAUACAGAUAGUUAUUUUCUGUGUGUGGGGUGGGUGGGUUAAUAUUAUUGCCUGACAGAUGAUCAUUCAUGACUUUUUAUAGACAAUUCUUUGAAAUUCCCAAGCCAUUGCCAGCCAAUCUCUGUUGGAUUCUAGCUCUUGAUUUGUUUUAAAAUAAAGACCACAGAGCAGUACCAUGCUGUUUGCGAAACACCUAUUAAAAAGGGUGGUUCAGAAUGGCAUGGCAUGUGUCCUUAAUCUGUUUCAUAUAAAUGUGCUGUGAAAGUGCUGGGUCAAUAUGGAUAUUGUGCAAUCUGUUCUAAACAGCCAGUUGCACAGUAAGUGUAAUAUGUGGCAGACAGUUAUAGAUCUCAGGAGUCCUUUCAUCAGUGCAUGUAUCGAAUUAAUCUGCUCAUAAAUGCUCAUUCAGAGAGUGCCAGAAGAUGGUCCUGGUUGGUUGCCAUGGCAGAUAUUAUUCUUCAUGCUCCUCUGAGAGGUAUAUUUUUAUGAACUGUGAAUCUUUUUUCUCAAGUUUAUCACAGGAGCGGGCUGUGGUUAGUGUGUGUUUUCUCCACUGACGGACCCACUCCCCCGUCUGAUUCUUGCUUUCCUCUCUGUUUCAUUAUGUUCCCAUCAAAAUAUUUUGAGAGGGUUUUUUUUUAAACCACUCUUCUUUUUAUGGAAAUCUAUUUUUCAUUAUAAGGAGAAAACUCUCCCAUCACAAAAACGAAUGGAAAUAUUGCUAUGCACAGCAAUGUCUAACCAGAAUUGCUAGACAUGCCUGCAAAAGAACAAGUUGGAAUCUCCUGAUAAGCAGAUAUGUCCGAGCAGAGAGCAAAAAAUGUUCAAAGAUUUUUUCAGACGGCAGACAUUUGUCUUUAACAAAGAGAAAAACAUUAAUCCCCCACAUGGCUAGAGGAUUGAAUGAACUGAUAAUGUUUAAUUAAUCUUAAUCACUUAAAGGCAUGUCACCAAAUGCAAUAUUACAUUGGCCUAUAUGUUGCUGUCCUGUUUUACAAAAUGUUUUUUGUCACACACAAAAGCCCACAUGCACCAGAUUUUAGUGGGCAGGUAUAAAAGGGUUUUUGCUUUGCUUUUCUGGCUGCAGGAACUUGCUCCCAGGCCAGCUUGCCAAAGUACUUUCCGUUGGUGAGGGUGUGCGUUGAGUGUUAAGUGCUGCAAGUUGCUGCCAGGAAGAAGCCAAAAGCCAUUGUCCUGCCACCUCAUUGUGUACAUGACUUUUGCUUGAAUGCAUGCAGUUGCCUCUCUUGGGCUGUAGCCAAAUGUUUAAAGCAUAUAUAGAAGGAGUAAGCUAAAAUGACAUGUUCCAGAGUGCAGUUGUCUUACAGUGAUUCCUAACAGAACAUUCUUUUAGCACUUCAACAACAAAAUCUCCUGGUCACUUAGGGUGAACCAUAACAAACCAUAUUAAAAAGACAGAGCUGGGAUUUCUGAGGAACAAACAAACCACAUUGAAGGAAUACGACGAACCAAAGAACCAAGCUUUCCAUAUUUUCUAACUUCUGUUUCUAAGAUGUGUUCCGUCAUUAUGGGGUUCAGAAUAUUUUUUGGGGGGAGGGGAUUAAAUUGGUUUGCAUAAUAGUGGAGUCUGUAUGAUUUCAUCCCUCUCUCUCUCUCUCUUUCACACACACACACACACACACACACACACACACGGUUUUUUCCUGUACUGCCUGAUAAUUAUUUGUACAGCUCUUAAAUAUUAUAUUAAAGCGUUUUAGACACAGUGUUGCAUAUGCUUCCCUUAGUAUGGUCCAGUAAACUCAGUGCAGAAUAUUUGUUGGUAGAAAGUUUGGCAAUUUCAGCCCUUAUUCACUUUCUCCUUUCAUUUAUUUAUUGGGAUUUUAUACCCACCCUUCACCCAAAGAUCCCAGGGUAGGUAACAACAGUUAAGUAUGUAGCACGUUUUCAGAAGUAACAGCUUGCACAUACUGGAAGUUUCCCAUUUGAGCAUAAAGUGGUACCUCUGGAUGCGAACGGGAUCCGUUCCAGAGCCCCGUUCGCAUCCUGAAGCUAACACAACCUGCGUUUGCGAGUCUGCGCGGGUCACAAUUCGCCGCUUCCGCGCAUGUGCGUGACGUCAUUUUGAGCGUCUGCGCGAGCGGCAAAACCCGGAAGUAACGCGUGCAAGGGAAAGUUGUCCAUGCAUCUGAAAAAGUAAAAUAAUAAUUAGUUGAACUAGUAUGCUUUUUAAGGAGUGAGGUUAUUGCUGUGGAAUUGGAUUGUCUUUUGCUAAUGUUCUGCUGUACUGAGGUUCGACAGCAUUCAUGUAAUUAGCAGUUUCAUGAAUGUGUUAAAGUAAAUAUCUCCCCGAUGCAAAUAGCAAGCAUGGGGACAAAUCCGUCUUGCGUUCAUAGUGGGGACCCUAUGCCAAGGCUUUCAUUGGGCCUCCUGACCUUCUGUUUGCUAUUUUAAAAACUCAUUCAUGGACCUGAGUGAAUGGCAUCUCAUCUAGUUUGGCCCUGUAUUAUGUUUGUCUUAAUGUUUUUUUAAUCUGCUAGAGGCUGAGAGGCAAGGGAAAAACAUAUUUAAAGAAAAUAUCCAGCAUUAAGCACUUGGAAGUCCUAUUGACUUCAGUGAAAGAGAUUUCAGCACAUUGAACUCAAUGCCCUUGGAAGCACUUAACUUGAUUCCAUUAUGCUAUGAGUAAAUAUAAUUUUAAAAAUAUUUUUGGCUGAGAUAUCUUCACUGUCGAGCUGUGAAUGGCUGCUCCAUCCUAAGCCACGGUAGCCAGAAUUUUAGUCGAAAGGGAAUUGCUUUAGUGAAGGGAAUUGAAUGCCUUUCUUCUUUCCAUUCCACACUUACAGCUGUAGUAGACUAAGUCAAGACCUUUUUGUAUAAUGGGCUUUGUCAAUAUGCAGGUAGUAACGUCAGAAGUCUGGAGGAUAAACUAAGCUCUCGGUUUUAAAAAAGAUUUUAUUAUCACAGACAAAUCCUCCUUGAGGUGCUGCAUGAAAAGGCACAGCAGACAAACUCCUUAGAGCUUGGAACAUCCUAAGUAACUUGUUUUUCCCUUUCCCAUCAUAAGUCAGUUAUUCAGUAACAGCCAAAAAGAAGGAUGAAAAAGCCUGGCACCUUGCAGCCUGACACAGCUAGUCUUCCGGAAUUAAUUUUCUCCGAUUGUCCUAUUCACAGAUGAAACCCCACCAUUAAAUGAGAUUUAAUUACAUUCAGGCAUAGACCGAGGCCUGUGAUUUCUAUCAGCUCUUGAGCGGCGUGCCGUUGUGCGAGGAGCCAUUGCUCAGGAAAUGCCAUCUGCCUUCCAGCACCUUUUGCUGUGGGGUCGUCUGUCAAUUGGGAUGUGUCAUAUUCACAGCAAGCAGCCUUGCCUUCCGCAGCGGCCCACUUUGCGCUAAUGCUAGAUUGUCUUGGGGCGGGGAGAGGGGAUGUCAUGGCGAAGCUUCCCACUGUUGAAAGCAACAAGGAAGACUGUUUGCUUCGCAUGUGAGUGGUAAUAGACAUCUUCCUGAUCUUUGUAGGAAGGGGGUAAGACUAGGGCACAUGCACAGAAGACUCCAGGUACCACCAAUUUAAGCGUUAUUGUGUUGCAGUAAAGUGGGGAAGAGCUGAGAGCCUGGAGGAGAGCAGCUACCAGUUGCAAUAGAUUGUCCCAAGAUAGACAAAUGGAAUGUAAGACAGCACCAUACAUAACUUAUGGUUACUUAAGCCCAGACACUGAGGUCCAGCACUGAGGGCCUUCUGGUAGUUCCCUUAUCACGAGAAGUGAGGUUACAGGGAACCAGGCAGAGGGCCUUCUUGGUGGUGGCACUUGCCCUGUGGAAUGCCCUCCCAUCAGAUGUCAAGGAAAUAAACAGCUAUCUGACUUUUAGAAGACAUAUGAAGGCAGCCCUGUUUAGGGAAGUUUUUAAUGUUUGAUCUUUUAACGCUAUUAUUACUAUUAUUAUUAUUAUUCUGUUGGGAGCUGCCCAGAGUGGCUGGGGAAUCCCAGCCAGAUGGGCAGAGUAUAAAUUGUUGUUGUUGUUACAGUAGUACCCAAACUUUUUUGGGGGGGGGGUCACUGUACCUUGGUUUCGUAAACUCAUUCCUGGUGCCCCCUGCCCUACAAAAUGGAUUGUUCAGAAUAGCUGUUUGCACAACCCACUAAGGAAGAUAACAAUAACCAUUAAUUGCGCAUUUAUUCUGAAUCCAAUGAAAACUAGUUUAGUUCCACAAAAUUGAUAAACUUGAUGCAGUAAUACCAGCUUUUCAAAGUCUGAUAGUCAUUUACACCUCCAGCCCCCCUCUCCCCAGCCACCUCCUUGCUUUUUAGCGCCCCUCUAGGUAAUCCCCCCCCCCCACAGGGGAUGGUACCACCCACUUUGCAUACCACUGAUCUAGUAGAUUUUGCAUGAGUGGUAUUUUGAAGAGCUAAAUACCACCAAGUAGGACCUAUAACAAAAAGUGGCAGGGUAGAGCGCUCCUGGUCAGGAUACUUUCUACACGUCCCCCUUCCAUCUAGUGUUCCAUUCGCCACCCAACAAAAGAAAAACACAACCUGCCAACUAUUGAGGAUAAUCCACUUCUUUCUAAACAUCCCCCACCCUGCUUCUGCAAAUCCUGUGGUUCUACCAAGCCACUUCUCCCUUGUGGGUGGUUUCAUUUUGGCCAGUUAAGGAACCACAUUCAGGAGAAUGAGCUUCACUAUUAGUAUAUAUUCUAUUCUUUGGGAGAAGAAAAAGCUAAGUAAACCCAUCAUAAAUCUGUGGAGUCCCUAAGAUGGUUGGCCAUCGCCUUGUAUGCCUCCUUCCGGCAACUCCUGCAGCCCGGCUGGUGCCAAGUGUAUUGCUCUGCUUUCCUUUGGACUACAUCAGCAAGGCUGAGAGGUGGUCUUGUCGUCUGGGCAGCCCAGGACUUCAGACACACUGCCCACGGGAGGCAGCACUUACGAGUUACCGAUUUUUGCAGCCACAGCAGGCGCCGUGAUUCUCCAGCGGUUUGAUUUCACUCCUGGAGGUGCACGCCAUUGUGUCUCAAGACCAAUGAAUGCCAACCAAUUUGUAUAUAGGAUUUACUCUUAGAUCCUAACUUAGAUCUGCCAAAGAACUCAAGGCAAUGCAGGCGGUGUCUCCCCUCCCUCAUUUUAUCCUCAUAACUCCCCUGUAUGGUGGUCCCAAGCUCAUAUCUGGAGCUGCAUAGCUGAACCUGCAUCUCCUGGUCCUAAUUCAAUACUCUCUAACUGCUACACCACCCCUAGAUAUCCGAAACCGCUCCUAGUUUUGAUAUGUAAACCAGAUUUCUUCCCCAUUCAUUCUUUGAAUACAGUUUUUAUCAAGUGCUAUUACCUUUGUGUGAUUUAUCUCAGGCUUUUAAAAUCUUUUGCAAGGAACAUCCCCCCUUUUUAGUUAGCAUCUCUAUUGUAGCAUUUUUAAGGUCACUUCUCAUUACCAUAGAAAGUGCUUCUUUUGAGAGUGUGAUGCUUACGAGUUUUACUUGGAUUGCUGGGGAAAGGGAGUACAGCUUUGGCUUUUUUUGCUUUUCUCAAGGAUCUAUCUUGUUUACUGCCAUUGCAUCCUCUUGGCAAAGCUCAAAGUGGAGCUCUCUUUGAGCAGUCAAAGGUCUGGCUGCGUUCAUUGCCAGAGUGUUCCCAUCUGACCACUCAGUGGCAUGCCGUGAAAUGUUUGCAAAGCUCUUUGGGGCCAAAGUCGCCCACAUCAAAUUUGACACCAUAUGCAAAGCAGGUCAGAGAGGGGUCCUUGGAGCACCGAGUGUUCAGCGCUCCAGGGAUCAGUUUCAGUUGUGGCCUGAGGAUGUGGCCAGUGUACUUUCAGGGUGAGGCUCACGUGCCUUUUUGAUCUUGGUCCAUCCUGCCUUGUAGAAACUAGUCAAAGAGGAUUCACUGGGUUGGUCUAGGGCAGCGGUUCUCAACCUGUGGGUCCCCAGAUAUUAUUGGACUACAACUCCCAUCAUCCCUGAGCUCUGGCCUUGCUAGCUAGGGAUGAUGGGAGUUGUAGUCCAACAACAUCUGGGGACCCACAGGUUGAGAACCGCUGGUCUAGGGGGUGGGUAAUGCUUCGCGGCAGAAGGGGAUGAUGGCCACCACCAGGGCUGGGAAAAUAUGCAAAAGGAGCAUACAGUAUGCUUAGGGCAUCGAGGGGAGGGGAACACCACAGAAAAUUCCCGUUGCCGGAUUUUUAACAUUAAUGGUCACAAAGGGCUCGGCCGUGUAUUCAUUUUCUCAGCUGAAGUAUAUUAAAAAUCCCAACGGAGCAACUCUGCAACAGGGCAGGCAGGAUGCCUUAUCUCUACUAAGGAUUGUAUAUAAGCAGAUGCAUUAUGUAAGAUUAGUUUUGAGGAUCCGAUCAAAGACUUUGUAGUUAGAAAAAGAAUAGGAGAAAGAAAUUCAAAUAUAAAUAAAGUGGAAGUAUACAAAAAUAAACAUCAUUUUCCAGCUUACUGGAAGAAUAAGAAAUCAAGAUAACAAACUUUUUAUAAAAGAAUGGACAUGGUUUAUUGAAUAUUUACAGAUAAAUUGCAGACAGAUAAAAACAUUAGCAGCAUUAUUGUAAUAACCUGCAGUUUCGUAAGAGUAUAUAUUUACAGUAGAUAAUUAAAUGAGCAAGUGAAAUGACUUUGGAUAUGCAGAAGAUAUUAAAUAAUAAAUGUAAGGAAUCGCAGAAAGAGGGGGAAAGAAGUCAGAUUUUGAAAUUGAUUGUAAAACAAAUGAAAUGUAUAAAUUUGAAAAGAAUGAAUGGACAAACAAACAAACAAACAAACAAACCAUACAAAAGGACUGCUCAUCCAUCAAAAAAUAACAAUAUAGCCUACGAUAUCACCUUUACCACAUGUGUGCCCAUUCGGCCACUUCAAUUAGCAGAAUUGGUACUACAACAGAGACCACUUAAAAUACCUUUUCCGCAUUUGUAAGAACUCUGUUUAGUGUGGCAGCGUCUAAACUUUGGAACUCCCCGCCUUUUGAGAUCAAGCUAGCACCUUCACUGUAUUCUCUUUGGCGCCCGCUGAAAACAUUCUUAUUUAGACACUUAGGAGUUUGAGGCGAUGUUAAUCUGUUUUGGUAUUUUAACUUUUGUACGUUUUAAAGUAUAGAUGUGAAUUUUUCUUGAUUUUGCUGCUUUAUCUUUUGUUAUCUGCUUUGAGGAUUUUUAUAGUCAAUUAUUUACAAAAUUCACAAUCAUUUCUUUAAUAAAUGAAGAAUUAUAAAACACUUUACACAGUUUCCAAGAUUUGUUCUGCGUAUAGUGAGCACAGCAGAACAGAACACCUCUUCUGAUUCUACAUUUGCCAUAAAUUGCAGCACAAUAACUUGAGCAAAGGAUCAACAAUUUAGUCCAAGUCUGAUGGGUCAUGAAUUCAAUAGUACUUUGUAUUCUGCCUUCUUCUGAUAGUUUUACUAUUAAUUAAUGUAGCCUUGGCUGGUGCUGCUUCUUUUUUAAAGGCUAACUAAAUGGAGCAGCAAAGCUGCCUAAAGGAGAAUUUGAAUGCCAUCAUUCAGCUCUGGAGAUUUCUGUUACAGGGACCACACAACAUUGUGCAACAGGAACAGAAUUAAACUUGCUAAUAGUUGAUCUGGAAGUGUAGCUUCAUCGUGUUGUCGUUUUGAAUAUAUUUUACAUUUGAAAUAUAUACGGAAUGCGUCCAGUGGUUUGCUGGAACCAUGGCCCUUCCUUCUGCCCGAAUGACUUUCCUUGCUAUUUCAGAAGCACAGCACAGAACUGUCCUUUUCAGCAACAAGCAUGACAAAACAGUUCUGUGGUCCCAUAAUUUGGUGCUGGUUUUGAAUAUAUAAAAUCCCAGAUCAGACUCGGUGCACUUACUUUCUCUUUCUUUCUUUCUUUCUUUCUUUCUUUGCCAGUUAAUUUGUAUUGCUUUUCAAAAAAAUUAACAAAUUAACAUCAAAUUAUUUCAAAUUUAAUACAAAUUUAAAAGUUGAUUUCCCAUCCCGCUACACUGAUGAUCCCUUCCUUACUUGCUGCUCAAUGUUACAUACAUUUCCUAACUCCAUUGCAGAUAACCUCCCUGUAACCUCACUUCUUGCAGUAAGGGAACUGCCAGAAGGCCCUCAGAGCUGGACCUUAGUGUCCGGGCUGAAUGAUGGGGGUGGAGACGCUCCUUCAGGUAUACAGGACUGAGGCUGUUUAGGGCUUUAAAGGUCAUCACCAACACUUUGAAUUGAUCAACUGGAUGGCGUUCAUUCAAACCUUCAGGCCCACUGUGUUUGCUUAACUUCCCUCAUUUCUCUGCCUUCUUCUUUUCUUUCAGCAAAUGAAGUUGGUGGCAGAGUCCCUGAAAGAACAGGCAAACUAGGAUGCCAAAGUGAGCAGCUGCAGAAGGAUACAGACUACACGAGAAUUAACAGCAAGACAUGCAUGGUAUUUGUACUACGUUCUAGCACUCCGUAAUUAGCAUUACCUAUUCUUAUUCACCACUAAAAGUCUCAUUGAAAGAAUAUGAUUAUUUAUUUCCCCCCUCCGCAUACACUGCCUGUGCCAGCUCUGGUUUACCAUCUAAAUAGCACCAAUGUGAGGCAGCAAUACUUAAUGCACAGCUUCAUAUCCCCCAAAGCAGUUGAGCAAUUGCAUCCUUCUGCUAGAAUAUCUAGUCAUCAUUAUUUUCUGUAAGCGGCUUAUUAGAUGGUUCCCUGCAUUUAUGAAGGAAUUAAUUCAAGUCUUGUUUACUGUAAAAUGUGAUGUAUAAAUCUGUCCUAUAGGACCAAUCCAGCCCAAGGUUUUGGAUCUUUUUAAAGAAAAAAAUAAGAAAAAAAUGUGUACUGUAAAAUGUAUGAGACUGAGUAUUACAAUAUUUUAAGCUUAAAACCUGUGCCUUGUCAAGUUAUUAAUUUUAAGGAGCUGGGCAGGGAAGAAUUCAGCACGCAGCGAAGCUCACUCAACGUGAUGCAUCCACACUAAGAUGUACAAAUUUAACCCUGCUUGUAUAUUCUUUCUGCUCAUCAUUCACUUCCAUUUUGCCAGGUCAUGAGAUAUAGGCUGUAUUAUACGAUGGUUUUAUCUGACCAGCAAGAGAGCCAUUAAAAAUAUCUAAUCAUUGUGCAUCUAAUUUUUCCUGUGUGUACCAAGAUCUUUCUUUGUGGCUUUCAGGCUUUCACAAUUUGGAGAACUUUUAACCCAUUAUCCUCUCAUUGACAUGGCAUGAGGCCAGUGAUUGUUUUCUAGUGCGUAGGUGUGGCCUGCCCUAGAGGCAAAACUUCCUUCUAUGGAAAACCUUUUGAAGUCUAGAUAAGACUCUAGUUCAAUACUGUAGCUACUAAGACUGUUGGACUUAUUAUAUAGUAACAUCUGGUAUUAAUAAUGGUGCAGAUCAAAGUCCAACAUGCACAUCAACUUUCUCCUAGCACUGCGGUCACAACCCAGACAGAAGUAAAUUGUCUGGGUUCAGGGCUUGUUUAUUGUUUUACAAUGGAGUAGUCACAAGGCUUGUUUACUGAGACUAACUAAACAGCAGUUAGGAAAUCAUUAUGAUAGCUCAACCUCUUUUGUUUUGCAGAUGCAUUGAACCACAAGGUCUUAUAGUCAUACCUUUUGUUACUUCCAGCCAGGAGCACGGUGGGGUCUGCCCCUCCAUAAUAGCCUAGGCGCCUUCAUCAGAUGUUCAGCUUUAAUUAAACAGACAGAUGCAACCAGUAUUUCCACAGACAUACAUAAUUUUAUUUGUAUGCCUCCUUUUUACCAUGCUCAAUGUAUAGCUGCAACAUAACAAAAGCAGCCAUAAACAAUAAAAAAGUAUUUUACAAAAAUACACAACCCAGUAUUUCCAGCAGGAAAACCUGCUUUUGCCAUCUGGUGUUCUGACCAAACAUAGGAUGAUGACCAGCAAGCCUGAGGCACUUUUAGAGUACUUAAAUGAAACUUUCUAUCUGCCAGCUGAGCCAAACUAAAUGGUCACACUUCCACCAUUCCAGCACUUCUGUUGGCCUCUAGGCUUUGCCUCACUUGUACUGCUAGUUAAAAUGAGCCUAAUAAAGCCGGUUGAAGAGGGUGUUUAACAUGCUGUGCAGUUGCACUAAUAUUAAUAAUAAUAAUAAUAUUCUGGCAUUCAGUGUAUUGUAGUCCAACGUCAUCCUGGAUAGCUCAGUUGGUUAGAGCACGGUGCUGAUAACGGCAAGGUUGCAGGUUCGAUCCCCAUAUGGGACAGCUGUGUAUUCCUGCAUUGCAGGGGGUUGGACUAGAUGAUCCUCAGGGUCCCUUCCAACUCUGCAACUCUUUGAUUCAACUGUGAGAGAACAGAAAGUGGCCUUUCAUGGUAUUUGAGAAUUGCACUUCCUUACAGCCAGGCAACUUUUCUCAACCAUGGUUCUGUGGUAAACUUUGAAGGGCAAGAGCUCAGCAGAACAUGCCCCCUGGCUGUUCUGCCGUAGUGUGUCUCCACCCCCACUCCUUAAAGCAGCAAGAGAGUUAUGUUGCAUCAUUAUAGAGAGAAAAUCAGCCAUAUGUAUGCAGCGUUCUGCCCAAUUUAUUAGGAUCAGCUGGCAGGCUGCGGAAAAGCAAACCGACAUGGGGCAGUGGAAUGGUUAGCAAGUAGGGUUUUAGCUUGGAAGACUUGGGCUCACUUCCCUGAAAUCUUCUGGCUGCAGGACUCCAACUUGGGAACCCAUUAAGCUUUAGAUACGUAUCUACAGGCAACUGAAAUACAGUUCCUAGCUUUAAUUAGGUAAAAAGACAAAAGUCCAACUUGCAAAGUAGCACUGAAGACUUUUGCCGCCCAAGGCAAAGGGCGAGAGGGCAUCUUCCCUUCCCCAUCCACUAACAGAAACUGCCGAGACUGGUAGUUAAUACAUCAGCCCCGGUGAUGAUGGGAUACUUUGGCAGCCAUGUAAUUGGUACAUAAAUGAAAAAAGUGUCCCCCAGUGAAAGCAGCAAGCUAUGCAAGCACAGAGCGUUAGACUAUUAGUUUGAAGUAGGAACCCGUCAAUGAAAAGUACUGCCUACCUGCCAUGUCAUUAUUUUGCUCAUUCUGUUUUCCUCUGCCAUCACAAAAAACAGUAAAACUUGGAAGCCCCAUUUCUACCUCAUUCGCUUGCCAGAGCAGAUGGAAAAAAAGGCACAUUCUGUGGUUCCUUCACAUUCCUCCUCCACUAUAUCACUGGUCAGCAAGCAUUAUCUCCCUGGUAAAAUUGUGCGUAGCAAGCAAAUAAUACUACAUUUAGACAUGAAACACUGUGCGGAAAAGAGAAACCUCCUUUUCAAUGUCCUCUACAUUUGUGCUUUCAAACGAAAACGUAAUAUAAACUGUAUUUUCUUCUUGCAAUCAAUGCACGAUUCAGAGUUGCACAUCUGGAGGGGGCUGGAUAAAACCAAGGUCAAAUUUAGCAGAAGUUAAUACGUAAGGGCAGCGCAAAUCCAUAUAUGCCCACUUUAAAGCUUAAGCAGAGGUCAAAGGAGCAAAUACAUUAGGAUAAUAUUACGCAAGCUGAAAUUAUCAGAAAUGCACAUGGACAGGAAAUCGGGAACCUGAUCAAUCACCUAGACAUAAAUUCAACUUGGUCCAUUUCAGUGGAGCGUUAUGCAUCAUCAGAAAUACAAUUUGUUGCAUUUUCUACCAUCUGAACACAGGCACAAUUAGUUCUGUGGCUUGCAUGUUUUUGAAAAUGUAGAUAGCCACAGCAGUGAUAAUUAUUGUGAUAAUUAACAAUGUGAUAAUUAUCGGGGUGGCAGGGGGAAGAAGAUUUAACCUUUUCCUUGCCGGCUGUGUAGCCCUGAUGGAAAACACAAGUUUGAAGCUAUUUGCAUUCAAAAGAAACUCCUAGUGGGUGCUAGCAUGGGAUUUCCUCCCGAAACCAUAAUGGACCUACCACAAGGAAUGUCAACAUGGUGCCUUGCAGAAGUUGUUGAUCCCAUCAGCUUCAGUAAGCAUACCCAAGGAUCAGGAAUGAAGGCAGCUUUAGAUCACCAAAACCUUGUUGGCUAUCCGUGACAGAUUCAGGAGGACUGCAACAGAGGAGGAGCAGGAGAGGAAAGGAUUAAACUCCCUUUCCCUGUGUCAAGGACCAGGAGUCAGCUUUGCCUGCUGAACAGCAGCCUGAAGGGGGAGAGGACAGAGUGACUCCACCUUCAAGGACUCAGAGGAGAAGGCACUGAUGAGAACCAACUGACUUCAGUCUUCUUAAGCAGAGCUUCCAGCAGCAGUCAGAUGCUGGCAACAAUGCUUGGAGUUUCUGGCCUGAUCUUGCUGCUUCCUGCUCGUCUUGACCCCAAGAUCAUCGGAUUCCCUGACCCCUGGACCAUUAGACCACAUGGAUUGCUGUUCGCCCGCCCCUAGGACUGGACCUGACUUUGGAUGCUGACUCUGCUUCCAGGCAAGAACACCUCAGAGACUCUUCUGGUUGGCUGGCCUCCAGCUCCUCUGAGCUCUGCAAUCCCAGUACAUUUUGGCCUUUCUUCAGCAGUUGCAUUUUGAGAUAAAUGCUAUAUAGAAUCAUAGAAUCAUGGAGUUGGAAGAGACCACAAGGGCCAUCGAGUCCAACCCCCUGCCAAGCAGGAAACACCAUCAGAGCACUCCUGACAUAUGGUUGUCAAGCCUCUGCUUAAAGACCUCCAAAGAAGGAGACUCCACCACACUCCUUGGCAGCAAAUUCCACUGUCGAACAGCUCUUACUGUCAGGAAGUUCUUCCUAAUGUUUAGGUGGAAUCUUCUUUCUUGUAGUUUGGAUCCAUUGCUCCGUGUCCGCUUCUCUGGAGCAGCAGAAAACAACCUUUCUCCCUCCUCUAUGUGACAUCCUUUUAUAUAUUUGAACAUGGCUAUCAUAUCACACACAUACCUCCCCACACGCUCAUCACUUUCAGUUGUUGGUUUUAUUUUCAGGGUGCAGAAGAGAAGCAGCCCCUAAUUUUGAGGCACCACCCCCAUUCCAUCUUCAGUGGAAAACCCUUUUGACUUUUCCUUUCCCUGAGGCCACCUGCCUAAUCUGCAAUAUUUCACUUUUGCAUCUAAAACCCAACUUAAUGCAAAACUUUGUAUUGUUAUGUUCUACAAUGAUAGGAUUUGGCUGAAGAGAGUUUUCCGAAGAGCUUUAGUUAUUUUAACCAAGGCAGGUGAGAUGGUUGGGAUGGCAGUAUAAAAACAAGUUAACUGUUGAUAUUUAAGCUUAAAGUUCCCAGUGAAUCCUAACUGUAUAUGAGCACUCUCUCUCAUAACACUGGUGUAAUCAGGUUACAAGGUAGAACUAGCGAUCGUAAUGCCAUAGCAGCAAUGGUUACAGUCCUUUAUAUACAGUGGUACCUCGGUUUUUGAACGUAAUGUGUUCUGGAAGACCAUUUGAGUUCCGAAUCAUUCAAAAACUCAAUACGGAAGCCUCAAAACGAAAGCCACGUUUCAUGUUCGACUUACGAGGCGCGUUCGAAAACCAAAGCAUUUACUUACGGGUUUAUGGCGUUCCAAAACCCAGAUGUCCAUCAACAGAGACGUUUGAAAACCGAGAUGCCACUGUAUAUACAUACAAAUUUAUGUAUAUCGGCCACUUGGAUUCAUUAAAACAGUGUGUGUGUGUGUGGGGGGGGUUACAUUGAAAAGAGGAAGUGGAGACCAGAGUAAAAAAGCCAAUGACCUAGAGAUAUAUGAAAAAAUUGCAUUUUUACCCUUCUCCAUGAUUGUAGCUAGCACUGCUAGAAGGCAAAACAGUGAAUAUUGAGGGGUGGGGUUUUUUUUUGGGGGGGGGGUGUUCAUUCAUGCAUUUUAAACAGCCUCAGGAUUGGGAGAGAGGGUAUCUUUAGCAGCAGCCAGAAGCACAUCCAUGCUUGCAGAAUGUAAGAUAUAUUCAUAUUAGCUGUCAAUUUAUUGAUUAAGCCCACAGACUUCACAUUAAAAUAUUAUACAUCAUACAGAAACAGACGCGGGUGGCACUGUGGGUAAAACCUCAGCGCCUAGGACUUGCCGAUCGCAUGGUCGGCGGUUCGAAUCCCCGCGGUGGGGUGCGCUCCCGUCGUUCAGUCCCAGCGCCUGCCCACCUAGCAGUUCGAAAGCACCCCCCAGGUGCAAGUAGAUAAAUAGGGACCGCUUACCAGCGGGAAGGUAAACGGCGUUCCGUGUGCUGCGCUGGCUCGCCAGAUGCAGCUUGUCACGCUGGCCACGUGACCCGGAAGUGUCUGUGGACAGCGCUGGCUCCUGGCCUAUAGAGUGAGAUGAGCGCACAACCCUAGAGUCUGGCAAGACUGGCCCGUACGGGCAGGGGUACCUUUACCUUUAGAAACAGAAUACAAAUUCAUUAAAUAUCUCUGUUAGCAGCCAGGAAAACAUGUUAUUGAUUUUCACUGGUAGCUUCAUUACUCUCAACACGAAUUUAGCUAGUUUGUGUCAUAAACUUUAUAUUCAAAGGUGGUGAAAAAUAACAUUCAGAGUUAUAGUAGCCAGGAUACCAAAUUACUAAUAGAUUAUUUGAUUAAAUUGUAUUGUGUUUUGUAGAAUGCAAUUUUUUGUGUGUGUGAGGUCUGUUGACUGGAUUAAUGAACUGAUUCAUAUCAACUAUUUUGCCCCAACGUCUCACCUGCACAAGGGGACUGACAGAAAUUACAUGAAUCUAGAGCUUUCAUGGGAGUUUUUCCUGGAAAGCGCCCUUUACCAGAGGCCAUUUUAUGAAAAAGCAUUUUAAAGCAGCAUCUUUUCAGCUGGUGAAGCUGCGCUGAAUAUUUUAUUCUAAGCCAUUUCAGAUGACUUGACCCAGGGGCAGGGAAGCAGAGAGAGAGAGACUCAAACUCCGUGUGCAGUUCUCACCCAUAUGCAGAGAGUAGUUUUGGACUGUAGUCAAAUCUGGAUUGCAAGCCCAAAGGCGGAAGAUUGCAGUAUGGUUUGAGGCAGCUAACAGAAUACUUAGCAUCCUUCCAAGCUCUCUCCUAAUAAAGUAAAUUUGUUUCUGUUAACUCUGGACUGGCAGGUGGUUUCAAAAAGGUUGUGAUCAAAGAAACUUUGAUUAAUCCAUGAUACCCAGCCCUUUUAUUUUCAAAUAUAAUCUCUCUCUCUGCCACUGAUGUGCACACCAUGCUAUUCCUGUAAGGACGGGUGUGUGUGUGGAAGAGAUGGGACUUGCAGACAUCUCAGGAUGUCAAAUUUGUUGCUCUUCUGACCAUGUCUGUCCAAGUGCCACCACAACCUGACCAAGUCAGAUAAAGUCGAGUAUUUUAUAUUGUCCAUUAGCUCAGUUUUCUUUAGGCUUGUCUUAUGAAUGAUUUAGUUUAAAAAGUUAAAUUUUAAAUUCCAGCUAUUCCUUAAAUGAUGAAUAAAACUUACGUUUUUAUUUCAUUUUUUGUGGCAUUCAUCCUAAACAAAUGUGAAGUCCUAACGUUUGGAGCCUUGAAUGAAUUGCUAGUAAAUUCAAUGCUGUCAUACCCGUUUCCAAGGAAGGUAGUAUACAGAGUAUAGUCAUCCAAUUAGCACUUCCCCCAAAUUUUUCAAUUUUUUAAAAUAUGGGCUUUGGAGCCUUUUUUUUAAGGGGAGCGAGAGUCCACAAACACACCCGUACAGAUUUUCUCCUUCCAGUAGUCUCAUCAAAAAAAAAAGAUUUCAAGUUACAAAACACAACGACUAACACCCAAAGAACAAGACACUUCCUGUUCACAUGAGUGGUAGAUAAAGAGCUAGCAAGAGUCUCUCAUGCUCAUUAGAAAACUUCAGAAGUUGCCAUAAUUUUUCCUGCAUGUGUAGUUUCCAAUGCAUGACUGCAUAGAGAGCCACUCUAAAUGUAAUCCUGUUUUUUACUUCUGACAAAAAGUCACAGUACAUCAGCUUCUGGUGUCCUCAGGGCCAGAGAGCGUAUAAAGUUGACAUGGACAUCAUUUAUGCACCAAUCAAGAGGUCAUUUUUAUUAACUGGAUUUUUUUUUCCAUUUGUCACACACCAUGAAUGUUUAUACAAUGAAGAAAGCCAAACAUCGCUGGAAGCAAUUGACAAGGAUCAACUGGUAUUUCUGUACCCUCCCCCUAAUACACGUAGCUUUUCUCCAUUUUUAUUCUGCUUUAUUUUACUAAUUGUAAAAUUCUGUGUCAAGAUUGUCACAUCUUAAAUACAGAUAAAGUUGCUAGAGGUACAUUAUAUACACAUACAGAAAAAUACAAGACUAGUUGCUUUCCACAAUAUUUAAUUUAUAUGCUACGUUGACUAUAUGCAACUUGUAAAGACAGAUUUAAGGGGUACAAGAAACUGUUACUUGUUCUAUAAUAGUUUGGUCCAAUAUAUUUCAAUGUAGUGGUUAUUCUCUCCCUCCUUUUAACAUGACGUAAUACAACAUACAACACAUGCACAAUCAUUCACCGGUGAAUAAAUGGAUUAAAAAGACAACACUCAAGCUAACAUCUGUACACCCAGAGGUUCAACCAACCAUACACAACUAAAUAAGGCUAUGUUACAGCUAUGCAGCAUAAAUGGUCAACACUGCUGUUCUAAAGUGAGCACCGUAUAUACACAUUUGUAUAUAAAAAACAGAGGGAAUGAAAAAACGUCUGGGAUUAGUCAAAAGGUGCCAUUCCAAGGCUGUACAUAACGUGUGGAAAGAAUAUUUACAAGACUUGAAAAUAAAAAGCUGCAACAGUUUAUUGCCAAUGCCCUUUAUAAACUUUCUCCUACUUUUUAUAUAGAUGCUCUGUUCACCGUCAUCUGUGAACUGUCCAUAUUUCUGGCCCUUUGUAAGAUCCCUGCUUAAGUAAAUUUCAAAGAAAUAUGCGCUAUGGCUUCGCCGGCAUGCCUGUUCUUGUAGCUUUCAACUGUGUAGAUAUCAUACAUGUAUGAUAGGCUGUUUUAAAACUACACUGCAACAUAAGCUUAAAAAACAAAACUAAAGCAAAGUGUUUCAUUUGUAACUUGUUUUGCUGGGAAAAUAUAUUCCCCUCUUAAGCUUGAUAAUAAAAUAGGCUGCAUGAUUGAGAUUUGCAGCCUAAUUCUGAACAUGUUUACUUGGAAGUAAGCCAUGCUGAACACACUGGGAUUUACUUCCUUGUAAAUAUGCUUUGGGUUGCAUCCUUUGCCACACUAAAAGAAGCAAACAUGAAUGUAUCAUAACCAAAAACAGUUCUUUGGUGCUCUACAGUCUACAAGGUAAAUGAAAUGCAUUCUACUUGACCAUUUUGCUAGCAUUUAGAUACUAAACUGUGUAAAGUCUCUUAAUCAGUGCCUGCCUGGGUUGUUGCUACAUAAUACCAUCAAUACUUACCAGCAUUGCUUUGAAGACCCAGCGCACAGAGCUUGAAAAAAUAACAUUCUUGUCCUUCCCAAAAUUGGGAAUCUGCAAUAUAUUUUAUUCUAGAUAAAAGUUCAAAGAAGUUCACCUGGUCAAAAGUUUCCUUUUGUACAUUAAAAAUGCCAGCCUAUUUAUCUGCUGACAUCUCAGUAGCAAGGGGUUAAAAAAAGAGAAAAACUAAGAGCUGUGCAGAAUGUAAAAAGAAAUUGAUCCAUGCAACUUGUGUUGUCUGACUCGAUUUGGAGAGAGAGUUAUGGAAGGGAAAUAAACAAGACUGUUAUACCCCAAACUAAAUUUUAUAUUGAAAAAAAUUCUAGAAAUUUGCAGUACAUGGCACGUUGAUCUGUGGAGUGUAUUUAGGAUGCACAAUGUUAAUGCACUCCCAUUAAGAUCCUUUCUGAUCUGAACAGACCACCUAUUCAAAUUCUAGCAACUGUUUUCUGCUCUCCCUAAAUUCACUUAAACAAUUGGUUUAGGUGACUGGAUACAGUGCUGCAUUUUGGAGCACUUUUGAUAUAUCUCACAACACGCAGACACCCAUCUUGAUUGGCCUGUUCAUUUGUUUACAUGGAAAUAAUGGAAAUGUGGAAUUAAGAUGCUCAGUUACAUCCUUCAGGUAAUCAAUAAUAUUGAGAGCAGGCUUCAAAAUGCUGUGGGGUAGGGUGAAAGACAGGAGGAGGAAACUUUGUUAAGCCUUUUACUAUGCUUAUGGCUAGUUAAUUUACAGGAACUAGCUUACUGGAAAAGACCUCUCAAAAGUCACACAGAUUGGUCCAAUUUAUAUAGUCUUGCACUGUACCCAACAACUGCCAUGAUAAUAGACUCUAGUAACAGAUGUGUUCUCCCUUAGAUUGUUUUUUUAAAAAAUACUCCAAGCAGAUGACUUUAUAAUUUUCCUUUGUAAUAGAGUUUUUAAAAGAUUGUCUGCAUGUACAAUUUUUCUCGGGGGAAGCUGCCUUAACUAUUUCCCCCCCCCCCAUCUUGUCUGUAACAAACCAAGAUCUUCAGCCACCACCUCAUGCAUAUUAUAGUUUAAGACAAAAGAGAUGUGGGGAUAAAAAUUAUAGUUCAAGAUCUCUUAAAUUCUCAGUGCAUCCUUGCUUUGUACAAGCCUUGGAAAUCUGAAAGCUCACAGAAGUUUUCAGCAUCAAAACAUUAUUGCUUUGGUUCUGUUGCAAACACACAGAAUUAUGCCGCAUCUCACAUAGUUUAGGAAACACAGAAGAUCAGAACAAGAUUGGACAUUUCACAAAGAAACAAAAGCGCUCUCUCUCUCUAAUUUAAGUGCAGAAUGUGAAACUACUAAGUGCUUCAUUUACACUGGAUUCGGACACAAGCCUUACUGUAAUCCAGAUUUUCUAUAGUAAAAUUAUAAAUGUAAAAAAGUACACAAAUCCUGUUUUCGUUGGGAACAAAAAAAAUAAUUAUUGGCUAGCAGCAUGCACAAAAUCAUGCAUUGUCAUUUCAAGCAAACUAAAUUAAAAUGUAAUAAAUUACUGCUCAAAGCUCAUUUAAAAAUAUUAAGACAAUGACAAUGAAGGGUUUCAGUGAAAUAAAGUAUUCACAGCGCAGAAAAGGAAGAUUGGUGAUGUCAAGUAGAAUGAGUUAAGUCUGAUUACUGUCAAACAACGUGACAGCAAGUAGCUUGGCCAGCGGUACACAGCAAUCCCUCCUUCGGGUUUCGCUGAAUAUUCACAGAUAUAGUCUUUUCACACAGAGGUAGUUGGAGCACGUUAUUUUUCAAGUUCUUGCUCUUUAUCCGUUCUAAUUUGUUUGCAGUGUCUGACAUCUGAUCAGAAAAGAAUUUUAUACUGCCCAAGGACGAAGCUGGAUUUACAUUCCCAGAGGAACUUAUGCACAUCUUCCACGUGGAUUUCUCCUGUACCUUGACGCUGGAAAAGGAGAUGGUGU